AUGGCAGCGCCGGCUGAGGCGGAGUCCAGCCAGCCCCUCGCCUCGGCUCCAGCGCCGCCGCCGCCGCCGCCUCCCGAGAAGAAGAAGCUCCAGCGAGCGCCGUCCCCGGCCAGACCCAAGGAUGUCCCCGGCUGGUCGCUGGCCAAGAGCCGUCGCGGCAGCCACCCGGGCUCGCCCGCCUCGUUCUCCUCCGGGAAGCCGGGCGCGGGGGGUGGGCACUCGCGCCGGGCAGGGGGCGCCAAGGAUGGCCGCGGCGACAAGAAGGGCAAGGCCACGCCGCCGGCGGGGGCCAGGGGCGUCGGGAAGGGCUCGGCAGGCCGCGCCGGGGCCCGAAUGAAGGGGCGGAACCGCCUGGCCGCGGCGGGGGGCGAGGGGGCCGCGACCUCCGGCGGCUCCGCCAAAGGGUCGUCGCGCCCUCAGCUGCCGCUCGCCCUCACGGACAGCAGCUCGGAGGUGUCGGACUGCAGCGCCUCGGAGGAGGCCAAGCUGCUGUCGCUGCUGGAGCUGGGCGGGCUGAGCGGCGGCGGCAGCGACACCGAGUCGCCCCCGAGCAGCAGCGCCCCGGCCCAGCCCGCCAGCGCCUCCGCCGACGGCGCGUCCCCGCUGCCCGAGGACCCGUCGACGGCCGCCUCGCUGGCCAGCAGCCGCCUGCCUCUCAGCGCCUCGCUGGCCUUCUCCGACCUCACCGAGGAGCUGCUGGACGCGGGCGUCGCCCGGGAGCUGGAGGAACUGCGCUCCGAGAACGACUAUCUCAAGGUGAGGGGCGCUGGGUUCGCUUCAGGGCAGCUCGGCGGGGAGAGAGCGAGCUCUCGGGAACUGCGCUUCCCCACAAAACACCCGCCGGUUUCCCCGUAGCAGCAUAGUGCAACAGAUCCCCUCCCCGACCCUAAUCUCCGAGCCUCGUGGGACAAGGGAGCAGGCACCAAGCGGACCCAGGAGGGGCAGGCGUGUCCUCCUCCGAAAAUAAGACACGCCCCUCCUCUCCAACACCCCUCCCUCCCCCAAAAGGAGGAACCCUCAUUAACUAAAUUUUAAAUUAAACAGGUGUUUUUCAGUAAAGCAAACAUUGACACUCCCCUGCACAGGGAAGACAUAUUUUAAGCUUGCAGGCCUAUCCCUGUGGAACAUGUUGCGCAUCCUCAAACAUGGCAUCUCCCUGCAGUCCUGGUCUGCAUGCAGAAGGUGCAUAAGACAGGUUCAUGUGUUCCUAAAAGCAGCAAACGUCUUGCUGUGUACCACUGGGAGAUCAUUUCUUGCCUUCCUCUCUGUGCCUGGCAUUGCAAUACUGAAAAAGGCUUCUCUAUCUUGCUGUGUGGUAGGAUUAAUGCCCCCUUUGUAACAAAUCUUACGUGCCAGAUAUAUUGUGACCUUAGGCAAGACCUGUUGCCACCCAGAAUUUCAGAAUGCUUCCUUGGAACUGGCGCUCUGUAAUGAAAGAUGAUCUCCACCGCCCAGCAUCUACAGGAUGCUGGUUAUAUGGAACAUGCCCACAUCUUCAGAGGCAGCACCUGCUGGCUUUCUAAAGCUCCUUGUAAUUGGCAUUCCUCUGCCUCAUGGGGCAGUUCCUCCCCCAGCCCAGCAUCAGUUCCUUGGAGCAGGCGCUCCAUAGUGUCAAUUACUUCUCUACUCUAGAAUCAAAUGGAAUAGCUGCCCCUCGGUCAUAUGUAACUGAGGCUUUGCAUCACCGUCUAGUACAACAGAGCUCCAACAUAUGUAGAACCAGAUGCCUUCUAGUGACAUUAAGACCUUCUCUGGUAUCAGAGAAAGCCAUGUUGGUACUGAUGCCUCUCAUUCCUAAAGAAGGUAUUGUAUAGCAUCAUAAAGCCCCAGGGAGAAAUAUGCUUUGUCUCAUCAAACAGAACUUACAUAUCCUUAGAGGAAGAUAUCUUCUAUCUUGAAAUCAAAGCUAAUUCCUCACAUCCCGGCAUUUAUUUCAUAGAAUCAUAGAGGUGGAAGAGACCACAAGGGCCAUCGAGUCCAACCCCCUGCCAAGCAGGAAACAAAUUCUUUGCUGCCGGAAUCAAAUUCAUAGUUGUCAGCAUCAUGCUAAAAGGUGCCCAGGAUUUUCUCUUGUAAUAAAUAGCCUGACUCUCUAGUACAAGUCUUAGCCACAUCAGUGUUUCAAGGAAGGCAGACUUUGGGGCCUAAUUAAGCAAAUAAUUCCAGGGGCUAUGUGCAAUUUCUUAGGGCUGGUUGCAGGUUAUUUUAUCAUCAUGGGAGGCCACUUCCCUGUGGUGACUCUGUAUCCAAGUUGUAAUGUAAAGCACAGCCCCUGAUUGCUGAAGAGUUUCCGCUGCAUUACUGGGUGUUUCUAGGAAUGCCUGGCUGUGGCAUAGAGGGUCUGUGUAGAAUCUGAGGAAUCUGUACGAUGAGUGUUACUAGUUAUGACAGCUGGGACACAGAGUUGUGCAGAAGCCAGGUGAAUGUGUUGAAGCACAUCCUUUGACAGAUAUGUUCCCAAAUCUACAUUUGCAAACGCCUGGUGUAUAUGGCAUUUCCUGGGGAGAAAUGGUGAAAAGGGAUGUUUUAACCACUCACAUGUCUGCAGAUUUUGCUUUGUAAAUCCCCACUGGAGACAUUUUCCCAUCCUCCUUUUUCUGCUGAGCUUACUUCUGAUUUCAGAGCCUGUCUGGACAAAAAAUGGUGAAAAAUGACCAGGGAGUGGAGGGAUUUGUAUGGAAAAAUUGACUGGUUGGGAAGACAGUGUUUGAUCCUUGUGGGAGCUGGGGGCUAUUUGCAGGGAAGAACCAGUGAUUCUCUCCUGAAAGCACGCUCUCUUUCUUCCACUUGCCAAUUCUGUAUUGUGAAUGCCCUCCUACAAUAGCAUGAUGAGUGAAUCGUGAACCCCAUGUUUCUAUUGUAAUGUGUGGUUCUCUUCUUAAUUACACUUGAUGUUGCACCUCUCAGUUCCAUAAUACCUAUUAGUUUUGAAAUUCCCAAUCUGGCAAACAGAUGUCCCAAUGUGGGGCAGCAUUUGCAUUCACCUCUAUGUAUCAGAAUUUCCCAUUUUGGAGGUAAUUAAGUUUUUGCAGGGUUUAUUUAGUCUCAGACACACACUUGGUCCUGUUGUAUGUGCUCCCUUUCCCCACCCAGAAAGAUGCAGUAUAUUUAUACAGCUCUAUACAGACUUUCAGGGCCCAUCCACAUGGAAAUUUCUAAAAGUUUUAGAAGCACUUUUAGUAUGCUUCUGGACUCUCCCAUACAUCCACAUGUUGUUGUUGAAACUUCAGCAUUCUCUAAUAUUCCUGGCUGUCCAUGUGCAGAUGGGCUGAUCUGUCAGAUAUUUGCAUCAGUCAUGCAUUCUACAAUGUCAGUGCAUUUUCCAUCUUCAAAGUGGGGAAAAUGUACCUGCUUUCUUGGAGGAUGUUUUCCAUGCUUCUGGUUUCUAGCUUAAUUAAUAGCAUGGAAAGCUACUUUGCAGAUGUGCCCAUAGAGUGACUUGGAGGAAUUGUUUCAGUAGUAUUUGGAUAACGUAAGAAUAUUGCUUGGCAUGUAUCCCUGUGGUUUCUGGGAUGGUAGGGAGUGCAGGAGUCUUUGGGCUGUUGCCAAGCUCAGCUUUUGCCUUGCUUCUCUUGGUAGUACUACUGAGCAGUGAUGGGUUUAUUUUGCAGGAUGAUGUUGGCAUGGCAACGGUAGUAGGUGUUUAUUGAAUGGCUGCAUAUAACAACCAGCUCAGAUAGUGGAUUAGUUUGCUGGCUGAAGCACAGGCUCUUAGUGCCUCUGAGAGGUCUGGCAGGGUGGAGAGCAAGAGUCCCUUAAGUGUAAGAUUAUAUUGUAUAGUAUUUGGAAAAAAGCAACCAAUAUGCUGGUCUAAUCUGAUUUAUAUAAAACAAGCUAGGAAAAAAAUCAUUAGGUAUAGAAGAUGGUUGUGCAACCAUUUUUCUGGGGGAUGCUUUAUCUACCCAGGUCUUGUUCUUGCCUUUCAGAACAGUUGUUCUCCACUCUUUUAGCUAGAAGAGCCAGCAGUGGAAUCCAGCAUUCGGUGGGCGUGCAUCUAUGUGUGGCAUAUCGCACCUGAGAAAGUCAUCUUUUGCAACAUCCAUGGCUGAGAGUCCUUACUGACCCACUUGGUGACUCAGCCCUCCCCCAUUUAAUUACUGUGUUGGUCAUUCCUACUCCCAUAUACUUUCAAUCUGUGUCCUGGGUUUGCAAUGUGCAUGAUUUCUAACUACUAUGUUUAAGUAAGUGUUGGCUCCUAUUUUUCCUACAGGCAUUCCUUGUCAUUAAACAUGCUGUGUCUGUUCAGGUCAACCUUACCUUUGGGGGGGGGAGGGGUGAGGGAGGAGUAGAACAAGGAUUGUUUUGAUGGUUUAAAUACAAAACACCUGACUUCACCUUCCUUGCUAUUAUUAUCUGCAUUCUAACUGUUGAAAGCAUAAUAAAUAAAUAAAAUUGUCCAGUAGCACCUUAGAGACCUGUUGAAAGUAUGUCAGUUCCACAACAUCGGGGGUGGUAUUAAAUUAAGCUUUACCCUGAGAAGACCCAUUGGAAUUAAUGAAUUUAACAUAGCCAUGUUGAUUAAUUUCAGUGGGUUUAUGCUAUGUAAAACAUAGUUGAACACCACCCACACUCAGCUCUUCCAUAGGAUUAGACAACUACAGCCGGUGGCAUGAUUCAAGGGACAGCCACAUUAGAAGUUCCAGUACACAAAUCUUGGCUCUUGAUUUGCCCCUUGCAGUUGUGACAUUCUUAAUUCAUGGAUGCCCUUUCUCUGCCUCAAGGCCACCACUGUGUUCUCCCUGCUUUUAUUUGGAAGUUAUGGAUCUGAAUAUUUUUUACGCUAGAAUUACACAGGCUUAUAGUGUAAACCCAUUACACCCACACAUUUUAUAUGCGUGCAGCUCAUUCUGAUUUCAGAGGCUGGUGAACUUCUGAGCUAUAGGGCUGGGGACUGCUUAUGUAGAGUCAGUUCAUACAAAGCCAAAUAAAGUAGUUGGUAAUUUUCUUCCCUUCUAAGCAAAGGGGAAACUGGCAGGAAGUCAAGACUUAAUUUAGACUGGCCCUUCUUAGUAUUCUGAUAUAAAACGGCUGUGCAGAUUCAAAGUUGCCAUGGUAAUGUAAUAACAUGCCAUGCUAAUUAGAAAUACACAAGGACAUUUAUGCUAAAAUCUGUGGGCAUGAUUAACAGGGCAAUCCUAUAUGAUUCCUUAAAAGUAAAUUUUAAGGCGUUUAACUGCAGUUUCUUUGCAGUAAAUGUGCUUAGGACUGUAGCAAAUACUGCAGUUCUAUACAUGUCUACUUAAAACUAAGUCCCAUAGGGUUUAAUGGAGUAUAGGAUUGCAGCUUAAGUCUCACUUGAUUUUAGUUUGAUAUAAUUAAGCGUGCACUUCACACACUCACUAAAAUCUUAGGGACAUUUACUGUUGUUUGAGACUUGGCAUUUCUGCAUGUUUGGCGAUAAGUCUGCUACUGUAAGGGUUGAUUUUAUCAGCCUUUGAAACUUAUCACCUUGUAGUUUGUUUUCACUCUAGUCAAUUUCAGUCUAGUCAAUUUCAGCUAAAUUAUUUUUUCUCUAUAAAUAUUUAUUUUGGUAAUAUGAUUGGUGACUAAGAUAAGAAAGACAAACUUUGCAAGAGCUGAUCUGCUACUUCAAAGCAGACCUAUUUGCAAAAUCUCAGUUUCUAUUUGAUUAAUUGACAUGAUCAAGAUAAGCUUUUCAAAUUUACUAGAGCAUAAAAACAGAGUAGUACAAAGACCACACGUUCAAUUCACAGUAGUCUUAAAAUACUGUAUGGCAAUACAAAGUGUCACAAUGUGUUUUUCCCCCCCGUCUAACAUCUCAAGAGAUCUGGAUGAAUACAAACUAUUAGAUUUACUUUCAGGAAGGCUAGCAUUUCCAAGUCAAGUAUGUUUGAGCUGCCAGUCUUGGCACUCAAAGCUGACCUUACAAAGAAUUAAAAACAGACUCAAAAGUUAGUUGAAUUGUAGCCUGUCAUCUGCUCCAAUGUUGUAUACAGAUGUGAUCCUGUUUGUUGCAGCAACAAAGCUUAGACUGGAGCCUCCACCCACUUACCAUACUUAGGAGUCACUUGACAGUGCUGCCCUCAUUUGAGGGAACAGAUUUCCCAAGUCAUUUAUUUUCCCCAUUCACACUUUCUCGUGUAUAUGGUAAACACAGUGUUAUAUAUCCGUCCUCUACAGCUGUUUUCCAGGUUGCUGACUUAGCUGUCCAGUACACCUUUUGUGAAGGGAAUGCUUGGUGGGUAUGGAAUUAGAGGCAGAACUCUUGACUUGUAGGCGUAGAGACUUGAUGGCACAGAACAAAGGUGGACAUAGUUUUAGUUUUUGAUUUCGUGCAAACUGGAUGGGAAUGCUGCAGAGUCCCCCCCCCCCCCCAUGAUAAAUUGUUGAGAAGAGAAUUUUAUGAGGCAUCUAUGCACAAUUCAGAUGCAAUAGUAAAUCUGGGUCAUGGGUAGGCAAACUAAGGCCUGGGGGCCUGAUCUGGCCCAAUCAUCUUCUCAAUCCGGUCCGCGGAUGGUCCGGGAAUCAGUGUGUUUUUAUAUGAGUAGAAUGUGUCCUUUUAUUUAAAAUGCAUCUCUGGGUUAUUUGUAGGGCAUAGGAAUUCGUUCAUUCCCUCCCCCCAAAAAAUAGUUCAGCCCCCCUACAAGGUCUGAGGGACAGUGGACUGGCCCCCUGCUGAAAAGGUUUGCUGACCCCUGGUCUAGGUAGCCACAAGUAUACAAAUCUGAUGGGCAGCAAGGCCUAGAUAGGAUUUCCUAGUAAAGACAAUAAGUAUGGUGGUGAUGCCAGUAAGUAUUUAUGCCACCUGGGGCACUAAGAAAGAUAGAAUUUUGGAAUAUUUAAUAGCUGUAAAAAUAAUGCAUCUGCCCUUUUUUAAACACGCACACACUCCACUUUCAUCUGAAACCUGCUGUUGCUUGGGGUGUACUCCUUCCUUGAGGUUAUUCUGAGCACCAUUGCAACUGCAUCUAAUCUUAGUAUGCAGAAUGGUGGGAGAAACCUGUCUUAUGGGGCGGGCAAUUUUUUUGUCACUUACUGAUCAAGGGCUGCAUGGUGUCAGUGUGUGGGGAUGCCUUUGUUGUUGUUGAGUAAAUUUCUCCACCCCCUCCUCACACACACUAUACACAGCCUCCAAGCUUCAUUAUUACACACUCACUCAUACACAGAGGCACACAGAGUUGAGAUCCCAUCAUGUCUCCUCCUGUUCCCCCUCCCUCCCUCUGCUGAUUGGUGCUGGGAACAGUUGAGGAUUAUGCAGAUUAGGAUACUCCUCAACACUUUCCAUCCCUUUCGACUGGGAGGAACCUAUACAUCCCAUUGUGUAGCUGAUUGGCAUUGGAAACGGCUGUGGAGAGAGCUAAUUAGUGGCCUCAUCAGCUUUUCCCAGUGCUAGUUAUCUAGAUCUCAUCCUGCACCACCUCUUGUUUCUCUACUGAUUGGUGCUGGAAACAGCUGAGGGGGUUUGCUGAUUCUUCUAGUCUUCAGCUGUUUCCAGCACCAAUCAGUUGCAUUGCAGGCCACAUGUGGCUCUUGAGCUGCAGAUUGUCUCUAUGUGAACUAAUGCAACGAGGGCUAGAAGCUUAUGUGUAUUUUGUUGCAUAGUUCAUUCAAAGUAAUGGGCAGUCUCUUCUGUUUAGUUGUUUACUUUUGAGUGUUUCUGAAGUCAUAGUAGUGAAAUGGCACAGUAGUUCUAAACUGUUUACACAGGGGGACCCAUGGGCAAAAAAAAUUGUUCCUUGGAACCUAUUCUUAUGACUUACACCUGGUAUUGGCAAAUUAGUCCCUGGUUGACUCCAAGGCGAGGGAAUGAGUAGUAGCCUACCAAAAAGCAUAUGCUGUCUGAUUAUUCCUUUGCAUCUUCAUUUUUGGAGAAACCUAGUUUCAUAAUUGUAGGUUUAGCUAAUUUUCCAAAGACCUAAGCAUUAUUUUGCUGCCUCUUCCAGCUGGUCAGAAGCCCCAGAUGGACAGAAAUGCUCCACUGUAAACUGAAAAGGAAAGUAAGCAAAAUGAAGAAUAUUGCUUGGUUGUUUCAAAGAAAGUGAAAAAGCUCCUGGGAUGUGGUUGGUAAGCUGCUGUCUGCAAGACGGAGAGAGGGCUGGAGGUGAAUUUUCUUGCCUUUAAAGGUCAUCCCCCUAUUAAUGCUUUUGAUAAAUCACCCUGUCAUGCCCAACUUAUUAUCUGGGGCGUAUGAAAUAUUUCCAAAGCCCAAGUACUUUGCUUUUGCAAUGGCUCUUACUAAAUGUAUAAAUGAAAAUAUAUAACAAUCCCUGUGAUUUUUUUAAAAAAAACUCAGACAAAUACCCAAAAAGCUGCUUGUGUUUGAGAACAUUUAAGCACAACAAUUACUUCUUUUUGGAUACAAUGUUCAUUUUAAAAACAUGUUUCUCUAGGAGGAAACUGUUAGAGUUCACUCUUGAUUGGUUGGCAGUAGGGGUUUGAAAAUGUAUGGUCUCCCUUGCUCUAGCUUCUUUAUCUUGCAAGUAAGUAGCAUGAUUGUGCAUGCACCAUUAUUCACAGAACCCUGGAGCUUUAGUGCAAAGACACCACCCUACCCCCCCCACCUGUGCUAUCACUGCAGACUUUGCCUAUAAUGUGGAAUUCUGCCUGCAGUUGCUUCUCUUUAGAGAACUUUUUAUAGGAAAGGAUGGGUAGUGUAAACGUUUUUCAGGCUGCUUUUUAAACAACUGAACUCUUAAGCUUUUCGCUGGUGUCAACCUGUCAGUAUAGUGAGGUGAGUGGAGAUUCCCUCAUGGAGUUAAUAGCAGCUUUCAGUGAUCAUGGUGGGGAGCAGUUUUUGCCUGGAUUGCAGCAGGAGAAGAAACUGUUGACUUAAAAAAUAAAUAAAAUUCUUGAUACUGAUCACCUGCCCUGGGGCCUGCUAUUUCCAGAAGAAGAAAAGGGAAUAAUAAUGCAACUUCAGAUUAUGUACAUUUGAACUUUGGCAAAAAAGUGAUUAUCAUUAUUAUUUUCCUUCUCCAAACCCAAGCUGUAAAAAUGUGGACAAAGUCAAGAUUACUUGGUAGGUUUUGAUUUCAAAGACUAGCCCUUGUUCCUUCUCGCGUCUAAACCAUUGCUGGAUUUUUAGUUGUAUUUUCUGGGGGGAAAUGCACAAGCUUGUCAGAAACGUCUGUCUCAAAAUAUCUAUAUCUCUAAAUGUUUGCUUCAAUUCUAUUGAUCUGAGGAGCACAGUGCAGUUGUGUGUGGAAGCUCUGUCUAAGCUCUGUAGCUGAAGUUUUCCUUCCUGUUUCUGAGGAGUUGUACUGAUAAGGGACUAGCAAGCUACUCCAUUUGACUAGUAGAAUAAAAUGCAAGGACCAGCCACCUGCUUCUCCUUUUCCUUUCUGGCUUCAAAGACCUGUUAAGAAAAGGAGAUGGGAACAUUUCCAUGCUUGAGAGGCACUGUGCCUUUAAGAAGCACAGCAGCCAGCCACGAGCCACCGCCUUGUCAUCCCAGUGUGGGGGGAACAAGAGCUCUGAGUCCCUGUUCAGCAGAAUGGAAAAUGUGAGAUGUGAUAUGCCGGCAGCUGCAGAGGGAUGUGAAGACAAAGAAUGGCACUGGAGAUUCCAUUUGCAACAAGGGGAGGAGAAAUCUUCCAAGCCAAUCACGUUUCAAAAUAACAGGCAUAUGCCUUAGAUAACUGACAGAUGGGAUUCGGAGUGGCCUUAGCCCAGGGGGUCCCAACUGGCCUUCUGCUCAUCUUCCGAUUCAGGCUUUUCCUGCUUGCUUUGUCUUCAUACACCCCACAUUAAUGUUGAUCACCUCAUGCCUUUCCCUCAACCCUCCCUACUUAGUAAAAAGCAAAACUUGGCUAUGAGUCUGCUUUGCUUUUUCUGUCUUCCCCAAGUGUGGUAGGGAUAUACACCAGAAGCCAGCAACAAGAAAUCUUGGUCCUCAAACAGCCAGUGCUUUCUUAUAUUAUUUAUGUAUAUCCAACCUUUAAUCCAUGGAAAGCCACACUGCAAGAAUCUCAUAAGCUCUAAGCUCCUAAUUUAUGCUUGCUUUUCCUCUUAAUUUUAAUAAUAAUGGAGCUUUGGAGCCCAGAAGGCAUGAUAGGUGAUUCAGAAAGUGUGAUCCACAGUUAGAACUACCACUUCUAUAAACAAUCUGGAAAGUUGUGUUUUAGAAUUUUCUCAUCAGUUUGCAUUGCUUCUCAUUGCAUUGGUGCAAAAAACUAAUAAGUUGUGCGUUAUUUGUGUCCCUAAUGCAGCAUGUAAUAAGAAAAGCAACUUGUGGCGCCUUUUAGUUUUCAGAUAGAGCAUAUUUGCAGUAGCAUUGCUUGAAAGCUUGUGGUUGUUUGGUUGUUAAUUUAUACAGGAAGGUGUAAAUCUUUGGCAUGAUUUCCUCCUAUCCCCUCCCCCACCUGCUGCUCCUUCUCAUUACAGUGGUACCUCGGGUUAAGAACUUAAUUUGUUCUGGAGGUCCAUUCUUAACCUGAAACUGUUCUUAACCUGAAGCACCACUUUAGCUAAUGGAGUCUCCCGCUGCUGCUGCUGCGCCACCACUGCUCAAUUUCUUUUCUCAUCCUGAAGCAAAGUUCUUAACCCGAGGUACUAUUUCUGGGUUAGCGGAGUCUAACCUGAAGUGUCUGUAACCUGAAGCGUCUGUAACCUGAGGUACCACUGUAUAACUUCUGAGCUGUCUGCUGUUUUGUUGGCAAGAUGUGGGCACAGUGUUAUUGUAGGGUUGCCAUAUUUCAAAAAGUAAAAAACCUUUUAGGAAGACCUCAAAAUUGUUGAGCUCUUUUUAGACAAAGCCCAAAGUAGUUGUUGUAGUUUAUACAUUGGAUUACAUUUCUGGAGAUGGGAGACAGACUGAACUUGGAAACUGCUGCAUAGGAUUGGAUUGGAAAAUCAAAUCUGUGGUGGUAAAAUUGAAGAAAGGUGGUCUAUAUUCUUUAUACUGAGUCAGUUCGUAUUUCUGCUAAUUCAGUAUUGUCUACACUGACAGCAGUAGCUUUCCUGGAUUUCAAGCAGGGUCUUCCCCCCCCCCAAUCCUACUUGGAGAUGUCUCGGAUUCAGUCUGGGACAUUUUGCAUACAAAGCAUGUGUGCUACCACUAAGCUGCAUCCUUGUUGUUUAAUAGGUCAUAAAGUCCUUUGUAGCAGUUGCUGUUUGGAAAACGAGUCUCAUGUUAAUCCACCUAACCUGGAGACCCUGAAACUACUGCAGUCAUCUUAAGACUUAAGAUGGCCCAUCUUAAGACUUCCCUGUGGAAAUCUUUUCUUGCGUGAAUUACAGUACUGUUCCUUCUGUCAGUCUGUGGCUGGCAGUUAAUUGAAAACUGCUGCUUUUGUUCCCUUUAAUCUCUAAGGAAAUGUUCGCUUGUUAUCCCUUGAUACCAAUUUCCAUGUUGCAGUGCGAGAUCAUAAGAAUAUGAGUUCAGCCCUUGCCAUACUAGGUCAGAUCAAUGCGGCAUCCCAACUUCCAUGUUUUUCAAGAUGUGGGCUCCCUGAAUUAAUACUGACUUGUGGGGAGAACCAUACAAGAUUAUUUGACAAUACUAUAGUUACUUCUCAGUGUUUCCUUAAUGUUACUAGGUAUAUGUAAUUUUCACUGACAUUAUGGAUGUAAUAGGCAAUUUAACAUCAGUACAAAAUGCUUUCUGAUUAAGACCAAAAUCAUUCAUUUGAAUCAAAAGAGAGGGUUUCAGAUUAUGGAGAACAGAAGCAUUUAUUUGAAACAGUGAGUAGCCAAGAUCACUUCUUCCUAGUGUUAGAAACUGAGAUAUGAAAGCUAGGAGCUAAAUGGCAUCUUAAACCUAGGUUAUGGGCGCAAUAAUGGAAUGUGUAGGUGCAUUUUUAUAACAAGAAUAGAAAGCUGAAAAUGAAUGAACUGCAGUUAAAAUAUUGUGUUCAUUUUUCACAUGGUCUUGUCCUUCCCCUGCCCACCCCUCUAAUAUUCUUAAGAGGGUCUCUUCUUCAGUCUUCAGAGAGUAGCUGGAAGUGGGGAGGUGGAAAAAGGUCCUUCUUUCCUUCCACUCUGCAGUUUUUAUCCAAAAUCUUAGCUGCAGUAAUGCGCCAGGAGCUCAGAAACUGCUCGCUCUAAUGAAAUUCCAUGUCGCAAAAUGCGCCUAGAACAAUGGGAGUUUCUAACACUGCGUCUUCCAUUCAAUUGGUCAUAGAAUCAUAGAAUUGUAGAGUUGGAAGGGAUCCCAAGGGUCAUCUAGUCCAUCCCCCUGCAAUGCAGGAAUCUCAGCCAUGAAAGCUGGUGUACAGGAAUCCAUGGAAGAUGGUGUACAGUUCCUCCAGUUGCUGCAGACUACAGCUUCCAUAAGUACCAGGCAGCAUGGCCAGUGGUAUCAGAUAUGGGAAGCCUGUCAACUGAGCCCACAUGUGCUCCUCCUGGGCCUGACUCCUCCUCCCAGGCUCCACUCUCUUCUUGUGGAGUAGACAAACUGAAAGGGGUUGUGGGUAGUAGCACUGGACACUGGGUUUCAUAUUGCUAUUCUGUUCUUGUUGGAGAGAGACAAUAUUAAGUUCCUGUUUAGCUUCCUGGCUGGUGUGUCCUCUAAUGGUGGGCCUGGGAUCACCAAUGGAUCUCGGGCCACUUCCAGGUGGGUCUUGGUGCAAUAGACUUCCCAGUAUCUCUUGCCUCCUCCCCGCCCCAGGUUGUGUCAUAGCAUUUUGGCUGGAUCACUGCCAGCACCAGAAACUCCCCCCCUCCACUGUACUGUAUUAAUAUAGUUAACACUCCUCUGUUAAUUUCGUAGCAUGUUGCCUGCAGUGGUGAGAAUACAUCAGGGAGCUUCUUGCCACUGAUGUGUUGGGGCAGGUCCCUCAAAGGAAUCUGAUUUGAAGGAUGCUAUCUUUGAAGGGGGUAGUUCAGGGAUCAUUCCGGUUCAGCAGGCUUCAGGUUGAGGCAUUGACUCUGCAAUAGAGUUUGGGUCCGGGUUCAGCACUUCUGCUGCUGGGGUCUCUGGUUCUUCUGAUCUGGCUGGUUCCUCCUCAGAGUCAGAUUCUAUCUAGGCUGCUGCUCAGUCUAAACCUUGUCGUGGUUCAGGGUAUUUAGGACUGGUUUAUUUAUUAGCCCAUUCAAUGCAGUGUUGUUCUUAACUGGCAGUGCUUUUCUUCUAGAAAAAUAGGUGCUGGUACUCAUCACAAAGUUGUUGCAGUAAGUGUCACAUUUUUUAACCCCCCCAAAAAGAAGUGCCAGCAUUGCGUACCUUUGAGUACCCCUGGAAAAAAAGCACUGUUAACUAGCCACAAAUAAUUGCUCUCUUUUAGAAGCAGGUAGAUUCCUGGGUUUUUAUAAUAUUGUUGCUUUGUUGCUUAACAACGUUGUGGCAUAUAUACUGGGGCAGCAGCUGUUGAUGCAAACCAGAUAUUGUAGCCCAAUUGAUGUUUGUAGAGCUUACCUACUUCCUUUGCUCCUGUCCAUUUCUCUCCAAAUAGCUUGUGCAUAUACAGUUUAUUGUGGUCCAUUUAUUUGCCAAAAAGUGUAUUGGAUGUAAAGAUUUACAGAUUAGAAUUAUAGGGCUGUCUAGCUGGGGUUGUAGACAGGUUGAUGGAUUUAUUAUUGGCAUUUUGGAUCGCACCCAAUCUCACAGUCAAUCUAAGGCUGCUGUACUAACCCUUCCUAGUGUGUCCUUCUAUUGACCCCUUGGCAGCACAUGCUAGGGCAAAACAAGCUUUGUCUAGUGGAGAAGGACUCAGGAUUCUGGGUAGGUCUCUUGUAUACAGCUGUUUCAGGAUCUGAUUAGUAGAUUGAUAAUCCCUACUGCAGUAUCUAUGGAUGCAUGCCCCUAAAGGUAUUUUUACAUAUUAAACUACUAUUAACUAUACCAGUUUGCAACACCAAUAUGUGAGUUUCUGCUGUAAACUCUUAAAUAAGGAAGUCUUGUUAUAAACGUUUCUUAAGGGUUAAGCAGCAAUUGUUAAUGGCAACAAGGUUCUUGAAUAAAUUUGCUGCUCUCUGCAUAGGGCGCAGUGAGAAGUAUCACUUAAUCUCAUUUGAGAAUAAAAUACUGGGUGCUAAAAAUAUGAGACAGGCAGAAUUGAAGUACUUUUGAAAUUUUUCUUUGCUAUUGGGAGCCAUGGUUGAGCAGUAGAGCACAAGCUUCAUAUUCAUAGGGUCCAAAAUCCAAUCCUUGGCAUCUCCACCUAAAAGGAUCUCAGGAUACAGGACUGAGAGAGACUCAUGCCUGAGAUUCAGGACAGCCACAAGUAAUCAGUUUUAAGUUUAGAAAAAAAGGUGAAUCAGGGGAACAUGACAGAGAUGUAUAAAAUUAUUCAUGGAGUGGAGAAAGUGGAUGGCCGCCAACUUGGAUGGCUUUGAAAGAGGGUUAGACAGAUCCAUUGGGAGUAAGGCUACCAGUCAUGAUGCCUAUGUUUUACCUCCACUGUGGGUGGCUGUAUACCUCUGAAUACCAGUUGAUGGGGAUCACAAGUGGGAGAUGACUAUUGCACUUAGGUCCUGCGUGUGGGCUUCCAAUAGGUGGCACCCUUCUAUUCUCUGCCUUGGUCAGACCACCCAUGGAGUACCAUGUCCAGUUCUGGGCACCCCUACUUAAGAAUGAUAUUGACAAGCCGGAAGGUGUGAAGAGGAGGGCAACUAGGUUACCAAGGGUCUGGAGAUAAUAGAAAUCAAUGUGAGGAAGCAGAUAUAUGUCUAAGAAAAGUUCAUCUGGAGAUUAUUAUUAUUAUUAUUUUUUCUUUUUCUGAAUUCUAAUGUCAGGCUUUGACAUACUUCUUUUGGAGGAAGUUACAUAGUUUGAACGAACUGUUUUUUAAAAAAAAUGUCUUGGAGUGCUACUCAGAAAUAAGUGCCACUGAAUUUAUGAUGUUUACUUCUGUUUAGUGGAUAUAGAAAUUCAGCCUUACUGUGGUUUUUUUUUAUAAUGGUGUUGAAAGCAAUUCUGUUGAGAAAAUAUUCUUGGUAAAAUUGUAAACAAACAACAAUAGUGGUGCCGCCAUUUAAAAAGUCCCUUCUCCUUUCCCCAAACACAUUUUUAAAAAAAAUAUUUUUUUUUUAUUAGAGAUUUUCUUGGGUCUCCCCUAACACAUAUUGAGAUUGUUGGUGGACUCUUGAUUUAACUGGAGAAAGCACCAGUCUUAGGAGUUAUACUGAGGGUGGUUUGCCUUUUUUGCCCCCUUCCAAUGUAUCAUUGAAGGGCAAUGGUAUGCAGAACAGUAGGUGUUAGCAAUAGAUAUAAGACUCAUUCUGGCAUUGCUAGUAUAUGAAGUCAUUAGCCUUCUGCAUACAAGCAUCAUUUAUCAGUAUUCAACUGCUACUCCAUGUACCAUUCCUUAUGCCACCCACCGUCCUAAAAUAGUGUACAUGUAAGCAUACAGUCACCAUUCAAAGGGAAAUUACUAGUGGUGUUGUACAGCUGCGUCGGAUGUUGUAUACAAAUAUGAACUCAAGUCCUUGUUCCGUAGCAGCUGCAAAUGAAACUACAGUUACUGGAAUAAAUUUGUAUCUAAUUGUAGGCUGGUAUUUUUAUGGUUAAUGAAGGCUGCAAGUGAACAGUAUACUUUACAGCAGAAAUGGGAAACCUGUGGCAGCCAGAUGUUGUUGGGCUACAACUUCCAUCAUCCCUAACUAUUUGUCAUGCUGACGGGUGUUGGGAGUUCAACAGCGUCUGGAGGAUCACAGGUUCUGCAUCCCUGUUCUUUUUGAAAGCUGAAUAUUCCCACUUUUCACUGAGAAGCAAGAAUACAUUUUGAACCAAGGUUAGCCCUUGUCCUAGACACCUCUACUCAAAUUGAUAUUUAGCUGCGAGGGUUUUGAGUUCUUCGGCAUCCAUUCCAGUUUGCAAUAACUGUUCAUAUAAGCCUCCAAAAUGCAGAUCCAGUCAGUAUGUCUUAUUUGCUCACCAAAUACUUUGUUACCUUUUCCAAAACAAGUCUUCUUUGUCUGCUGUGUAUGUUCCUCAUUACUCCACGUCUGACUACUUGCAUGUGUACAGUAUUAUACUUUUAAGAUUCUUCCAUUUCAUAAAAACUGGGCAAAGGGCUACAAAAAUAUCACCUACUAAAAUGCAGUGGAGUUGCUUUCCUUUAAUGGCUUUGACCUGGUGGAAAUUUUAAUUUGAUUAAAUGGCACCUCGUAACAGAUGCAGUUCUCUAGACUGUUCUUGGGCAUCCACGUUUUGCCACCAGCAAGACUUGAUAUGAUGAAGGGGAGGUAGUUGCACAACUGGGGUUGCACAGCUGAAAAAAAGUCCUCUUAUUUCUGUCUACCUACAUAGUCUUUAAUAGUUGCACUCCUAGACUUCUCCCUGAAUCCUUGGAGAACAGUUGCCAGUGUAGCUAGAUGAACCAAUACUCUGGCUUAGUAGAAGGCAGAUUCCUAUGUCCCUAUCUUAUUGCUCAGGCAACCUGUUUUAACUAAUCGUUUGGCAGGGGGUUUUUUUGUUUUUGUUUUUUGCUAUAGUCCUGGCUCCUUUUGAGGUUUGUCUGGCUUCUGGAGUUCUCUUUGCAUGUUCAGGCUGAACUCUGCCCGGUAACAAUUUCUUCCCCUCUUUUGUUGUUCAUUGCAGCUGUCCGAACAGAGGUUUCUCCACCCACUUCCUCCCUAGAAAUAAAUACCUGGGUGCAAUGCUUUGAUGCUGAGGCUUCUAGAAUAAUGAGUUGAAUUGCUCUGCUUAUUAGUGUGGGUUUUUUUGUUUUUUUUACAGUACCAGACUCUGCUUUGAUAUAAGUAUCAUUUAUAAUAGUGUCUUUCAAAGAAAGGUAAGCAUCAUUACAGACAGUAUGGCCUUUAAUUAUACUUGCCGAUUGAAACCUGAUCAUGGUUCAUGCAAGGCAUUUUUGCUGAGAGAGGCUUUGUGCAAUAGCAGUGAUCCCCAGACAAUGUAGGUUUCUUUUCAGAAGCAAUCUUCUUUCUGAAGUGUUUUUCAACAAUGGACACCACUCACACUGUGUGCUUGGACAUCCUGCCCCCUGGAAUUCUCUGAUCCAAAUGUGCAUUCUUUUCUAUUUAUGUGUCUGCCCAACCACACUAAUCAAGAUCCCCUGCUGUUGAAUACAAGCUAGGAAGUGGUCGUACGAUUUUAAAGUUGACAGUUUCAGCUUUGGAGGCCAAUAUUUAUCUUCAGUGAUGUGGGGCUAACCUCUUUUAAAAGUAUUGUGUGUUCUGUAAAUUCUUGCAACAGGACUGGCUCUCUGUUUCUGCUGUGCUUCCUGCUACUCGAUCCCCAAACUCGGCCCUCCAGAUGUUUUGGGACUACAACUCCCAUCAUCCCUAGCUAACAGGACCAGUGGUCAGGGAUGAUGGGAACUGUAGUCCCAAAACAUCUGGAGGGCUGAGUUUGGGGAGCCUGGCCAUGGGGCUGCUGCUGUACUGCUAGGGAGAUUGAACAUGCCCCCAGAGCUGCUGAUCAUUCCUAUGAGAACUCACUGCUUGGAACCAUAAUCCAGGGCCACUUAACUAGAAAACGCCCAGUGAACUAGGAGAAAGCUAUAGGAAAGUGGCAUUAUUUUGCUGUGUUUCUGAUUGGUAGUGUUCCCCUGCUAGGGCAUGGAAUCCAAUAUAUAUCAGUCUGCGAUACUGACCUUUCCUGCCAGGCCUUCCAAGUAGACUGUUGUCCACAGUAGCCUGGUCUAACUUUUUAAUGGUUUGUUGCCCUGAAUAGUACUUGCUGAAUGGCACUAAUGGUUUUGCUGAAUGGUAAAGGUAAAGGGUAAAGGGACCCCUGACCAUUAGGUCCAGUUGUGACCGACUCUGGGGUUGUGGUGCUCAUCUCGCUUUAUUGGCCAAGGGAGCCGGUGUACAGCUUCCGGGUCAUGUGGCCAGCAUGAUUAAGCCACUUCUGGCGAACCAGAGCAGUGCACAGAAACGCCAUUUACCUUCCUGCCAGAGUGGUACAUAUUUAUCUACGUGCUUUCGAACUGCUAGGUUGGCAGGAGCAGGGACUGAGCAACGGGAGCUCACCCCGUCAUGGGAUUCGAACCGCCAACCUUCUGAUCGGCAAGUCCUAGGCUCUGUGGUUUAACCCACAGCACCACCCGCGUCUCUUCUUGCUGAAUGGUACUAAUGCCUUAACUAAAUAAGUUAUCCAGUGGUGAUUAACAAGAUGAAAUAUGCAUGUGGAACUGGUUUGUGUGUGUGUGUGUGCCUUUAACUAGUUUGGGAUGCUGCUUUCAGGUAGCUUUCUCGUUCUUAAUUUAAAAGGGGUGAGGAAGAGUGUUCUGUGAUGGCAGUUUGCUAGGAUAUUGCAGAGAACUCUGAAUCCUCUGGUGCCCUUGGAUAUAAUGCCUCAUUUCAUCAUUGGAUGUGACAUGCUGGCCGGGAGGCAGGUUUUCAAAGCCAUUGUUUGUGUACCCUCUUUGCUUGCUCAAUAGGAAGGCUUCCUAAUGGGUGCCAUUCUGUGAUUGGCUUUCCUGUGUGGAUCAUCAUAAGCAGAUAAACCACUGAUCCAUGAAGUGCAAGAGGGGAAUUAUCUACCUGCUCCCACUCUCCAAAUUCAAAUGGACAAAAAGCCUGAAGGUCUCCCAGGGGGUGUAGGGAAUGUGGCCAGCCAGAAGUGGCUAAGAGAGCUCAGCCCUCUUGUAGGAGAGCUACUGCCAGUGAAACAGGGAGCAACAGAUGGCUUGAACCCCAGGGUAUGAGCAACAUUCCCUGUUGCUACUAGCAAAAGGCAAAGGGGCUGGGGAGAGCACAAGCAAGAGGGAGUUGAUACCAUCCCUUAGCUUACAAUAUAGACUAUCCCAUGUACCAUCUGGUCUUAUUUUGUGAUACCAGUAUGUGGAAGUGAUUUUGGAUUUUCAUUUCCUUUUAUCUACAUGAGACAUCAAAUUUGAUGCUCUGCCAGGCUGCAGGCUCUAUAGGACCAGAUCACUUGACUGGGUCUGUGCCAUCUGGAGAUGGUUCUAAUUUGAGCUUGAUACAGAAUAAACCCAUUGCUGUGUUGUUGGAUUGGGGGUAGAGUGGCAAGCCAGUACGUUGGUCAGCUGGAAGAAAAUUGUUACUAUAUUGAUAUUAACUUUCUAAAUAGUUCUUGUUUUGUGCAUUUUGAGGGGAGAAAAUUCCCAUUCAUUGACAUACCUAGUGGUGUAACUAAAAUUUAGUUUGGCUUGAGUAAACUACUUGGUUGGACCUCAAAAUCGAAGUCCCAUUCAUUUUUCUUAGUUGCAGUCCAGAGACAACUGGAGCAAGUCAGGUUUCUUCAUGUUGUGCCUUCUGAAUGAAAUGCUGUGUCUUCACAGCUUAUUCAUCAUACAUCUGUCCAAUAGGAAGAAAGGAGUUUCCCCCCUAUAGCUGAACAACAUUGUUUUGGUUUAGGUGUUCCUCCCACCUACUGAGGAGAAUCCUAUCCCCACCCACAGUUUCCUCUUUAUCUCCCUGUAAAGUAUUUAUAGAAAUAAGUCCUUUCUCUCUCAAGUGCCCUCGCUCUAGGCUCUUUGUGUUCAGCGCGUUCCCCUCUGAUACUGGAGUUUUCACAGUUAUUCUUCCAGGCUGUCAGGUCAGUUUUAUGUUUUAAUGGUUGAUCCUCAUGAGGGAAGGUGAUGUGCUAGUUUUGCUGAACUGGUUGAAGUAUGUCACUCCUGGGAGGCUGUAGGUUUAGUUGUGUAUAUGAAAAGGAGAUGAAUUAUUGAACCAACUGAUGGAGUUCAGAAUUCAUCCUUUAGUUUAUAGGGACCAUCUUCAUAAUUCAGCUCAUGGCCCAGGAUGAGGCCAUGGUGAGGUGACUGAUUGUCAACAAUAGUCUCUGUAAGCCUCACUGAAAUGAGCCAGAGCUUGAGAAAGAGCAUUAAUGUGCUCUUGUGCAGCUCCCGUUCAUUUCAAAGUGAUUUCUGUCCAAAAUGAGGAUUUUGUGGUGGAGUGUGACAGUGCUAAGUAGUGUGUGUGGGGGGGGGUCAUUUGGUUAUUUCACAUUAUGCCCCAAACUGUCUCAAGCCUGCUUUGAUAGUGCCAUACUUGCAUAAAGAAGAGUAAAAUUCUUCAAUAGCUUUGGUAAACCUUUCUUUUGGUGAAACUAUGUAUGUGUGUAUUCUUACUGGGUACCAGGACUCCUUGUAGGGAUCCUGGGAGCUCUCACUAAAUAUCCAGUCACGUUCAUGAGGCAUUUAUUGUGGAAAAGGGUAGAGUUGUGCAGGCUGGGGUAGUGUGACUUUUCAAAAAUGUGACUUCUGAACCUACUCCUAAGGGAGCUUUGUUUACCUCUGCACCAACAUGUGAAAGUAGUCUGGUCAAUUUUUAAUGAAAUGGUGCUCUGAAAACCACUUAGGGAAUUGAUGGGGAAACCGCAGAAUAGAAUCCUUCAAACCACUACAGUGGUACCUCGGGUUAAGAACUUAAUUCAUUCUGGAGGUCCGUUCUUAACCUGAAACUGUUCUUAACCUGAGGUACCACUUUAGCUAAUGGGGCUUGCUGCUCCGCCGCCGCACAAUUUCUGUUCUCAUCCUGAAGCAAAGUUCUUAACCUGAGGUACUGUUUCUGGGUUAGCGGAGUCUGUAACCUGAAGCAUCUGUAACCCAAGGUACCACUGUAUUCUUUAGUAGGCAGUUGUUCAUAGAUAGGACAAUAUGAAAGAAAGCCAUAAAAACAUAAGUCAGAAGUCCCUGACUAGUUUAUUAAUAUGCAGAUGUGGUGCCUGCUCUGGGCUGGAGGUUUUCCCCACAUGCUUUCAAAUGUGCAUAUGCACACACACUGAGCUGCAUUUGAUUGACCCAUUGCACUAGAGGAAGCCUGUGCAAUGGGAGUUCUCCUCUCUUCUCCCCACCCCCUGCACAUGGCCCAUGUUGUCCCCAGAUAAUGAAUACAACCCACUGUGAACAGGCCUCAGUUGAAAGUUAUGUAUUAAAAUGUUUGGCUAUAUUCUGCAGCCCCAUUGUGGUUAGGGAUCUGGGUACUAAGGCAAUUGGAUUUCCUGUCCCAGGCAGUCAGGAGAAAGGCUUUUGGCCAAGUAGGACUGUGUGCCUGGCUCCAUAUUGCUCACCAGUACCAGUACCAGUACCAGUACCAGUACCGGACCCAGGAAGCAAAGUCAGGUUGGGCAAGAGUCAGAUAGAGCAAGAGGGUAUGUCUUGCUAAUUAAAAUUAAGCAAAGCAGAGGCCACAGUUCAGAAGGCAAACAAGCAUAGUGGUUAGCAUCCUGGAUGGGUCCAAGUAGCACCUAUAUACUAGAAGUCAGGCAAGGUAGGCUUGAGUGUUUCUACAACAACCAGUAAACCCAGACUGAACCAGAAUUAAAUCUCCCUCUCACCAGCUAGCCCCACUGCUGAUGAGUGAAGCCUCUUACUUGGUUUUAGGAGGUAUUUAGGAGUGGCAUGGGCAAGGCUGAGGUUUCCAAGCUGUAGUGCUUAGAGUCUGAGGAACGUAAUGGGUCCUCUUCAGGCCACUGUCGUUAUGGGCUCUUCUGGUGCUGGGACAACCGCCUGGGGAGGUAGGGAUAUUAUAGGCUAAUUCUGAGGGCAAAUUAGGCUCCAAGGCCUAUUUCCUUGAGGAGGAAGAGCCCUGACCAUGACUCUUGGCAAGCUAGGAAUUCAGGCUCUGUUGCCUUUUCAAGCAUGCUUGGUAUCAGAUGCAGCCUGGAGCCAGUCCACUUCUGGAAGAAUAGAUCCAUUAUUAGCUAUACCAGAUGCAUCACUGCCCAGGACACUGCAUGCUGGUAGUAUUUUUGACUAAAUCUGAACUGAAAGAACUUAGUGCACGAGAGCUGCUGAAGUAUUCUGAAGCUUUUAUUUCAUAUUACUUUGACAGAAGCAAACCUACUUUUAGCUACUCACAGGCUGCUCUUUCACAGGGCUGUUCUGCUUCCCAUUCCAUUCCAGAACACUUGGAAAGGCUCCCAUGAGGCCCUGGCAUGCACCCACGUUCUCUGCCUCACUGACUUCGUUUAUAUAAUUCUUUGGGUGGAUCUUCUGGGUUUUCCAGGAUCAGGGAAGUACAACUUUGUGGCAAUUGGCUCUGACUCUGGAAACACAGUUACUGGAGAAAUGUUUCCUAUUCUGGUGCUUGAUGUUUCUAUACCCUUGAAUGCCACUGACACAAUGCCACAUCUCUCGUGGAUGUGCUUCAGCAUACAGUGGUACCUCGGGUUACAUACGCUUCAGGUUACAUAUGCUUCAGGUUACAGACUCCGCUAACCCAGAAAUAGUGCUUCAGGUUAAGAACUUUGCUUCAGGAUGAGAACAGAAAUCAUGCUCCGGUGGUGCAGCAGCAGCAGAAGGCCCCAUUAGUUAAAGUAGUGCUUCAGGUUAAGAACAGUUUCAGGUUAAGUACGGACCUCCGGAAUGAAUUAAGUACUUAACCCGAGGUACCACUGUAUUUCUGUAGCCUAGAAAGGGUAUAGUGGCUGAGUACAGUGCUCCAAAGGGACAUAGGAAACUGUCUUGUACUAAGCCAGGCCAUUGAUACAUCUAGUUCAAUACUGUCUUUGCUCACUGGCAGUUUCUCUUCAGGAUUUCAGACAGGGCAUUCCCAGUCCUACCUGAAGAUGUUGGGGAUUCAGCUUGUGACCUUUUGUAUGCAAAGUUCUACCACUGAGCUAUUGCCCAUUGCUUGAGUUUAUGUCACUGGCAUUCAAGGUGUCAUGUUGCUGUUUGGUAUCUUUUGAAUGAUGGACUCAAGGGCAUCCUGAUCAAAUUUGCAGAUGACACCAAAUUGGGAGGGGUGGCUAACACCCCAGAGGACAGGAUCACACUUCAAAACGACCUUGACAGAUUAGAGAACUGGGCCAAAACAAACAAGAUGAAUUUUAACAGGGAGAAAUGUAAAGUAUUGCACUUGGGCAAAAAAAUGAGAGGCACAAAUACAAGAUGGGGACACCUGGCUUGAGAGCAGUACAUGUGAAAAGGAUCUAGGAGUCUUGGUUGACCACAAACUUGACAUGAGCCAACAGUGUGACGCAGCAGCUAAAAAGGCCAAUGCAAUUCUGGGCUGCAUCAAUAGGAGUAUAGCAUCUAGAUCAAGGGAAGUAAUAGUGCCACUGUAUUCUGCUCUGGUCAGACCUCACCUGGAGUACUGUGUCCAGUUCUGGGCACCACAGUUCAAGAAGGACAUUGACAAACUGGAGCGUGUCCAGAGGAGGGCAACCAAAAUGGUCAAAGGCCUGGAAACGAUGCCUUAUGAGGAACGGCUAAGAGAGCUGGGCAUGUUUAGCCUGGAGAAGAGGAGGUUGAGGGGUGAUAUGAUAGCCAUGUUCAAAUAUAUAAAGGAUGUCACAUAGAGGAGGGAGAAAGGUUGUUUUCUGCUGCUCCAGAGAAGCGGACACGGAGCAAUGGAUCCAAACUACAAGAAAGAAGAUUCCACCUAAACAUUAGGAAGAACUUCCUGACAGUAAGAGCUGUUUGACAGUGGAAUUUGCUGCCAAGGAGUGUGGUGGAGUCUCCUUCUUUGGAGGUCUUUAAGCAGAGGCUUGACAACCAUAUGUCAGGAGUGCUCUGAUGGUGUUUCCUGCUUGGCAGGGGGUUGGACUCGAUGGCCCUUGUGGUCUCUUCCAACUCUAUGAUUCUAUGAUUCUAUGAUUCUAUGAAUUCCCUUGGAGCUCUUAACCAUACUUGUAAACACCACCUUCUUGGGGAAGUGACUCUUUUCCCAAGCCCUUCUUUUUUCACUGCUUCAGGGUGCAGACUUCUGGAAAUUUAUUAACAUAACAGUUGUGGAGUUGAUGGCUAGUCAUCACAAAUUUCUGUUUAUGUGUUUGUAAAUCUCCAGUUUGAGCACCACCAUCAGAAUAAUGCAGGAGCAGGCGUGGCAAAAGAAAAAAAAAGUAAUAAAAUAGAAUAGGGAUCAGCAACCUUUUAAGACCAGUGGGCACAUUUUGAAUUUUGAGGGAGUGCUGAGGGCGCCAGUCACAAAAUGGCCACUGUGGGGCUAUGGCAUAACACAAAAUGGCUGUUGGGGGACAUGGCAUAGCAGAAGAUUAGAGAGUACAAUCAUUGCUAAUUUCCUCUCUCCCACCCACCCUGACAAUCUCAUGGGAAAUCAGUUACGGUAUAUCUUGGUGGUCCUGACUGUGGAGGAAGAGCUAUCAAAGGCACAAGAACACUGUUUUCCCAAGUGCAAAUCCUAAACCAAUGCCUCUGCUGCCAUCCUGUAACCACUUACCUAGGAGUAAGCCCCAAUAAAUGAAAAGAGAUUUACUUUUGAAGUAGGCAUGUAUACCAUUGUACUGAAGAGUUAACAUUGCUAUCAUUGACAAUUAUAUAGCAUGUCAUGGGACUUGAUUUAAAAAAUAAACACAAUUCUGUGUGUGAUAAGCAGCUGUACAAUAUAUUAAACCCAGUUCUUGUUAUAAGAUGAGUUCCAAGAAAAAUUCAUGAUCUUGAGCAUUGCAGGUAAGAUACUCAGGGGCAGACAGAGGAAGGAAAUAACUUUGUGAUACAUAAGGAAAGUCUUUCCUCUCUACAGCACAAUAUAUAUUUUCUGAUUUGUCAUGUAUUUUUUUUAUCAUGGCUGUUAAUGACUUUUAGCAGCCGUUUUGGAGCCAAGGUUUACAGUCUACUAGCUGGGACAGAGCAGUUGAGACUUCCUAUUAAUUUGGGGAACCAGGAGCUCCAGAAAGGACAGAAGCCCUUUUGACGUUACUGUUGGUAUAAAGUCAGAAGUAAGGAUGCUGCAGCAAGUAUAAGGACAAUUUCUCAGGGAGAUAGCUCUUGGGCCUUGUGACUGGUGCUUUGUAGCUUUCCUCUUGCUGUGCAGUCUUUUAUCCUAGAGUUGCAUGUUAUGCACUCAGUGCCUUUGCUUCUAAUCUCCUAGGGCUAAUUAGUUGGAUUGGCAUUGCUUGGCUGCACUCUAGUUCUGGGUGGUCUUACACAGGGAGUUCUCCCCCCCAACCCAGCCCCCCAUUUUGCCUGUAAAUGGUGGCUUUUUAGCUGUUAAUCUGACCCGUCGCUUGGUGCCUAAAUGUUCUGAAUUGUGUAGUGCAGACACGUGGAGGAAUUUUUCUUAGUGCUGCAGUGGAAACAUUUUCUGACAUGUUCACAGUCCCAUGUCAGGAUUGCAUUGGUUACUUCAAUGCAGGUAAUUGUUUUAAAGCAUUCACAAAUCGCUUAUUUCCUCCCCCCCCCUUAUAAAUAGAUGAAAAUGAAGUAAUAGUAAACCAGUAGAAUACUAUUCUAAUAAUAGUAUAAGAACAAUUUACUGUUAUAUAGAAGUCCAGGGCAAAGCACUGUCCACAUCCCUGGUAGUUUGGGUUGGAGGGAACUGCAGUUCAUUCUCUUCUUAUUAACUCUUUCUCUUGCCCCUUCAGAAUAGGGGUUUUAAAAAUUGAUUCUCCACUGAAACCUCCCAACCCACAUUUUAUCUAUCUACUUACCAUAUUUAUAAUCAGGCCUUUGGCUAAUUAAACCAUGUAUGGCCUUUUAAACUGUGAGGGGUAUUGUUUUUGUUCGUUAAUCUACUGGUUUUACCUCAUAAGAAAUAGCUUUGGAGAAGGACCCUGCUGUUCUGUUGGAUCAUACAGUAGUUUGUUUUGGUAUUUUUAAUGUGGUAGGUAAAUAAAUAAAUAAAUAAAUAAAUAAAUAAAUAAAUAAAUAAAUGCCUGAUGACUUCUUAUAGUGGAAAAGCAGUGUAGAAUAUAUAAACACACAGGUAUUAACUGCCCUCCUCAUUCCCUUGUCAUAUUCUUUUCUGAUGUCCGUCACAUGCAAGCUUUGUAACGCUUGCCCUGUCCAUUCUUUGACCAUUGUACUUUUCUUCCUUAGGAUGAGAUUGAGGAAUUGCGGGCUGAGAUGCUGGAGAUGAGAGACGUCUACAUGGAAGAAGAUGUCUACCAGCUACAGGAGCUCCGGCAGCAACUGGACCAAGCCAGUAAGACCUGCCGCAUCUUGCAAUACCGUCUGCGAAAGGCAGAGCGGCGCAGCCUUCGUGUGGCACAGACUGGCCAGGUGGAUGGAGAGCUCAUCCACGGCCUUGAACAAGACGUCAAGGUAAGCCUGCAGUUACAAGAGAGAAGACAUUUGAAUGGUCCUGGGAUUUUAAAAAACCUGCUUUGUCCUGUUUCAGAUUAUUGGUCCAUUGUGCUGUUUAUUUUCACUACUGGUAUCGCUCCAAGGUCUUGGGCAGAGCCCUUUCCUGGCUCAGAUACCAAAAAUCCUUUAACUUGGAGGUAUUAAGGAUUGAACCUUUGCUCUUCUACAUACGAAACAUGUGUUCCGCCAGUGGUGGGUUACAGGCUCUAUUUGGUGUGCAUUUAAGUUAUGUUUUGCAAAAAUAACUGCUUAGAAAUGACUUGCUCAAAAAUGGAUCGGUUGCCAUACUGACCUAGAGGAGAACUUGGAAGAUUUGUGAAAUGCUUCUGUUGGGGCAUUGUAGCAAUUUCCCAGAGGAAACCAUGAGGCUUGGAUUCCUUUGCACAAACGUAGUCCACCUCUUACUAAGUCAAUAAGGGCAAGAUAAUGGCAAGUAAAGACAAACAGAGAUUGGAGUUGUAGUAGAGUAGAGUCAAUUCAUCUACAUGCCCUUUUGGAUGCGAGUAAGAGGCAGCAGCAGAUCAAGUCUUUUGUAUUUUAACACUUCCAUAAUUUUACUGUGCAUAGAUUGAAAUUUCCAUUGGGUGCAGAAUUAAGUAUCCUGAGAAUCUCAGCGUUUGAAAGAAGCGUAUUUCUGGCCCUUGUGACUGAAAAUAGGCACGAAAGUGUGUGGGCAAUGCUAAGUAAAAUCUCAGAAGCCAAGUAGGUGGGGGAAAGAAAGGCCAGGGUUUCAUUACCCGUCAUGGCUCCAUUCUCGUAUGACCAACAGAAGCAGAAUAGAAUAUGCAAAGUAAGCAAAUAUAUGCAAGUGAUUGUUAAUUUGCAUAGAUGUCAUGGAAUUGAUCAUUUUCUUGCAGAAUUUGAAUUACCUAUGGUUUGUUUAUUUUUUGCUGUUUUUGACGGUCCUGCACAUAUGCAAUUCUGCGUAAGUUCUUUCUAGUUCAGGCCUUGGUGGUGAGAGUGAACUGCAGCUUGCUCUGCUUGAAAUUAUUCCUUUGAGGAGUGGGCCCCCUUUAGCUUUUAAUUGCUGUCUAGUUUACUGUAUAAUGUUGAGUUGACCAAUCCUGCAGAGAGCCAGGUUUAAGCUGGUGUUGCAUUACACAUAGUGCAGGUUGAAACGGAGAGAAAACCCAUCUAUUUGCCUUUGAGAACAGAGCUAAUGAUGGGAUCUAUAGAAUCCUGCACCUUUAUCCCAUACUUCCUUCAUCGAGCUUAAGACCAAGCUAGAUGUGACAUUUGCUGUGUAAUUGGUCUUUCUUGAACAAAUAACCAGCACAGGGGCUCCUGAGCCAGAUUGGGGCCAUGGCAUGGGUGGGAGAGGGGAUUUUCCCCCCGUUUCCCUUUUAUUCCUGCUGUUUUCCUGAUUGGACUUGACUGCUAUUUAUCUGUAUUGGGAGGAAAGCUCCCAUCAGGAUUCUGAUCAGGACUGUGGGUUAACCCUGCUCCAAUUCCUCAUGCUGUUAUUACAAUCUGGCUCAUCGCACACAGCCUUUGUGUGCAUUGUCAUAGCUGCAUAUCCCUUUGAACCUAGGCUCCCCAAACAGUGUGGCAUAUUUUUAGCAGCAGCUGGACUCCUUGCUGUACUUCUGCUUCUACUUCAUUCCCUUUUCCAUUGCACAGACACCAGGCUUCUUGGAUGUGCAGACCUGGGAAGGGUUAGUGAUAAGGAUAUGCUUUCUUGUCAGCUCAGUUUACAGUCAUGGGAACUAAGCAGCUGACCAGAGAGGCUGAGCCCCUUCCCUGAGCUGCCCAAGGGCCUUAGCUAGCUCUUGAUGAUUGCACAGGCCAGCUGGGUGGUGCAUAUGCUGCUUAGGCAUGGCACUUUAUUGGCAUUGCACAGUAACACAAUCUGCUGGAGGAAUGCCUCGUUUCUUGCUGCCUCCAAGGCCUGUUCCAUUGCUGUGGCCCUUUAAACAAAGCUGCAUUGCCUAAUGGCAUAGGCCAGGGGUGAGGAACCUCAGGUCUGGGGGCCAAAUACAGUCCUUCAAGUUUCUCUAUCUGUUCCUUGAGCCUCUCCCUACACCGUACUCCCCCCCCCCACCAGCCAUACCAUUCACUGGAUGCACUUCAUAUUCUCCUUGAGUGUUUUUUUCCUGAUGUGUCCUUGAACUCUGAUAAUGCCUCUCCCCUGCCUGGAUGGAGAAUAGAGAGAGGUUUGUGAGUGUGUGUAGAAACUAGCCUACUGUACAGUUACAUCUGUUGCUCCUCCCACUUUUGCCUCUGGCCCCACCUACCACUGUCACAAGGCCCCUGGAACAUUGAUCCAAAGGGAUGUGACUCUUGGGUUGCAUUUGAUAGGGAGCGGAAGCACAAGCAGCUGGGGUACCAAAGGGCAGGAUGAGGGAGUCUGUAAAAUGUUUAGGCAUGUCGACGGCGACUGGCAUGGUGUGGAUGAGGGAAGAAAAUACUGGGAAGGUUGUGCUCUUUGUGGAGGGGGGGCAUUUCCCCCAUGAUUAACAAAAGCAGAAAUGUUAGCUCCAGAGCUCCAACCCUUUGGACAUUCUCCAGGGGCAACUUGGAUGAACAUCCUAAGCAAAUAGCACUGGCUAGCCUUAUAACGGUCUAAGCAGUAGAAUUCGAUUCUUUGCAAAUACUUUGUUCUCCCCCUUUACAAUUAAAAAUGAAUCUGCAAGUUCACCUGCAGAGUUAGUUGUGCCACUGGCCCUUCCAGGGGGCCUCUGUGUGAGUUCCCCUGUUGUGGUGCAUAGACUUGAAAACAGGAAGCAUUUAGCUGGUACAGUUACCAUCUCCCUGCUUAUUCUGGUCACAUAUUCUGUGGUCUUUUAUCCUUUGUGCUCACAGUGAGUGAAGGAAGGCAGUUUCCCUGGCAGUAUGCUGUGUGAGAAGUUGGCCAUCUCCUGGCCCUACAGAGCUGGCAAUUUGAGAAGCAACCCUUGUGCUGUCAAUCCACAUGGGCAAGCCUUUCAACUGGGCAGAUGUCCCAGACUCUGUGCAUGGUCCCCCUUUCUAGUUGAUUGGGGGGAAAAGAGAGAAAAUAGUAAUAAAAUGUAGAGGUGGGUUUUUUUACUUGCAUAGAGACAUGGCAGGCAAAGUAUGCAGUUCUUUCUGUGCAAUCAACUGUUGAGCAAUUUUAAUUAACAAAAUAGGUGUUUUCGAACCUACCCAUCCGAGGAGAGAAGGGCAAUCAAUGCCCGGCACUGCUGGCCAUUUCCCUGUGGGGCAGCCUUGUAACUCUUUCUGUAACCAACACCUGUGCUUGUAUUUGGUCAUGACUCAGUGAGAGCAGCCUCUCCACUUACACUGGAAUGCUGUUCUUCUUCAGCUACAAAACGGUUUUUCAUUGUUGCAGUACCUUUUAUCCCAGCUCAGCAAAGCCUGGGAUUGAGCCAAAUGGAAGCUUUUAAACAAAGGACUGAACCUGCUGUCAAGUGCCCCAGGCUCCAGAAAAUGGCAGUUUCUGGAAAUGAAGCAUGCCACAAGUGACGGAUGACAAUCUCUACCCAAGCAUCCAUCGCUAACUGCUCUGUAAUUAAGAGGAUAUGCUUGUGCAGUUGUUUAAAAGUAAAUGUAGCUACCACCUGGACCUGCUGGGGUCCAACAGAACAUAUUCUCAUCAUGAUACAUGCACUGGAAUGAGGUAAUAGAAAUCCUGCCCUACUAAACACUACUGUCCUCCCUGUUUCGAUCCCGAGGGGCAAUACUGCUUUGCUCAGUAUUUUUGAUUAGAGCUUUGGGCAUUUGAAAAUUUCCAGCUGCCAUUAUUGGGGGUGCUACGUGUUGGCAAUGCUCAGUUUCGUAUGCCAAUAUCUGCGUCUGCAGUAGGAUUUAAAUUGGCAACUUGAGGAAUGCAAGCUGAGGAUUUAACCUGUAUGCCACAACUCAGCUAGUUCGAAAAGAGAGAACUGCAGUGAACAUGUCCUUAGAAGCUUAUUUAUGCAAAUAGGCCAAAGCAAGGCAGGUGUUACUGCCUGAUCAUUGUAAAGGCUGCAGGUUUUGGGUUGCAGCCAACUAAGUUCUACUCAGAGUAGACUCAUUGCAAUCAGUGGACCUAGGUUACUCAUGCUCCUUAAUUUCAAUGGGUCUACUUAUGGACACAACCCAUUUCUUUAUAAAGGGCCAGCAGUUCUGGUCCAAACAGCUCCUUUCCAUGCCUUCUGCCCCUCAGUAUUUAUAUCACCAUAGCUUUGAGAAGAGGCUUUGAUACUCUGGAAUGAGUGAGGCAAUCCUAACCAUUGAUCCAUACUGCUGGCAGGGAUUAGAAAUCACCGGCAGGGAAACUUGACCACCAUGGAGGCCCUUUCUGUGCCCACAGAAAUGAUAGAGGAAUAUAUGCUGCCAUUGAUGUUCCUGCCAGCAGUAGCUGGAAUAAAACUCCCCAAUGGGGGUGUUUCAAUGAUAGGGUGGAAGCAGAGCAAUGGCUCUUCUGGAUCCAAAGCCAGUCCAGUUCCUGGUGAGGGACCUGAUUUGGGCGCAUGUUGCGAGUUGGUGCAGCCAACAUAGUUGGGAAAAUUGCCUUCCAAUUUUUCCUCCUGGCUAGCAGGAGCCAGUCAGGCUGCAAAUGCCACAGAGAGUCCCUUUCCCCAUGCCCCACCCCCACUCAGUUAGGGUUUCUCGCUUGGUGUGGGGAAUGAUAACAUCUUGUUCCACAGCUUGUAGUUUUUUUUAACACAUGGUUCUUCAAAGUAUUUGAACAUAUGUUUUGACUAUAUGAAGCCACAUGCUACUGAGGCAGACCAUCAGUGAUCCAUCUGGCCUAGUAUGGUCUCCUCUGACUGCGAAUGGCUCUCUGGGGUCUCAGGCAGAGGGUCUUUUCCCCCAUCACCUCCUACUUGAACCUUUUUAACUGGAGAUGUCAAGGUUUGAUCUUUGACCUUCUGCAUGCAAACUAUUAGUCAUUCCAGAGCUUCUGAAUGAGGACAAGGAGCACAGCCUAGACCCCUGGAGGCAGAAAAACAUCCCAGGUGCCCAAAUGUUUAAGUGUAGCUAUUGAAAUGGGUUUUCUCAGUCUCAGGCCAACACCCUGCCAAUUAUGUAAUAUAGAGCUACCUUAUACUGAGCUAAAAGGUGACAAGGGGCACCCCUUUGCUCUCUCAGCAGGCUGUCGGGGAGGAACAGAUUGCUCUUGCCAGAGGUCUGCAGCAACCUUAUGAAAUUGGGUUGAGAGCCAUAUGGAGACAGGUCAAGGGACACGUGCUCCCCCACUAUAGUGCAUGAUGUCCAGUUUUAUCAGGGAUGGGGAACCUACAGCUUUCCAGAUGUUGCUUGUCUGUAGCUCCCGUCACUGCUGCCAGUUGGCUAUGUGGGCUGGGACUGAUGGGAGUCCCAGCAACAUCUGGAGGACCACAGGUUCCCCACCCCUGAGUUCCACGCAUGCUAUGUACAUCGAGUGUGAUGACUGGGGGCUGAUUUCCUUAACUGGAAACAUAGAAAAGUUUAAAAAAGCAACAUUAUAAUAUGUAACAAAAGAUGUUUAAGUGUGAAAAUACAUUGAAAUGUUAAAACCAUGUUCACACUUUUUUUUAAAAAAAAAAACCAAUUAAGAAAACACGUUCACAUUCCAGAUGUUAAUUACACCACCAUUUGUAUUUAUACAUUAGAUAGCCAUAAUUAGUGAUAUACAAGCAGAUUUAAUCUCGGCUGCAUCAUCACAUCAUAAUGAGGAUAUUAGGGAUGUUAGAACUUUUGAUAGCCAUAACUAUCGAUUCAUGAGCUGAUACAUGUUGUAGGAGUAUAUGUCGCAUUUCCAGAGAAGAAGGUUGUGUUUUCAAAAUGUAAUAUUUAUUUAGCCCGUAGGUAGGCAAACUAAGGCCUGGGGGCCAGAUCCGGCCCAAUUGCCUUCUAAAUCCAGCCCUCGGAUGGUCCGGGAAUCAGCGUGUUUUUACAUGAGUAGAAUGUGUCCUUUUAUUUAAAGUGCAUCUCUGGGUUAUUUGUGGGGCAUAGGAAUUCGUCGUCCCCCCAAUAUAGUCCAGCCCCCCACAAGGUCUGAGGGACAGUGGACUAGCCCCUUGCUGAAAACGUUUGCUGACCCCUGAUUUAGCCAUUCACCCUUUACAGUCAUACCUCGGGUUACAGAUGUUUCAGGUUGCGCUUUUUCAGGUUGCACACCACGCCGAACCCGGAAGUACUGGAACGGGUUUCAGUGCUCAUGCAUGCACAGAAGCGCUAAAUCGCGCUUUGCACAUGUUCGCUGCGGGUUGCGAACGCUGCAGGUUGUGAACGUGCCUCUCGCACGGAUCACAUUCACAACCCGAGCGUCCACUGUAGUUUCUUCCAAAGAGGUCGUUGCAUGGAUUGGCCCUCUUCUGAGCUAGAUGUAGUGUGAUAGUUGCCAUAUGCUUGUCACGGUGCAUUUUUCUCGCUCUACUCCUUCCCUGAACCCUGUAACAGCUGCCUCCUGGUUGCCUUACCAUUUGCUAUGAUAAGUGUUCUCCUUGCAGGAACAGGAAAUAACUGGAACUCUCCCCCCCACCCCAACCUUGAUGGUGUUGCUGGAGCCUCUGGCUAAGCUGAUUCCAUGCUAGUAGCUGUCCUACCAUUUGCCUCUUUCCUAGCUCAGUUUUCAGUUCCCAUAGUCAGGAUGCAACUGGGGAUUUGUAUAAAUAAGUACAAAAUGUGGAACACAGGGUGACUUUUCUAGCAUCAACUGUGCACUGUAGGUCACUGCAUGCUUUUUUCCAUAAUCCAUUGUAGCAUUCUGCCUCUCCAACCUGCCCUGUCCAUCACGAUUGCCCUGGUAAUGCCUUCGGUUUCUGUCCUUUGCCCUUCACAUCUUUGUGGUGUAAAACCCAUGCCAGUUUCCUGUCUAGCAGGGAGAAAGCCCUGUCUGCACAUGUCAACCGAAGUUCCCCCUCCUGACACUUGAAUAUAAAUGUAAUGGCCUUCUCCAAUCUUUGCAGUUUCUUUACCAUCACGCAAAAGAAACAAAGGAGGUCCUCUGUACAGUAUUAGCGCCAGUAUUAAGUGUGUAUAUAGGUGUAUGCAAUUUUAACUGUAAGCUUGCUGUGGAAAGACUCUCAUUUCUUUUUGGGGACAUGGAACAUUUUCAAUACGCGCUCUCCCCCCCCCCCCAAAAAAAAAACCACACACCCGGAUUCAGCUCAGCAGAGACUUGUUCUUUGCACAGUACUGAUGGGCUAGCCCUUGUGUCAGUCUCAGAAAUGCUAUUCCCUUUCAUAGAAUUGCAGUAAAAAACAGUAUAAGUGUAAGUAACCUCUGAAAGAGGGGAGGGGAGUUGAAAUAUGAUGUGGAAUAAUUCAAAUUUAUGUUUUGUGUUUAUUGUAAAGUGAAAAUAUAAAGAAAAAAUAUUUGUUUAAAAAAGAGGAGGAGGCAAUCAACAUUCAUUGGAAGCUAUGUGUUUAUAAUGGGUGAAGGCUGUGUGGGUGUGUGGAAAGCAGAACUCAACCUGCAGCUGGAAAACCCACUUAUGUUUGCAGGUUUGGUAGCAUACAGUCUAAAGUUUUAUAUAGGCUCAGUGGUGCUUCCUAGAGAUUCCAUACAGGGUACCCCUAUUUUAUUUGGGAUCACACACUGCAGAGGGUCUUGAAAUUAGAUAUUGAUGUUUUGCCAUCUGGUCUUUUGGUUGCUUCCCCCGCCCCCUGCAAAAGUUCUUUUUUUGUAAAGUUAAUUUCCUCCUUCCCAGUGAAGAACCUCUCCUCUUUCCUUGGACUGUGAUAAAGGACUACCUAUGACCCUAAUUAUCAGAUAAAGCCAUAUUGUGAGAGCUUUAUUGCAGAAGAGGUCAAGCCCAGAGGGUCCCUGGGGACCAGAAUUCAUUGCUUGGGAUUUGCUGGAAAAUGUUUGUGAACAUAAGGUCAUCAGGACUGUGGAACUACUUCCUGUGCCUACAGAUGCAUUAAGAGAUAUGCCCCAUAUUAAGAGUAAUUCAGUGUUACAUGACUGUUCCAUGGAACAGACAGAAGAAGAAGAAGAGGAGUUUGGAUUUGAUAUCCUGCUUUAUCACUACCCGAAGGAGUCUCAAAGCGGCUAACAUUCUCCUUUCCCUUCCUCCCCCACAACAAACACUCUGUGAGGUGAGUGGGGCUGAGAGACUUCAAAGAAGUGUGACUAGCCCAAGGUCACCCAGCAGCUGCAUGUGGAGGAGCGGAGAUGCGAACCUGGUUCCCCAGAUUACGAGACUACCGCUCUUAACCACUACACCACACUGGCCCCAGACAGUAAAGCUCUACCAUGCCCCAUUUUUUACAUUUUCAUUUGAAAGUCUGAAUCCUGAGUCUCAAAUAGUUUAAGUUCAUUAUUAUUCAGUCUGCUCAACACAUUCACAUGAAUUGUGUUCUUUCCCAUUUUACAGCUUUGGCAUUUGACUUACCCUUUCCCUACUGAAUGCUCUUCCUGGCUAUACUUUGGUCGCACAAUCUGAGUCUGACAUGUCUAAGUGCCAGUGGCAAAGCCUAUUUGAUGCUUCUGCACCCAUGAUAGAGAAUUACCUUUUUUUUUAUAUCCUCACAUAACUGUAGGUAUGGCUGGUGCUACUGUAAUUGCUAGACUACCCAUUGCACCAUUAAUAUUGAUAUUAGUGAACCUGUUUGUAACUUUCAUAUUUGAUGCAUGCUCUUCAGUUCAAUACAUUUUUUUUUUUUAAUCUAUCCUGGUUCAAUGGGGAAAGCUCCGAGAGGAUAAUGUAGCACCACCAACUUGUUCUCCCUUCUAUGCCUGUGGAUUCACAGAGAAUUAUUAGGUGGUGACCUUGGUGUUUCUAAAUGUGUCUAGAUUCCCUUUAAUUCCCAUUUUGCACAGUUUCUGAAACUUGCUGAUGUGCAUCUAAAACCUGCCAGCCAUCACAGCGAACAAACUCAGAAGUGACUGGCAUCUCAGUCUUGUAUGUGACAGUUAUUCCCUCUUCUGUAUCCAGAGAAGCUGGCAUUCAAAGAACCAUUGGGCAUAAGAUCAUGGACAUAAGGGCAUAGAACUUUUGUGAAAGUUCUGAUUUUGGGGGGGGGGGGGCUGUGCAGCAAAGCAUACACCAUAAUGCUGCUGAAUAACAGGAGGUUCAUCGUUUACUACAAAGAAGAGAGAUUCAAGAGGAUUUGGUUUUCUCCAUACUUCUGGUUCUUGUGCAAAGAUGGCAAGAUGUAUAUAUUCAAUGUAGGCACAACUCUUGUGCUCCCUUAUGAAGAGUUGCACAAAUCCUUUUGAUAUUGUACGAUAGCAUCACUUUUGCUUCCUUUUUCAGUGCAUGCUUCUAAUGUACAAAGCCAUGCUGUGUUCCCAAGAUGGCUGCAUUCUUCAUUAAGAAUAAAGUCUUGGGCCACAUAAGAGGAGGGAGGGACCUGCAAAAUGUGUCUCUUGUUUCAGUUCAUAUCUUGAACAUAGUUAUGCUGGUACAACUUGAAUUAAAGGAUUAAAAAUGAAAUCUGUGCAAAAUGCUUAGCUACAAUUUUACGCUGCAAGCCAUAGCUCCUGCUUAAGCAAUUUUGAAUGUUAGCAUGCAUUUUGGAAGAAAAUCUGUUUCUUUCUAAAUAGAUCGGGAAAGCUAAAUGCCAGUGAGGAUUUUGGAAGAGGGACAGUCAGGUGGGAUAUAUAGCCCUGAUCAAAAUAGAAUCUAAAGCCCAAUGUCAGUACUGCUGGUAAUAUUAACUUGUGCAUCAGAUCUGAGGACCAAACCUCAUAUUACUUUUUGCUGUGUUUAUAGGUAGCCAAAGAUGUCUCUGUGAGGCUCCAUAAUGAACUGGAGACAGUCGAGAAAAAACGGAUUAAGUUGGAGGAUGAGAAUGAGGACUUGCGCCAACGGCUCAUUGAGAGUGAGUUGGCUAAGCAGGUGCUGCAGAAUGAGAUGGAUAAGCUACGGGAGGUAAGUACUAUCCUAAGGGAUUGCAUUUCCAUCUUCUCUUUUUCCCCAAUGAGCUUUGAUCAGUGUUCCAGCUUCACAGCAAGCCCACGCGUUAGCUUAGGCUGAGGAGGAGUGACUUGCUCAAGGCAUAUAGAAUCUACAACAUUACAUCUUCCCAGGUCUCCUGCUUACCUCUUUUCUACUAGUAAGUUGUGUUCUAAACAUGUGUUGGGAAGUGGCUGAAACAUGCAAAAUACAUGAACUUGGAUGACCAUCAAGUUGCUUGCUUGUUAAGGCUCCCUAAGACUGUUUCUCCAAAUUUGCACACAUCUACUGGCACAGUACAAAGAUUUGUAUCUUUGGCUCCCCCCCCUUUCUUUUAUUUCUCUCCUUAAUACACUUUCAAUGGGCCAUUUCAUAUGGAGCACAUUACAGUAAUCUAAUCUGAGUGUGACCAAGGCAUGUGUAGCUGAUCUCCAGGAAAGGGCUGGGGCACUAGCCAAAGAUGUACAAAGUUGCUUCAGUGGCUAUCUGUGAGUGCCUAGGACAGGGGUAUUUUGUGUUUCUUCCAGCCUUAGAGUCACAUUUUCUAACAGGCAAUCUUCUGGGGCCACAUUACCAGUGACGAAAAGAGGCAGAAGUGAGUGGAGCAACAUAGGUGAUGCUUACCCCUGGGUUUACAUUCCAGCUAAAUGUCCUAUGGGCAAUGCCAGAUGAAGGAGCACCCUCAAACUCUGAUCCUGACUCUUCAAGCAGAGUGCAACUCCAUCCAGAAUGGGCUGUACACCUAAUCCUGAACUAGUCUUCCUAUUAAACAACAGCACUUCCAUCUUGUCCGGAUAACACAUUUGCUCACAUCCAGCCUGCAACUACGCUCAAACAACAUUUCAGAACUUCUACCACCUCCCUGGUAUCUGCUGAAAAAGUGAGAUGCUGAUGGCACCCAACCCCAAAUCCACAGACAACUCUGCUAGUGUUUUAAUGUGGAUAUUAAACAGCAACAGAAGCAAAAGGAAGCCUCAAGGAACACCAUAGGCUAGUGGCCAUGCAGCCAAGAGUCAGUUCUCCAGCAUCAUGUUCUGGGAACUGUCCUCCAGAUAAGAGCGGUACCAUAUCCCCUAGUUGCAUUCUAGCCAGAUGAUUGAAGCUGAGGUUCUUUAGGAAGGGAGGGCUUCUCUUGGACUCUACAUUAUGAAUCAUUGGAAUUGAAUGGAAGCUGUAAUUUCAAUUCUGGGAAAUCAAAUGCAAGCAGUAAAAGAGAACUAUGUAUAGUCAACCUUUCCUACAAAGUCGAGGAAGAACAAAGCAAAAUGGAGUAUUGACCUGUGGUUGAUGGUGAUCAAUAGCUUUAGGCUAGCCAUUUAAAACACACUGUGGUCUUAUCUUUUUCAUGUCUGCCCUUUGGGUUCUUGUGUUUGCUGCUAGCAGCUGGAAUGUGCCAUAUCCUUGCUUCCUCCAAGAGAAACUAUGUAUAGUUUAGGCACUUCUCAUAUCCAUUUGAUGACUUGCAGUCAAAUGGGGUCAUGGAAGUGUAGAUGAAUGGAUCUCAGACCACUAACAAUCUCCUUGGCAUCAGGUUCUGUUUCUGGUCUCUCAGCAUAACGGUCUUCUGGUACCACUAUGCUGUAUAGUUCUAAUGAUGCUGUAUUUAGGCACUUCACUGCAGGAAAGUGGCAGUGUAACAUAAAAUAGUUGGGGCUUGCUGAAGUGCUAGGUAGCAAAGCUGACAAAACAUGCAUGUUCAAUAGCUCCCUACAGGAUUAUCUUAAGGGAGAGCAACCAGUUCUUGGUGCUCACAGGGUUGCCAAAAAUGUGGUGUAGAAUGGAACUGUGUGUGAGGUCAGGGCAGUAGGCCAAAAGGAAUCUGGUUUCCAGUUGCAGUCACAGCAAGAGUUAAGUGUCUGCAACAUGGAAUUACCCUAGUUGGAGUCAGGCCAGGCAAACUCCCUUGCUUUACUAUCCUGAUUCAUUCUGCAUUAAAAAAUACAAUGACCAGGUUUUUUAGCCCAAAGUUGACAUACCUUGGUAUUACCUUUUUUCUAUAAAACUAAACCCUUCCGGAGCAGUACUCCGUUGCACUUGCAGUGCUGUUUCUGUGUGAACUUAAAUCUUCUAGCAAAUAAAACUAACACAUAGGAAAUGCCCAGCCAGCCCUUCUGCAUGUUGUAGGCUUUGAUCCACUGGAUCAAAGAGCAUCUUUGAAUCAUUGCAAUUGGAAAAAACCCAAUGGCUAAAAUGUUUUGAUUUGAAAGACAGUUAAACUGAUCUAUUAAUCUGCUCCUUGAUGAUACCUGAUGGGUGCUUAUUUUUAUAUGUUUUAUUACAGAUAUUUUGUGUGUGUGUGUGUGUGUGUGUGAGAAAUUCUAUUUUCCCUCCCUGAUUAAUUGCGGGGGGUUAUUGGGUUGUUCUUGUUUUUAUUUUGAUUAUGUAUUUUGUGUUUUUAUAUUGUGAUUUUAUCCUGUGAACUGCCCUAAGACUUGUGGGUAUAGGGCAGUAUAUAUAUAUUAAUAAUAAUAAUAAUAAUAAUAAUAAUAAUAAUAAUAGUUCUUUGCCCUGACUUAGAAUUGCUGCUAGUGGGCAGUUUGGUUCUACUGCGGCAUCUUGCCUUCUCUCAGUCUUCAAUUCUCUUUGCAGAUACAUGGGGGUUUGUCCCUAAUCAUGUGAAUGGCUAACAGACUUGCAACAGGCUCUUAUUGACAAUUUCCAAUAUGCAAUUAUAAAUGUGGGUAUGAAGAAAGGCUGGUGUGUGCAUAGGGAACACACAGCCGUUUCCUUGACCACAGCCAUGGUGACAGGCUGCUGGAACCCCUUUCCUACUCUUUACAUUUUUUAUUCCUGAAGUUCUGUAUCCACUUGCACAGCUGUAUGGAGAAAUGUUAGUGGGUGCAAGUGGACCUGUAAAUCCCUGCAGUAAUGCCUAGGACAAAUUUCAGAACAGAGCAAAUGGCCGCAAGGGCAGCUUAGAAGCCUCAGCCCUCCAUAACAAUAUUGGAUAGGACUUGCAGCUUUUCUCUUUGCCUAUUGUUCUCUAGGCAGCCUUGUCUGCCCAUCCACACAGCAGGCAGUACUAAUGGGCAUGAGAUUGGUUUCUGAGCGGUCUGUGUGCAUGAUCUGAAUAGCAAGUGAAAAGAAGUGCAGUAGCUGUCAGUGUGAGAUGGGUGAUGAAGGCGAGGAGAGGGUUGUCCUGUGGCCAGCAUGCCAGACUGGAGUCACAUGAUGUGUGUACACAGAAACCCGAACAGUUGGUGUUGCAUACAGAUGACUUGGAUGGUGUGUGUGUACACAAACACACACACAGAGGGAGGGAGGGAGGGAGAUAGUGUAGUAGCAGCUUCGUUGUGAAAGUGAAGGACUGGAACACAUUGCAGCCCAGUUUUUCUUUCUGCUGCCAUGCCUUCCUCUUCUUCCACCCCUGGAAUAUAUCUUGAAAAAUGAGAAUAGAACUUGUUGGCUUUCUGGAUCACGUUGGAAAGCUCUUCAGUAGGUUCCCCAAGGCACUGCUAUAGCUCUGGAAUGGUGUCCGGUCUUGUUUACAAAGCAUCUGAUGUGAACGGGAUCCGUUCCGGAGCCCCGUUCGCACCCUGAACAGAACAUAAGACGCAACUGCGCGGGUCGCGUUUUGCCGCUUCCACACAUGCGCGUGACGUCAUUUUGACCGUCUGCGCAUGCGCAAGAGGCGAAACCCGGAAGUAACACACUCUGUUACUUCCGGGUCGCCGCGGAGCACAGCCCGAAAAUACUUAUCCUGAAGCGUAUUUAUCCCAAGGUAUGACUGUACUCCUAAGCAUUGUGGCUGAAGCAAAGCCAGGAAACUGGAAGAGCAAGGCAAGAGGAGGAAGAUCUCAAAAUCCAAAUUGCUGCUGAACGUCUGAUGCCUCCUUAGGAUCAGGUGGAGUAAAGUGGAGCUUUAUAAUGCUGCUGGGCUUUCGCCGGAGUGUUGUGUUAAGUUUCAUACUUCUUAGUUAGCAGCCACAAUGCUAGGCGUAUUAUAUCCCACAUUGAGAAUUUAUAUCUUGGAGAGAAGGCUAUUGAUUCUGUGGCAUUCCAGAGCAGAACUGUAUAUCUUGCACCAUUAGAAUCCAUUUUGUAUUCUAGGAUGAGUGUUCCAUAGUUGACAGAUCAGGAUGCUGCUAAUACCCAUUUCCCCCACAGAGCUCCAUUUUUGUAAGGAUGUGCUGGUGCUGUGGGUGAAUUGCCUUUUCCCGCCUGCUGUUGGUUAGCACCUCUUAACCAUGUAUUUACAGUUCUGUGCCUUGUCAACUGCUUCCUUGUGUGCACAUGCUGGGAUUGCAUCUGGGGGUUGAAAGCAGUUGAUUCUGAAACCGUUCAUUCUGAAUUACCAGUGUCUGUGCAGGCAAAAUUGUAAGUCUCUAUGCUCCAUCUAGAUCCUUUCCCCACCUUCACUUCCUAAACCCCCAAAUUUAUGAAAGGCAGUGCUUUUGUCUAAGACAGGGGUCAGCAAACUUUUUCAGCAGGGGGCCGGUCCACUGUCCCUCAGACCUUGUGGGGGGCCAGACUAUAUUUUGAAAAAUAUAAUGAACGAAUUCCUAUGCCCCACAAAUAACGUUUUAAAUAAAAGGGCACAUUCUACUCAUGUAAAAACACCAAGCAGGCCCCACAAAUAACCCAGAGAUGCAUUUUAAAUAAAAGCACACAUUAUGUUCAUGUAAAAAUACUGAUUCUUGGACCAUUCGCGGGCUGGAUUUAGAAGGCGAUUGGGCCUGAUCCAGCUCUCGGGCCUUAGUUUGCCUACCCAUGGUCUAAGACAGCCUUUCUCAAACUGUGGAUCCCCAAAUGGUGUUGAACUACAACUCCCAUCACCCCUAGCUAGCAAGGCCAGAGCUCAGGGAUGAUGGCAGUUGUAGUCCAACAACAUCUGGGACCCACAGGUUGAGAACUGCUGGUCUAAGUGGUGGCCAACUAGCUGUCUCCAUUGGCUCCAACCAGCUGUGCAGCUGUCUCCAUUGACUACAUAUUUCAUUGUUAUUAAUGCACUGUAAGACGAGCUCUGUAUAAGUUGGGUUUCGCACUCAAGAACUGGCACCUCCUGGGACGACGAAGAGAUUACUUUGCAUCAUCUAGCUGCUAUGUCUUUCAAUGGAGGGAGAAGGGAGCCGAUCCCUAGCCUGCUGGGGACUUGGCAGGAUUCAAGCCCAAGCACCAAUUUCACCUUCUGUUUUCUUCCUUGCCAAGAGGCAUUUGACUUAAUAUCUAAUCACAGAAUUCCUGUUUUGCAAAACAAACAAACAGACAAACAAACAAUGCUUUUUAUUAGUUUCAUUAGAUAUUACAAGUAUUUAAUUCAUCUUCAAAACAACACAAGAUACACAAAAUACACAGAAAAAAGAUCAUGAAGAAACGCCCAUACUUAAUGAAAAUCUUCAACACCAUAUGUCUUCAGGAUCUUAAAUCUUGACUAAAUAGUCUUCUACUUUUUACAGGUGACUUCCAUCUACCUCACUGCGGGUCUUUCCCCCGCUUUUUUCUCCCCUUCCCCUUUUACUGUGUUCUUCAUCAUAAUCUAUGUUAUAUCCAAUACAUUAUUUAUUAAUCAUUGUAAUCUGCGAAAAUUAAUCCAAGCAUACUAAAGAUUUUAGUUGGGAACAAUGUUUUUUAAAAUACACUCACAUUCCUUUAUAAACUUUUGGUUUGUUUGAUUCCUGAUUGUUUCUGUCAUUUUUGCAAGUUCCAAAUAAUCAAACAAUUUUAUCUGCCAUUCCUCCUUCGUUGGGGUUUUCUCUCCCUUCCAGUCUUUGGCGAUAAACAUUCUCGCUGCUGUUGUUCUUUCCAAAAAAUUGGUAUACUUUCUCCUGGAUUUUCUGCAGCUACUAUGUUUUGCAAUUUUUCAGUGACCUGCCACAAUAUGCAGCUGUCCCAAGAUUCUUGUUUGUCAUCGGAAACAAGUUCAUUAAGACACAAGCAGCCCCCUCCACAUGUGUAUUGCAUGAAGGGGUCAGUUUGUCAUAUUUUUAUCAACUUAACCAAAGGUUGGUCAUUUAUUUGGGUAGGCUCCCUUUUAAAUCUUUGCAAACCUGUUACUUUUUAAUGCAUUCCUUUUUCAGUGGGCAGGUAAGGCAGCUUCCUUUUUCAAAUGCUGGUGGGUGGGGAGGGGAAGCUGCUUCUUCUAGGCUUAGGGACUCAGCAUUGAAUCGCUUACAUUUUUUUAAAGUGCAGGCAGCACAAAUAUUUGGGUGAUGGCUGUCGAUGAAAUCCAGCUGGCUUCCCUUAGGAUAUUCACACCUUUCAGCAGCCUAUUUAUACCAUCAUCCUUGGCAAUGGUUCCAAGUGCACCACCGUUCUAGUCUGCUCUAAGAAGAAACCAGCUAGGUGCAAACUUGGAGCAGUUGCAUUUCUUCAAUACAUGUUUGAGGUGGAGACUCCAGAAAACAAUCAGUUUAGGGUCUAUUGCCUGCAGUGCAGCUUCAGUUAUCCCAUCCAUUGUCUUUUGCAGUUGCCUGUUAACCUACAGAAUGGCGCUCAGGCAUGCACAUAGUUGUCAAUGUUUCCCUUUUUAAAAGGGAAAUCCCCUUAUUUCAAAUAGGAUUCCUUGCAAGAAAAGGGAAAAGUUGACAGCUAUGGGCAUGCACAAACUACCUCUGGAAGGCUUCUGAGCAGUGGGAGGGGGCUUGCUCCUAAGGGGAUUAUGUGCUGAUUAUUCUCCAGCUGGAGGGAGCAUCUCUGAUAAUUGGAUAAGUGUUGGAAAGGCCAAUUAAUUGUCACGCGCACUGUUUGCACCUGUGGCUUCAUUUGUCUUGCAGGAGGGAGGGAUUCAGAAAGACUUGUUUAUGCUGGAGCCUGGAGGGGUCUGAAAGGGAGCUUAUGUGUGUGUCUGGUUGCAUCAACAUGGUAGCAGUCACAUUUAAUCACAUUUGUUAGCUUUUGCUAUCGAAUGUGCACAAACUGCAGCAAAAAAAAGGGGGGCAUUGAAAACAGCAGGGCAGCCAAAGCAGUUAUAAAACCAGCCAGAUCCAGUCUGGCUUAUGUUGGUGGCAGCCAACUCGGCAACGCAAUGCUGGUCAUGGGAAUUGCUUGUUGUGAUGACAGAGUGACUAUAACUAUUAUAUUGUCCUGCACUGCUGAUGCAGCAUGUCCAUCGACAGGAAGUUCCCCUGGAAAAAUGGGGGGGGGCAUUUCCCUUUCUUACACCCCUCACUCAUUGUGGAAAACCAGCUAUUUGUUCUGCACUUGUACAUAUUCAGUGAUAAAACAAACAUUGGACUCCUGACUCAUAGUGAGCCAUGUCCUGUGCAAAAAAAACCCCAACUUCGUUCUGCAAUUUAUUUUGCGUUUUGCACAUUUCUCUCUUGCUUUUUAAAUUUUUUUAAAAAUUGCAUCCUUGCACAUGAUCACUUGCUUGCAUCGUUGUGCUUUUGGUAAUCAUGGUGAAGGUCAUUAAAGACACACACACACACCCCAACCAGUGGAAAUCCUCUGACCCCUUCUUCUACUACGCUGUGCAUUAUUCGUACACUCUUCAGCUUUUAAGAGCUCGGUAUUCAGAAUGCUGGGUCCUUUGUCCAAUAAAUAAACCAUAAAAACAUGCAUUUAUUUAUUACUUAUUUCAAAUAAUUUAUACACUGCUGGUUGUAAAAACACACACACAAAAAAACACUCAAGGUAGUUUACAGAAAUAUAUGACCACUGCAUAAUUACAAAAUACCUGUAGCUCUGAGUGGAGACCACCAGAAUGGGUUGCCAUAGUCUGUGGAGGCCGGAAGUGCUAAAGCACUACAAGGAAUUUUAGACUGUUGCAGAAGGGACCCCCCAAAUCUGUCUGUCCAGCAAGCAGAGCCAGCUAGCCUCUAUCUCACAGGCAGCUUGCUGGGUGUGUGUUCUUGGCCUUGGUGAAAUUCAUCACUGGCUUGUUCUUUUUUUGGCUUGUGUGGAAGGGUGGGAGCUGGAAUGGCUGGCUCACCAACCUCAUCAGGGAUCAUUUACUACUGGAGAUGGGAUCAAGCAGCACCGUUCGGGUGCUGCUGUCUCCAUAUCCCUCCCUUGGACCUCCAGCUUGCCGUCUAGGGUGUGCCAAGCCACUGAGAGAAGCUGUGGCUUUUGAAGAAUAGGUUUGUCCUUAAUAGGAGUGGCCUGGAUCUCUGAGCGUUGGCACAAGCAGCGGCUCACAUUUCACAGCUGCAUUUCUUGGCUAUGGAGCUGUAGCACCAGCUUUUGAAUAUUUUUGGCUCACUAUAUGUGGACAGAAUGGCGUCCAAGGGGCAUCAUUCUGACCUGUGUUAUGACUUUUAUUGAUGCGUAUCUCCCUGCUUGGUUUACUGAACACUUUGUGGGAGUAUUAGAGGGUGGGAGAGGCAGACCAGCUUUUCAUUAUAGCGAGCUUUUUAAUAGCACUGGCUGCAUUCCGUCUCUCCUGUGGAGUGAGGAGGUGCUUGUUAGGAGGCAGAAGAGAGACAUAAAUUAGGCAAGGAGAAACCUUUUAUUGGCAAGUAUUUACAAGAUUUGGAGCUUCAAAAGCUGGCCCAGCAAAAAGCUAUAGUCUUACCUAGUAAUAGAAUAAAUUUGAGGGGAUCAGAUGUCUUAUAAGGAGAGCUGUGCUGGAUCAGGCCAAUGACCUAUCUAGCAUCCUGUUCUCACAGUGGUUAACCAGGUGCCUGUGAGAAACCUGCAAGAAGGAACGGAGCAGAGCAGCACUCUUCCCGCUUACGAUUCCCAGUGACUUGGCAUCCAGAGACAUACCUCCAAAAGCAGAGUUAGAAGAUAGCCAUUGUGGCUAGCAGUCAUUGAUAGCCCUAUUCUCCAUGGCAUUGUAAUCCUAAUCAAAACCACAGCAAAUUUGUGUUUUAUUUCAGACUUGCUGGUGGGGGAAUGAGGCUUGGUGAUGGCAGCGUACCUCUUUCUGCCCAAUGAAUCCCUGGCUGAGCUGGAAUUUAAGCCCAGGUCUCCACACUCCCAAGACAAAUGUUGUAUCCCCUGUGACCACAUAGGUUUCUUCUUCUCUGACACAAAGGGUGGCAGAUAGGCUGAUACACUGAACCCACUUACUUGACUACAACCAUAUUAGGGCUUAUGUUUGAGUAGACCUGGUUAGGAUUGUGCUGUCAUCUGUUAUGAGGAUGCCAGGGCUGGGCUGUGGGCACCAGUGUGAGGGCAAGUCAAGUAAGAAGCCAUAGACAUAGAGCAAGUCAGAAGUCAGGACUGAAGAACAACCGAAGGAAUGUGCUAUUUCUCUCUGGUUCUUUUCCAAAAAGGCUGCAACCUCUGAUUCCAGUGGUUCACUAUAUGGGGCAGCCACCCCACAGAUCCUAGCAGCUCCUGACAAAAGGAGGAGGGAGAGGAAGUUCUGAAUCAAGCACAGCCAAUUUCUAAAGCCACUUUAAAAUUGUACGAUCCUUGUUCCUUUGGAAUCUGGACAUACAUGUUAUCUUGCUGAAUCAGACAAAGGCAGGGUAUGAAGGCAAGCAGCUCUGCCGUUGUUUAUUCCCAGCAUCAGAUAAUCAGAGGAAUUCUGAACAUUGAACAACCCAGUGUGCCCCCUGCUACUUGCUUGGCACAGAAUAAUGAUAGCUUUCAUCACUGGAUGUUACCAAUUCCUAUACAACAUAAUGUGAACACAACAGUUGGGUUCUAAAUUGAUGGCUUCAUUGUCAUCUCCCCAAUUCAGUGUUCUACUGGGAGAGUGAAUAGAAUCUCUGAAUACUUCUAUGUCUUGUUUUGUUGGAAGACUUAAUCUGGUUUGUUAACUACCUGGCGAAUAAGGCAUUCCAAUGAUUACUAGGCUACUGGGGCAUUAAUUCAACCCCCCCAAAAGUGGUUUAACGUGCAAAUAGAAGGGAGGAGACCCUAGUUUGUGGGGAGCAUAGUGACUUGGAAAUAUAGGGUUAUAAUCAACUGCUUGCUUUUUGUCUGAGCCUUGCAAAGGUGGUUUUUCUGUAAAGCUUCAGCCCAGGAGAUUAAGAUGUAAUCUUUUUUUCAUUGGACCUUGUACUGUUAUUCUUUUCUCCAACUUGAAAGCACAUGUCUAGACUAUGAAUAGCCAGGUUGUGCCCAUAUGAUCAAGAAUCUUCAAAGCUUUCUAGCCCUUUAUAAAGAAAUCUCGACCUUUGAUAUCUCAGAUAUGGCACCUUAUUCUCUACAGCGCUUUCCUUUCCUUUGUGUUUGUAUGUAGGAUGUGUUUCUGCUGCUCUCCAAAUGUCAGAUGACACCACUUGGCUAUAGAGAUGUGUCGAUUCCCAUACGAAGUGGCUUCUACUUUCCAAUUUUGUCAGGAAAGCUAGAGUCAUUUGUGUAUGCUGCUCUUCUGGCUUUGCGCACAGGAAUUGUGCCUGCCCAGAUCAAAAUGAGAGUUUUCAACAAAAGUCACGCAUGGAUUUCCAAGAGCUUUAAUUAUCACUUGGGAAUAUCCCACCCACCCUCAUCCACUGGCUUCUAUUAAUGCAUAGCACACCUGAAUGCAAGUUGUGACAUUUAAAGCUGGAAAAGCAUAACACCCAAGGUUGGAUUAAGGUGAUGGCAAAGACCAAGGUGCAGUUUUCAGAAAGGGUCCCUCCCCAUCCCCCAAAGGAGUGCAGGAACUUAAAAAACCCCAAAACCCAUACUGAAUUAAAAUCAUUUGUUAGUUUUAUUAUACAUAUUUGUAUACCACAACAGACAGAGGCAGCGAGGCAGACAGUGGGUGCAAUAGCAGUGAGUAAAUGGAGGCAAGAUGGCCCCUUGCAGACAGACAUAGGCUUUGGUGCAAUUGUUCCACUUCUACCAUUAUGGUCCAGCCCUGUGGUCCACACCUACUCCAGUUUAUGCAGAAGGCGCGCUAUGCUUGCCUACUCCAGAUGCCAGUGCAACCUUCCUUAAAACUAGAUUCAAAUUAAAUGCUGUUGUGAUGUGACUGGUGAUUGUUAAUAACGAGAUAUACACUGCAUUACCAUACUUUUCAGUCGCAUGGCCAUUUCCUUCACUGUCCCACCCUCACUGGGCUCCAUUGAAAGUGGCAAGCCUCAAGAAAAGCCUUCUCAGCUUCACUUAUACUGAAUUCCUUCACUCUUCCUGCUUGGAUUCUCAUGAAAUGGUCAAAGUUUAGUGAAGCCUUGCCAGUCUUAGGAAAUGUCUUGUCAGAUUCCUUUUUAAAAGUUAAGUACUACAGUGGUACCUCGGUUUUCGAAUGUAAUCCAUUCUUGAAGACCAUUCGAGUUCUGAAACGUUCGAAAACCGAAAACUCAACAGCCAACAGCUUAGGCCCCAGGAUCUCAUACUCAGCGUAAGCCGCGUGGCAUGUUUGACUUCCGAGGUGUGUUCAAAACCGAAAUAUUCAUCAACUGAGAUGUUCGAAAACCGAAGCACCACUGUAUUAUGCAUACUAUUGCUGUUGGGCAAAAAUAGUCUCUCUCUUUUUUUAAAGGGUGGGGGAGUGGAAUCUCAGACCGUUACGGACUCCAGCCAUGUCAGUUUCUACAGAAGUUUGUGGGUGAAGGAUAAUGCCCCUACUCACGGUGAUAGAAAAGGAGGAGGAAUAUGUUAAGGACUUGUACCUGUUAAUAGCGCCUCAGCUCGUUUUCUAGUUUUUUUAAUUCCAUUUUUCUGUGUGCUGAAAGAUUAUUACAAAGUUAAUAUCUGAGACAUUACAAUAUAAUACAGCGCCAUUAAUUUUGUUGCUAAAUUAUAUGUGUCAUUCAAUAAAUACAAAACAUACAGAAUUAAACUCAUAUAUGAUUCUGGGAGUAAAAAUGUAGAAUGCUAAAAAAAAAGGAAAGCCCCUAAAAGUACUCCCAGCUGGUGACUGGAUCAACAAACUUUAGGAUUUGGCUUUAAUGUCAAAAUACUAUAUAAGGCCAAGAGAAAUGGGCCUAAAAUAGAAUAAAUUUGUGGAAAUGCAGACUCUUUCUAUAAUAUAUUGCUUGGUAUGGUUUUGAUAAGUCCUGAAGAACAAAGAAAUAUAUGGGUUGUAAUAAAAGACAAUAUGGUAGGAUAUAGUGAUGAAGUUAUGAAAAUGAAUACUUUGAUUAAAUAUCCAUAUAAUUCACAAUAUUUCAUUAAUGAAGGGCUCAUAUUACUUAAACGCAUUGCCUCUUUAACAGAUUCAUCACGUAAAAAUUAUUUUGAUCAAUGUGUGCAACCUAUUGUGAAACUUUGCUGGAAAUAAAUUCAGUAAAUAACUAUCCUUUGCAUUACCUCUUCUGUUUCAGAAUUCUCUGAAGAAAAGAGGAUCACGUUCUCUUGGGAAGACAGACAAGAAGUCAUCUGUUCAGGUACCUAACACCUUCCUGCAAAGCAGCUUGCAAAAUGCGCUGCCAUAAGGGCUGAACUGCUGGGCACUCGUGUAGUUGCUUCACCUUGUACCUGAGGACGACAUUCUCUUUCUCUUAACCCCAUCAAGGGAGACCCUGCAGCUCACUGGCAGAACAACACACUUUGCAUAAAGAGCGUCCCAAGUUCCAUCCCUGGCACCUCUAGUGAAAAGGAACUUUGCUAGCAGGGCUGAGAAUGAUCAUAACCUGGAGAGCCACAGCUAGUCUGAGUAACAGACCAGUAGGUAAUGGUCUAUGUGCAACAGUGAGCUGACUUAGCAUCUGGCUACUUCAAAAUGUGCAUUUGGGCUGGUCUUCAAUUCUUGAGGAACAGAUAUGUGGAAUGGGUUUGCCUUAGCAAACGUAUUUGCCUUAGUUGUCUUAACACCAGCUGCUGGAAUGUAUCUCCCUGGACUAGGUAUAUUCAGCUUAUUGUGUACAUGACCUGGCAUAGGGAGCCAGCCCUAUUCCCCCUAGCAGAAAGUUGUGCAAAUAUCUUUUUUCAAGAUAAGGAGAGGAUAGAACUGACCAUUGCCCCUAAUUAUUUUCUCACCAUAGAGGCCUGGGUAGUGGACCCACCAUGCUGGUAUGCAGCGCAAGUUCAGGAUCUUUUAUUUUUUAUUUUGUAGGCAAGCAAAGCAGAGAGCCCUGCCUUGUUUCUCUUGCAAAAGGUGCCACUUUUAGCUGUUAGGGUUCAAGCAGAGGUGUGCGCUGUAAGAGGAAUAGGCAACAGGCCUUUGAAUUUUCAAAUGUUCCAGCAUGUCCACCUGCUUCGGCAAAUUUACCAGUUGCAACAAGCUCUGGCAAAUAAAUAUUUUUACUUUCUGAAAAGUGAAAGGUUAUCCUAUAUGCCCUCAAGUGCAGCUGGUACCAUGAUGCAAAGGAUAAAAGCUGAUGUUGAAACUGUGCACCAGUGGCAUUUUUGUUUCUGUGCUUGUGCAAUUUGUUUUUUUUUAUACGGAGAGGUACUGACCACAUUUUAAUCAGGUAGAAGAACAGGCUGGCAAUUUUUUUUUCUAUUUUAAAAUUGCCUUUGCAUUCGAUUCUUGGAUUCUAGUGGUUAAAAGCUCUGCAUUGCAUUGGUUGACCCUGAGUAGCAGUGGAAUAUCUGGAAUACAUUAUCCAAAUCCCCUGUAAUAAUGCCAGGGGGGUGGCAUUAGAAAGAAGCAGUGAUGCAAAGGAAAUAGCUUGGUGACAGAAUAAAACAAAGCUGGAAUGAAUUCUAGUCCACUGCGUUGCAUUGGUAAUUUUUAAAUUGAGUUCCUGCCCUUCUCGAAGCCCAAAUUGAAACCAAAAUUAAAAUUGUAUUCAGAAUACAACCAUUUGUUACACAAAUAACUGGGGGAAAUACGCAUGGUUCUGCUGAAACUUCACACCUUCCUCAUUUUGGCCAGUUAACAGUGAUCUGGCAGGUAUAUUCAUGCUUUUGUCCAGAUACCUUUAAGGAACAAUAGCACCUAUGCAUGCUUAUAGCACAUGAUAGAUUGAAGGAGUGGUAGACUUACCAUCUUCACAGAAAUAAUUAUAGGCAUAUCUCCCUCAAAUGCUGGUAUAACAAAGACCAAGGUUUGUCCUGUAAUAUACACUGCAGCUUUAUAUACCAUAAAUGUUGAUGAAAGGAUAGGGUCAUAAUCAUUAGCCUCCACCACACCCUAGGAAGAGUUCUGAACUGGGUGUGGGUUGAUGGGUGAGUUUUAUUAAUGGUAUUUUAGCAGAGCUUAAAUAUUAGGCAAUGCAUAUGAAGUGCUUUCCAUGUGGGAAUUUACAGUGUUUGAAGCAGUCCUUUUGAAGAUCCUCCAUUUGUACAGUUAUAAGAAGUACUAUCUGAACAUCUGGAAAGAUGAUCUAGGCCGUGUUGCAUCAGUGCUUUCCUUUUCUCACACUUCUAUUAUCAGGCAAAGAGAAUAAUUAUCUGUAGGGAGGAUGUAACGUCCUAGGAGAAAGUUUAUACACUGUAAUCUGAGUCUGUUUGAAUUCCCAGUCUCCUCACUCUUCCUGAGAGUUGUUAGACUUCCUGUUCACCUAUAUUGGUCUGCUGCACUUAAAUAUAUGAAUAAGACUAUUAUGUACACACACACACACACACACACAUUUUUGCAAGCAUGCUCCGCACAACCCCCUUUUUUGGCAAAACGUCUAGCUACAUAUAAAUAUAUGAUUUGUGUGAAAUGAAAAAGAAUCUUAGCAGAAAAUUACAAGGUCCAUCUACCUUCUCUGUGCAAAUGCCUGGUGGUCAUAUGUUUAAUUGGUGGCUCCAGGCUGAUAGAUUAGCAGUUGUUGAGUACAAGUAAAAUAUUGUAGCUAAACUUUCCGUGUAGAUGUGCUUGGAUUUCUAUGUCAAAAAAAUGCUCUUUGAAUAAAUAACACAAAUAUGGCCAGUGUUCAAAAAUCACCUCCAUUUAAAUGCUUUAUGCAGUUUGCCAAAUUGCACGUGGUCUGUUUCUUUAAAUCCAAAAAAGAGGGAAAGGGAUGGGAGGCAUGAAGAAGUAUUGUUGAAGAUAUGGAUAUAUAGAGAGAGAAGAGUGGAGAAUGGGAUUGGGACCAGGAUUAAAUUUGUGCUUUGUAAGGGGACCAUGUCCCCCUGUCCAUUUGACUCAUACCUUCUUUUUGGACUCCUGAGUUUUAUAGGAUAUUUUUCAUGUUGUUUGUUUUGGAUUUUAAAUUGUAUUGUGAACUUCCUUGAGAUAAAUGUUCAAGAAGGGUGGGGUAAAUAGAUCCUGGUAAACAGAUAGCAGCUGUUGUUAGAAGGAACAGUUGAAUACAUAUACAACAGGUAUUUUCCUCCCACUACCAAAGAAGCCAUAUUCCAUGUACAGUCAUAACUGUGUAGAUUCCUAGAUCCCCUGCACUUAAUCACCUAAUCAAAAACAAAGCUUUCCAUGACUGUUACUGUUUUACUGUUUUACUGUUUUACUGUUACUCAGUGCAUUCUGAGUCCCACAUUCAGAAGAAAAUUAGUUCCUUUCAAAAGGGUUUUUUCAUAUAAGGCAUUUAAGAGGAGUGAAUCAAUUCACCUGCUCAUCUCUUCAAAUCUGUAUGGCUGAAGGAGGCUACUACUACUACUAGUAGUAGUAAAAUUCAUCGUUGCCGGGCAGGCUCCUUGAUUUGGUAUUAAAUCUCCAAACUGGGAGCACUAGAGCUACAAUGCCCACAUCCAUAUGGCCUCAGCCUGAAGUCUUCUUGACAUUUGAACCCCUUGAGGGAUGUUUGAGCAUUUGAAAACCAGGCUCCAAAAGCAUUAAGUUUUGUAAGUUACUUUGCUGUGCAGGGUUUCCAUUGAACCUUGGUGUGGAGGCUGUGCUUAGAAUUCCAAAGCAGCAUGAAUGCUCACAUGAAUGCGUCAAACGAUAAACAGUCACUGUCUUUUCUUCUCUUUCAUGUGAGAUUUUUCUGUGCCUGGAUCUGGUGCAGUGAAUUUUUUGCAUACGCAAGGACAACAAUGCAGGACAUUCUAGAGAGUUAAUAAUAGCUGCCUUUUUCAACUGUGGCUGAUGCAAUGUCAGGCCUGACCGUUGCAACUGAAUGUUCACACUGUAUUGGCCAUCUGGAAAGGAGGCAUUGAGUGCCUGGUGGAGAGUUUCAUUUCUGGGGAGGAAUUUGUCAGUUUUUUUUCUCCCUCAGUGAGCUAUGGAAACAGGAAAUGAACUAAUUUUAUAACCAAACAGUCAUUUCUUAUGAGGUAAUAUUCCUUGAGGGGAAAAUUCAAAUCCUCAGAGUUCCACAGGGAAUUUGAGCAAAUAAGUCUCCAAACUGUAUAGUAUUUCCUAACGGUUUGGAGGGCGGGGGUUGUGGGGGGGGGGGAGGCAUUGGGAGAUCUAGGAGAGCAGAGCGGGGAUUUCUCUCCGCCCUUGUCUUUUGCAGGGAAGAGAACAGAUUCAACCGUUAGCAAUGUGUAGACAGGGCUUUAGUCACAGUUAUUUGGCUCUCUUUUGGAAUGAGCCAGAAACACACUCCCAACUGUAAAAGCUGACUUCCUCCUUCCCUGCCAUGUCAUGGGGCCUUUCAAAAGGGAAAUGUUUUCCUCUGUUUCAGCAUGUUGCUCCGCCUUUGAGGGGAAUUCACACAUACAAAAAUCGUACCUUGGUUUCAUCUGUGGGGUUUAUUUAGGAUCAAGCCCUCGUAAGACAUAGAAAGGUCAAAAAGGUUCUGUUUCCUUAACCUUACCCACUUCAACCCUCCCCCAGCGGUCCUACAUAAUCUUAGAGUUGAUUCAAACAUGCAUUAAAAAAAUUGUAUUGAACAGCCUGUCCUGACUUUGCCACUUAGUACUAAAGGCAUCAUGUUUUUUUGUGAUCCUGUGAACAUAUGCAUUUGGUGGGAGACUUGAAGAUGAUGCUAGGAUAGAUGGAGAAUUAGAUACUUUGGAAUUUGAUCAGCUCUCUUCUGUUUGCUAAAUCAGUAACCAAUUGCAAGUUGACUCCUUAGAAUUUUUUCCUUCUCUUGAAACCUGGAGCAUGACUAAACCUUUCCAUUACUGAACCUUCGGCAAACUGGUUGUUAGUUCUGAAGGGUGCAUAGAGCUACCUGAUUUUUCUUUUUCUUUGCAGCUAAUUGCAGCUUGGAGAGGAAGGAUUCCCCUUGGGGAAACAGUUGAUGGGCAAAGUGUUAAACUCUCAAUUCCCCCACCCCAAGUGCAAUUGUCCAAAUCCAAAUAAUCCCCUGUGGCUUAUUUUAGGAAAACAAAAAGGCAUUGGGAGAUCCAAUCACAGAUCACACACAUCAUAUUUAGUGUGACUCUCGGGGCAAUUACUGAAAUCUUAAGGAAAGGAAAAUUAAGAAGGGGGUAGGAAGAAAAUACUGUGUGUUGUAGACAGUGAUGGAUCAGUUCAUUUGCAGUUUGGGGACUGGAGAUAAUAUAAUGUUAUGGAAAAGGAUACAUUGUAUCUGCUUCAGAUACAAUGCUUCAGAUCAUCUCUGGUUCAGAUCAUCUCUGGUUCUCAAAGUCCUGUACUUCACCCCCUCAGAACCCAAUAUAGUCAAUUAAAAAUUAGUAGUACAGCUCUGGAAAUAUCACAUAUGCAAAAUAGAUUAUCCAGAAUGUGGGUGAUUCUGGAUCAUUUGAGUCUCAUUUAUAGUAUUUCUCUUUGUAUGGAUACAAUUGUUCCUUUUAAUAGCUGAUCAAUUCUUUACUUUUGGGUGGAGGGUGUAUUUCUUUUAGUAUUUUGUUGGUGAAUAUAUCAAAAGUAUAUGUUUAAAAUUAUUCAGAUUGGUCCAUCAGACUGACUGUCUCUCCUUCCCUAGCAAACCACCCUCUUCAUUCUGGGUUAAGCGCAGAAUCUUCAUCUGUAUAAGAUUCAAAUUUUCAAAAUUAUGGGAGAGAUGAAUCUCUCUUCUCCUGGUGGGAGUGGUGUUCCUUUGGCCUGUGUUCGUCUUAGACAGCUGGGCUCUUUUAAGGAUCUGUUUAGAAUUGUAGCCCCAAACUCCAAACUAGCAGUAAGUUCAGCUGAGCAUAGUGGGGCUUUGUUCUGAGCAAACACACAUGGGAGUACACAGCAUAUGCAUUUUCACAUGAUAGUAAUAUGAGGCAGGGUGAUCUACUUGGGGAGUGACAAGUCUUCUCCACCCCAAUUUUGGAGUUGGGGGCUCAAUCUUAUUCCCCUCUCAUCUCCCCUCAGUUAUUGAACUUCAGGAAAGACCAAAUACUUAAGGAGUUCUGUGACAAGGCUUUCUUUGUUCGGAGCCAUACCAAUAAAAAACCCCUUGUGUUUGAGCUGGCACUUUUAAUCCACAGACAAAAUAAGCCUUAUUUUAUUUUUUCUUGCAAACAGUACCACAGAUUAGAUGUAAAUUGUACAGCCUAAAAAUGCAGUCUUUGUGUGUCAGAGUUUAAGCUAACUUAGAGAUGUGCAGCACUGUGGACCCAGGGCAAAGCUGUUCUAUUACUAGAUUUGUUCAUUCUGUUUAUAUUCUACAGAAUGUAGCCCAAAGGACAAGUUUCUAGAAAUUGAAAAGUGUGACCAUUCUGCCCUUGAGGACUGGAAUGGCAAGGGAAACACUAUUUUCUAUAAUCUGUUGCCAGUUAUGUUGGAAAGUUCCUGAGGGGGCUACCUUGGGGGCAGAAGGGACUAGCUAAUGCAGGAGUGUCAAAUCUUGUAUUGUAUCUGGAAACAAUCAAUCUGCAGUGUGUGUAGGAAGGCUCACAUGUAUAUUUCAAAGGUAGUAAAACUGAUACCACAGUGUACUCGUGUAAAAGGAACUGGUUCCUUAUUGGGCAGGGCUAGCCAACAUGGUGCCCUCCUGAUGUUCUUGGACUCCAAUUCCCUUCAGCCCUAGCUAGCACAACCAGUGGUCAAGGAUGAUGGGAAUUGUAGUCCAGCUACAUCUGCCAGGCAACACAUAGGCUACCCCUAGCAUAAGGUAUACCAAACUUUCCUCCACUCAAGCAAAAGGGAAGCAAGACAAUAUUCCAGGAUCAUUGAGAUAAAGAGGUUAAUCACCGGAAACAAACAAGAUGGCCAGCAGAUUUUGCCCCAUCUUGGCAUGCCUGUGUGACAUGGAUGUAGAUGUUACAAAGUUCAAGUAUGUGGAUUGUUAGUUUUAACCGUCAUGCCAUAAUAAAGGUUAGCCUCAAGGAUAAUCUGUUUUGCACAGAGCACCCUGCCCAAAGUGUCGUUUUUAGUAAUGCUUGCACCGUUUGUACCUUUCUUUUAUGCUAGGAGGACAGCGCAGACCUCAAGUGUCAAUUGCAUUUUGCUAAGGAGGAAUCUGCUCUGAUGUGCAAGAAACUGACCAAGUUAGCCAAAGAGAACGACAGUAUGAAGGAGGAGCUGACGAAGUACAGAUCCUUGUAUGGGGACCUGGAGAGCUCCCUCUCCAUAGAGGAACUGGCUGACUCCCCUCAUUCCAGAGAGGCAGAGCUAAAAGUCCACCUGAAGCUUGUAGAGGAAGAAGCCAACAUCUUGAGCCGGAGGAUAGUAGAGCUUGAGGUUGAGAACCGAGGGCUGAGGGCAGAGAUGGAAGACAUGAGGGGCCAAGGAGACAAAGAACUCUUAGGGCAAGACAUCCGGUUUGCCUUCUCCAUGACAAACUGCGGGGACUCUGGGGACAGUGUGGUGGAGCUUAGGCGGCACUUGCAGUUUGUGGAGGAGGAGGCAGAACUGCUGAGGCGCUCGCUGAUGGAGUUGGAGGAGCAGAACAAGCUCCUCAUGAAUGAGCUCAAUAAGUACAAGUCAGACCAUGACCUGGACAUCACUCUGUCUGAGGACAGCUGCUCAGUGAUUAGUGAGACCUCCCAAGAAGAACUGGCCACGGCCAAGGUCCAAAUCAGUGAGCUAAGUGGCAAGGUUAAGAAGCUCCAGUAUGAGAACCGUGUCCUGCUCUCCAACUUGCAGCGCUGUGACCUUGCUUCCUGCCAGACCACUCGGCCCAUGCUGGAGACGGAUGCUGAGGCUGGUGACUCUGCCCAGUGCAUCCCAACGUCACUUUGGAGAGAGGUGCCCAUUGGGGGAGAGAAUGAUGCCAAGGAGAGAGCACCUGGCAAUGGCUUUAGCAAGUCGCAUGAAAGCAGCCCCUGCAGGCUUCUCAAGUCCAAGGACUUUGAGACCCUCCUUGACAUCAGGGACCAGGCUGCGCUUGUCAGCAAAGCCAUUGAUGUCCUGAUCUCUGAUGCCAAUGGCUUCACCUCCAGUCUCAAGCUCUGCAUGGACAAUGACUGUGCAGAGCUGGUGCUGAGCGAAGCCAUGGAUAAUGAGAGUAUGACUGACUCUAAGCUGAUCAGUGCCAUUUUGAUGAGGCUUGGGGUCCUUCAGCAGGAGCUAAACACCUUCAUGAGGAAGGUGGACUACAUUGGAGACCACCUGAAAGACCAGAAGGACUCCUUGCCAAGCGCCAGCUCCCAGGAUUCCACAAAAGAGGCUCUGCAGAAAGCUCAUGGCUCUGAAUUCCAGGUGAGGCUUUUCCUGAGAUGUCAACAGUAACUUCCUGGCAGUGAUUAUUGCUUUAUUUGCCCCUGCUGUUUUCUCCUGCUUUAACAAAUCAGAACCUGGCCCUGUUAAUGUAACUUCCCUUUUCUGCCUCUCUUUUCUGAAAUGACAACUAACAAUUGGCUCACUGCAUGGAACUGUGGCUAGUGACAAGGUAGGACUCUGGUUUAGUGGAGUGUGCAUGAGGCAGGAGGAAGAUUGCUUUGAGAAGUGGAAACCACAUUACAGCUGCUGCUGAAGAAUUAUUUAGUACCAGCUGCAGUCCAUCAUCAUCUGGGGGACACUAAGUUGGAGAAGACUGGUCUAGGACAACAGCAGCUAGUGGAGCAUCACUGCACACCUGGCCUCCUGGCAAUUGAAUUGCAACUGCUUGCAGGUAGUGGCAUUGUAUGGGCUGCAUCGGCAACAGCACCACAUUGGUGCCACCAAUGUGCCCACACAGUACCAGGCUCCCUUCCUGUUCAUCCCUUCUGGUAAACGGUACUGCUGCUGUUGCCAGGAGGCCAGGUACAUGCUGCUUCUGAUCUAAGGUAAGACCUAAGAAAGGGAAGGGGAUCUGGGGAAGGGUUGCAACCUCCUGAAGCACACUCCAGUUUUUCAGAGUUCUAUUUUUGUGCAUGCUCCUGCCCCCCCUUCCUCCCUCAACUAGCCCCACCCCAGGCACUGCAUGGCACCAUAACUGGUGUUUGCACAUUUUUUCCCUCUCUCUCUUUUCCCCCCUCCCCAAACAAUCCAGCCCACGUGUCUGCUCAUUUUGUGUCUCCUUUUGUUUUCCACUUUGUCUUCUGCCACGGUAGUGAAGUUCCUCCUCCUCUUCAUCCUUUUUGUUGUCUUGUAGCUCUUAUUGUUCCUGAGACCCAUUGUUUUGUUUGUUUUUUCUUUUCUUUUCUGCUCUUUUGGUUUGUUCUCAUUAACUUACCCAUGCAUGCAGCAGUCUGACUUUAGGGAGCCCCCCGACUGGGACAUCACGGAGAGCAGGACCUCUGAUCUCUACCGCAGUAGCAGCAGCAACAGCACCGCCACCAUGGAUGUGGAUCCCAACAUGGAACUUGACAGGAGCUACAAGUCAUAUCAACCAGAGGAGAAGGACUCCUAUGUGUCUGAGGUAGGUGUCAAAGUAUAGGAUUAUGUUCCUAAAGGGAGACAAGAAGGCUGGAGACUCUGGGGAGAAUAAGUUGACUGCAGAAAUACUAGAUCAACACAUUUCAUGUGGAUGAGAAAAAGAAUGGCAUGGCCCAUAUACAAAUCUUGUGUUACCUAUCCCAAUGUCACAUGACAAGUGAGAAACAGGUGGACGUGGCUGGAGACUCGGGGAAUAGCCUAAUGGGCCUAACUUGACCUACAGGUUGGAGGUUCCUCACCAUGACAACAGGGUGUUACAUACAGGCCAAGGUCACUCCCUGCAAGAAGUUGGCUGUUCUUCCAUGGGCCUUUAAUAAAAAUAUUUUUUUUAAAAAAGACAUGAAGCGAUUACUUUUUGCAAGGAUGACAUACCUGACUGUUGGCUUUGAUUAAACUAUCCCCCGCAGAUCAAAGAAUUGCAACUGGUCCUUUCAGAGGCUAAUGAGAGCUUGAGGGGCCUACAAGAACAGCUCUCCCAGGAGAGGCAACUGAGGAAAGAGGAAGCAGAGAACUUCACCCAGAAAAUCUGCCAGGUCAGUGAGAUUUGCCUGGAGCCACUCUCCAGGUCAGAAGAUGAGACAUGCAACAAGAGUACAGGAGGGACUAAAGGCACAGGGCUUAAUCCCUCCCAUUACUUCAGGCACAUCCUAGUUCAGCAUUGAAUGAAAGCACAAAGCAGCUGCUACCUUGUUUGGCUGCCAGGAAAGAGGCAAAUGCUUCCAUAUGACCCCUCAACAUGCUGAGAGUACAUUAUCCAUAACAAGCACGCUCUGAAAACAAACCUGAACUCGGCAGUCCUCUAGCAGCCAAGCAGAAUUGGUGGAGUCAGCUAUGGGUUCUCUAGCUUCCAUAUAAAGAUAGCCAUUCUUUGUGAGACCUCUUCUGUCUCUCAAAUCUCUCCCAAACUUAGAAGCUGGAUGUUGGAAGAUUCAGAACAGACAAAAGAAAGUACUUCUUUGCACAGCCCACAUAGUUAAAUCGUGGAAUUUGCUUCUGUUGGUUAUAAUGAUGGCUGUCAAUUUGGAUGAGCUUAAAAUACUACUAGAGAAAUCCAUGGAAAAUUGAGUUAUUAAUGGUUACUAGGCAUGAAGUCUGUGUUCUGCUUCCACUCCUGGAGGCUAAAUACUUCUGUUGCUGGGGAUCCCAGGUGGAGAGAGUGCUGUUGUCCUGAGGUUCUGCUUCCCAUAGGCAUCUGUUUAGCCACAGUGAAAAUAGAGUGCUGGACUAGAUGGGCCUUCAACCUGAUUCAGCAAGGUUCUUCUUGCUCUCUUGCCUACUUCAUUCUGGGUGAUGAAUGGCAAUCACUAGAAUCCUCUAGUCAUGUCUGGAACGUAGCUGUUUGCCCAGAUGCAUCAGCUACAGCAACAAGUGCCAGUAAAAUAUUGUGGCAAAAGGCCAUUCACGGGAGUUAUUAGUCAGGCCUCUGGAUGUAUUUUACCUGCGAGUAUUGUAUUUAGGCAACAGGCAUGAAUUGCAGCUCCCUGGGAAAUACAGUUGAUAAACACAAAAGUAACAACCCCAGAAUUCUGGGAUUUCUAGCUGCAGAAAUUUUGGGAAGCAUGUGAAGUGUCAGUGGAAAGCUCAAUACAUUUACUGAGUUGGAAGUUUGAGAUGGGGAUGAUGAUAACUAUGUCCUAGCCCAGAAGCCAUCUUUGUGGUUUUUCAUUGAUGUAACCCCUGACAUGUGCUCAUAAACCUAUGGUGCUUUUAUCCUUUCUCUGUCUGCUACCAUCCUGGUCCUUUCCAAAAUACUCAUUCCCCCCUAAAACUAGUCAUAGCCCCAAAACUGAGCAGCUAAAGUGAACUUGUGUGGAUGUGAAAAUUCUUUUUAAAAGGAUGUGAAUGCCUGUGUCUCCUCUUUGCUCAGCAAUCCUUGAUUAUUUUGGUGUACUCACCCUGUUACUUCACUCGGUUUAACAAACCUACUUUCCAUCUCUUCCCAUUCUCUGUCAGUUGAAGGAAGAUCACCAGAAGGCCCUCUUGAGGCGAGAAUUUGAGCUGCAGAGCCUGAACCUACAGAGGAGACUGGAGCAAAAGUUCUGGAGCCAGGAGAAGAACCUUCUGGUGCAGGAAUCCCAGCAGUUCAAGCAAAAUUUCUUGCUCCUUUUCAUGAAGCUCAAGUGGUUUCUGAAGCAUUGGAGGCAGGGAAAGAUCCUACAAAAUGAGGGCAAUGACUUCUUGGAGGUAUGGCAGGCUUUGAGCAUGAGCUUCUCUGCUGACUAGUCAAAAGUAUACUUCUGACAUUAAAGCAGAUAAUUCUGACCUUUUGUUUUAAUCAUGUGUUUUUGCAUCUAUUAAUUGCUUUGAGUUUGUUUUUCUACACUUCAAUAAAUUGCACAGAUAGCCACAACCCAUGUAUUUUUGCUGUAUCACUUACAAAGAGAAGGGAGAGAAACAGGGUGAAUGAGGCUGCAAUAAUAGUGUGGAUGAACUACAUCACAGGUGGCUAAUUUGUGUCUCUCCAGAUGUUGUGGUAUUAUAGCUCCCAAAUUGUUUGACCAUUGGCUACUGCUGGGCCAUAUGGGAGAUGGAGUCCAACAACAUCUGGAAGCCACAGGUUAGCCACUCUUAGACUACAUAUUAUGUCUCCUAGAUAGCAAUGGGUGGUAUCCUGGCUUCUCUUUUGGGCUCUAUCAAAACUUGCCAAGAAUGAGGCUCAUAUCAGCUCCAAUUUAUCAGUUGCUUCCUGUCUUCCAUAUGACCUUCUCAAGAACUGCUAUCUCGCCUUUAGCAUGUAAGCUGCUUUCUCAGCUGUGAAUAAAGUUCAGCUUGGUGAAGGUCGGCUGCUGAAAUACAAGUCAGUUUCACACAUGAGGCUUAAAUGGACUUUGUUUUAGAUUCUUCAUGAAAAAGUGAGGUUCUUCACAGAAAUAUGAAGUCUCUACAUUGAUCUCUGUGUGUGUUCAGUUUCUCCUCUGCUGCAUGAACUACAUUUAUAAGUGAUACGGAGAAUCACAAGAGAGGCAUAAAUGCACUUUUUAGUGUCACAGAUUAAAUUGCUCUAAGAGAAGUGACUCACAAGGCAUCUUUUCAUAAACUUAGUGAUUGAAGACUUGGGAACAACAACCUCUUGGUAAACUAGGCUAGCAUGGAAUCCAACAGAUGGUUCUGCUAGGCACAAAUGUGCAGAAAGGUACCUGAGACAGAAACACAAAGAGGAGAAUGCUGUUGAAAGUCACUGUGAUGAUGUGACACAGAGGCAUCUCUCAAGGGUGCACAUUCCUAUCUUGUUACAGUCUGUAUCCUUUAUCUCACUGUUAAUCAUCCUAAACCUGUUAACCUCUGUUUAAAGGAUCCAGUAGGUCAGGCUACUACUGUUGCGUCCUUUUCUAUGCAGCCACUGAAGACUUCCACUCACUACUUGCCCUGCCCUGUUGUUUCCAGGUGAACAGCAUGAAAGAACUGUACCUGCUGAUUGAAGAGGAGGAGCUGAACCCCCAGCAGCAAGCAGAUAACAAGAUGUGUAUCAGAGAUACCUGGUCUCAGGACUCGGUGAGAUGUGAUGAGGUGCCCUGCUGGGGAAUUUUCUUCCUGCUUGGGAUGCAGUGAAGAAGGUUCCCCACAAAGAGCACUUAGGCCUGUAACUCUGUGGCAGCUGAAGAUCCGUGGCAUCUCCCAUACCUCACAUUCUCUCCACCCCAGAGGAGGAGGGAUGAGGGCAACAAGUGGUGCACUCCCUGACAAAGAGGGGCUCAUUCUGUGAAGCAGCAGUGCAAUUAAUUAAUGGGUGAAGGGAAAGAACCCUUAGAUGGACAGCAGUGGUACCCACUGAGAACCAAUGGAGGAGUAAAGCUGGAGCACAAGAUGCUCAGAAGGCGUGUCUAUCUAGACGGUGCCACACUCUUCAGCCACCAUAAAUGCUAGAACUGUUCUCUGAUGUUCGCUGUGUUUUGUUUGUUUGGAGUAUUUACUUUUGCCCCCCUCCCUCCCAGAAAAAUUCCUGCCAAUGCCCAUGUGUGCAAAAAGUCUUAGAUAGUCAUUAGAUCACCUAUCCAGGGAAGAUGUUCUUCACCAGCAUUUUUCUGGCUGCUGAUUCAGUAACUACUUUGUUACUCAAGUCAGUUUAACCUGGGCUGCUUAUUUCUCCUGCUUUUUAACCAAUCCCCACAAACCACAAUGAAGUACUUUGAGGCUGGGCAGGGCACAGGUGUCUGCUUUUGCUCACCCUAAACUGAUUAUCAGACUAAACUACUUUUCCCAUGAACUCCCAACUCUGAGAGAAGUGGCAUAGUUUAAAUUCAGUUUAGAAAAAAAAUCAGUUAAUGAGCUUCCUUAUUGCAUUUAUUACUUUCACUUCACUAUCAUUUAUAUCUGACCCUUCCCCCAAGGAGCUAAGCAUAGCAGCCCCCUCCCACUGCUUUCUUUAUAGCAAUCCUGCCAAACAGGUUGGGCAGAAAGAUUGUGAUUGGCCCUUCAGAAUGUUGAGUGUGGAUUUGAACUUGGGUCUCUCCAGUCUUAGUCCAGCACCCUAACUAUUACACAUGAACACACACGGGCUUGUCUUGCAGGGGGUUAGACUAGAUGACCCUUGGUGUUCCUUUCAGCUCUACGAUUCUAUUCUUCUCCCUGCCUUUAGUUCAGAGUGCAUGCUUCUCCUUCAACCCCCCUCUCUUUUUGACUGCAUAAGGAUUCUGAAAAGUGAUGGCCGUUGUCUAGAAUGUGGUGUGUGCAUGGCAGUCAUACUUUAUUAUGCAUUUUUUGUAUUUCUAGCAGGCCAAUGAGUAUAUCAAGACCCUAUCAGACAUGAAGGUGACCUUGAAGGAGCUGUGCACAGAGUUGCGCGAAGAGAGAAGAGGCAUGAACGAGCUGCAGCAACAGUUUGCCAAGGCUAAGGCGACCUGGGAAAUGGAGAGAACUGAGCUCAAGUGUCUCAUCGCACAGGUCAGAUUUCCAAGCAUCACAUUUUUUACUCUCUCAAACUGCAUAAAGUUUAUCUUCAUUCUAAAAGGCAGCAGCUCACAUUCUCUGUGUUACCUUGCAUGCUUAAAAUCAUGAGCUUCAUUUAGGUUUGGCGAGGGGUGGGCAAGUGCAAACCAUAGUUUGCCGAUUCGUAUGUAACAGGAAACAAUGGCAUGUCUGACCAAGAGUGAUGGGGGCCAUCAGGGGUUCAUAAAUGGAUGAGGAAGCACACAUGCCGAUUAAGCCAUCAUUUGGCAUUAUGUUUGGAUCAGCCUGUUGCCUGAGAGGUCUGUCACUGUAUUGGGAUCUUCAGUCAUUUCUGAUGAUUUUGGGGCCAUGAGGCGUGAAAUAAGUGAUGCUUUAUGGUGAAGUGGAAUACUCAAACUCAGGGCAUGUCUUGAUAAAGUGGGAAUGGGUCCCCCAGCUUGUGAUUUGGAAUUGGGCUUGGCUAACAAAAAAGAUCCAUUGUUUCAGAGACCCAAUUAUGAACCAUUUCCAUACUCCAUUGUUAUCCCAAUGGAACCACUGGGAGGACAGUGUUGUAUCUAGGUGGUACGUACAUGAGAUGGGUCCAGAAAUGGAUCAGGGUGUUCUGCUGCUUUUGUAUUUAUAUAUAUUUUUUCUUUCUGCUAUAUCCAGUAUAUUAUGCAAGAAAGGCCUUUUUGUCAGCCAGGACUAACAUAAUCUGGCACUCUGCCCUAGAGUGUGUUCUUGCAAAGAGGUAAUAAAACUCAAGCUUCCUGACUGUAGCUGUGUGGGAGCCUGCUGCAGAAAUGGCUGAGUGACAGUGCUUUUGACCAAGAGCUCCCUUCAGAGGAGGCUGCAAGCCAGCCCACGGGCUUUCCUUCCAUGUGUUCUCAUUUCUUGGUUGAUGCAUGAGGGAGCCUCCAGAUACGUACAAAGAGGCAGCUGCAAACCUUGCCUUUGGCAUUAUGCCUUUACACAUACAGCUGACUCAUGAGGAGGGUUUCCUUAGCAGAUCCUGUGGCUUUCCUAGGCUGCCUCCGCAUCAACUAAGAAGAGUCUGUCUGCUCACAAGCAGCACGGCAGCAUCUGGGCAUCCUUUGUCCUCUUCCCUCCCUACCUCCUGUUAACACAGUGGUCUGUUCCAUACAGCCUAGGGGUUGUCCAUAGAGUGUAACCUGUGUUGUCCUCAUGUGUGCACAUUCCUCUAAUCGCAUGGCAGAUGUAGCGCAUGAACAGCACUGCGCUGCUAGCUAUUUUUCAUGAUCUUGGUGGCACUUUUUCAAGUUGUCAUGACAACAGAUACUGGAAGUUGCAUUUGUAUCCAGGUAUGCGCUGGGUCGCACAUUGCAUUCAGCACAUAAUUGCACCCUUGGGACAGUUUGGCAACAACAUAUACAGUAUAGCACCUUUGGCUUAUGUGAGUUGGGCCCUAGUAAUGCCACUAUCCCCAGUGUGUUUGUCUUUUAAACCCUGAUCUGUUAGGCAGGUUAAGGGUCAUAUAACUACUCUGGGAGCAUGUGGCAUUGCCAGCUGUCCACUCUAGUUGUUGCAAGAAUUAUUCUUCAGAAGAAAAGUGUACAAGGGCAUUGCUCUAGGGCCCUUAGAACUAUUUCUCAUGCUCCCUCUUUGCUACUAGAGGUCCAGUGGUCUGUCAGUAAGAAUGAAGGAAGGAGGCAGGAGACUCUCUCCUUCUCUUCUGCACUUUUGCUGCUCUGUUUCUGCUUUCUUGUGUUCUGGUUGUUCCUGAACUCUGUGUCCGUAAGCUGGAUAAGAUUUCCCCUCUGGGACAGGAAAACACCAACACAUCAAUAUUUUGAUAGUAUGACAGCUACCUCUCCACAUCGAAGAACCUUUUUCUUUAAUGUGCCUUGGAGUUGAUGUCUGGAGUUAACGUCUGGAGAUCUGUCACCCUGACAUCACAGAGCACAUCUUCUGUCUCAAGUGUAUUCACAUUCAUGUAGGUGCAUGCCCAGCAUUAAUGCUUCAAGUUGCUUAUUCAGCAGCUUUCUAAAUAACAUGUGUGUUGAGCUUGGGGGAGCUUGAAGGACGGAAGUGAGAAGACUGUGUCUGCCUCGUGGCUGGUUUUGUGGCUAAAACCAACAGUAACAUCAUCAGUCUUGGAGAAGGGUUGAGUCAUCUUCCCUUCCACUUCCGUCACCCAGAAAUAACUCAACCCAAGCACAAAUUCACAUCUUGCUGUGCAUAUAACACUUCUGGUUUUUUACCCAUAGAUGCAGAACAGCACUGGCAAGGACUCUGUCCUCAUAAGAACAUUUCCAUUCUGUUCUCUCCUGCUUUAAAUCUGGUACCUUUCUAGUAGAAUGUGAGAGAAAUCCCAUGACUCUUUCUGCAAAGGGGGAAACAAAACCUUGAUUUUUAAAAAAGAAAAUAACAACCUGUUGUUGAGUUUGGGGCUUGGUAAUCUCCUAAAGUCUUCCAGCAAAGCCUAAAUGCAACCAUUGGAUGUGAUCCUCUGGUUCCUUUUUCCAAAGCCCCUGUUUGCUUUUGUCCUUAUGUAGCUAUCCUGUGCUAUUGUUUUUAAAGAGAGAGUUCCAAAAUUCUAUUGAAAAGAAUGUUCAAAUGCUUAAUUUCUGAACAAGCUCUGAGAAGUCUGAGCUAGGCCCAAUCUUAAGGAAAAAAGCAACUCAUGUGUCCUGUCUGGAUGGACCUGGGAGUUCCAGUGAGCCUUUGUCCCUACCCCUAACCCCCCCACUUCCUGUUUUGUUGCUCUUAGUCAGCUGGAGCAAGUGUGAAUCCUCUUCUGUAGCUGGUUUUGGAGUGACUCUUCCUUCAAACAGCUCUUCUGUCAUACUGUCUUACUGUGGAUUCCAAGGGAACUGGAGGAUAAAAGCAGCCCAAAUUUAAGAAUACCGCUGAUGCAAAAUAGUCAGGUGAGAAGUGAAGUAUGAAGUCAAAAGGAUAGGAUAUUCUGCUUUCUGUGAACACAGAUUAAGUGGAUCGUUCAGGUUCACAUAAAAUGUGGAAAGGAAAUGCUCCAACGGAAGACACUAUCUCCCUUCCUGCAACACUUCGGCAUAGUGGUGCUAUAUGGUUAUCUACAAAACACACUGCCAGUCUUGAAACUGAUUCCAGAGGCUGCAGUCCGAACUGUGGCCUGCAAACCACCAGUGGUCUGUGAGUUUCACUUAGGUCUAUGGAUUUGCGGUUGAAGACAAAAGACAACACAUCCAUUGCAUUAAAUAUUGUUGUCCAGGCUCCUUUGGGAGGAAGGAGGAAGGAUGAGAUAUAAAUUGAAUAAAGAAAUGAUAAUUCAUACAGAUUUUUAAUUGUAUAUUCAUUGCUUCUUUCAUUUCUUGUAUUUUAUUGCAUUACAAUUUGAAUUCAAUAUAUAAAAAGAAGCAACAAAAAUACAAAAAUCAUAUCACAAUUGCUAUAGAAGGCAGAAUAAUCAUUAAGUGGUCUGCCAAGACUCAGCAUUUUUCAAAUGGUUCAUGGGGAAGAAAGUGGUGGAACCACUGGGUUAAAAGGAUAGGCAUGCUGGGUGUGUUCCUUGUCUUCAAACCAACCAAUUCCACUUUUAGUUCCCUUUUGGAAUAUACUCAAAGCUUGCAUCAAGAUAAUUGAUCUCACAAGAUUCCUGGUGAUGACUCGGCUUAUUAUUGACGAUCUGUCUUCUUAGGUGGGCAAAGGGCCAUUCCAUUGUCGUAGUAAUAUCUGCUUUGUGGGCUUUCCCCUUAAGGAAGGCACAUGCUUGGCCCCACCUUGCCUUCCAGCAUCAAUCGCUCUUGUCUAUAAAUACUCAUCUUAUAGCCAGCCAAGUGAUCAGCACCACAUGAAGAAUUUGGGUGCAGCUCUUAAGCUGUUUCUAUUUUAGCUUCUAUUACUAACAUCACCAGAAUCUUAAUGGCAGCAAUUGAAGCUGGCUUUAUUCAUGCAUUUUAUUGAUUCCCCUCCCUCCCUGCUUUGACUGAGAUGAAAGGAAAGAUACACAGCGUUAUGUGUACCUUACCCAGGGUCUUUGGGGAAAUAGGUUUGUUCAGAGGCAAUUGAUAGAAAUUUUGUCCUUGUUCAGGGUUGUAGGGAUCGAUACUGAUUGCUCUGGUCAAGCUGAACUGUGAGAAACUUGUGGUUUGCAGCACUGAGAGAAGUGGAACCUGCUCCUGAGCAGGAGAUAUUACUAUAGGUGUGAUUCACCCCUUCCAACAAAGCCUAGCAAGCACAUGUGAGUUACAUUACUAAGGAAGUGUAAGGCUCAUGGAACAGCAGUGAACAAUCCAAACAAGAGUGAAUUCUAUAGGCCUUGAUGGGCAGGCCUUGCCAAAAUAUCACACACGCACACACCUAUUCAAAUUAUAGAUUUGUAUAUUUUCAUUGUCAAACAAAUUCCAUGCCCCCCCAACAUGGAAUGAGAUGCAGUUGUUAAACUGAGGCUGAAUCCUUACUCUUUUGUCAUAGAAGGAGGAGCUGCCAUGAGCUGGGAUUUCCUUCUCACCAGCAUGGCUGACUAAUUGAAGGUCUUGAUCAGUCUCUGAUUGACAACUUUCUGGGGUACUAGUAUUACUAAUCAUAAUUCACCCCAGGCUGGCAUACAACAAUCUAAGACACAGCAUUAAAAAUGUACACUUACAAAAAAUGCAACCACAAAAAAUUACAAGUUGAUGGCUUGCAUGAAUAAAUGUUCACACAGAUCAGAGAUAAUGCACAGCUUAUCUAUUUGAAGUAUUAGCCGAACAAAUACAACAAGUGGAGACCUGCCAUAACUUCCUCAGAGAAGAAAACAGACAUAGAUGCUUAUUGUAUUGGAGGAGAACAGGCAGCCAGCUCCCAGUUUUUCCCCAGCCUAACAAAUCUGACCCACUUCUUCCACAGGUAGCCUUAUAUGUAGUGAACACAUGCCAGCUUCUGCUUCUGGGAGAUUCCUGCUUUUUAGGUUGCUAGCAAUUCACAUGCUACACAUUGAAUAGUUUGAGGAAUUUGGGCAGGGAGUUGGGGAAGGUAAUUUUUGCUAGCACAUAAAAGUGUUUAGACUGCACUGCCUGAGCCUUCUACUCAUGUAUUUGGCUUUUCACCCAGAUAUCAAAGUUUGUUAAUGGACUAUAAGUUGGCAGAUAAGCUGCAGUUACCAGAAACAAAUUCAGUGUGCCCAGACAAUUGAUAAAUGUUGUGAUAAAACAGAUUCUGCACCUACUAGAAUAGUUUUCUAGGGCAUGUCCAAAUGGAACUGAUACAGAGCCUUGGGAAUGCUAUCCCCCUGCAACAGCGCUAUGUGGAACACUUCGUCUUGCACUAGCAUUGGACAGGAUGCGCUUUCACCAGGAGCUCGGGUUGUAUAGUGUGCACAGCUGACUCCCUAUGCUAAGCAUGGUAUUAUCCCAGGACAGAAAAAGUGCCCAAGAAAUGUAGAAACUGCUGCCUGGGUGAGUCCUUAGAACAGAGAUGGGGAAUGUGUGGUCCUCCAGAUGUUGUUGGAUUUCAGCUACCACCAUCCCUUUCCACUGUCCAGACCGGGAUUCAAACAACACCAGGAGAGCCACAGGUUUUCCAGCAUAGCAUUAGAAGAUAAAAGUAGUGCUAUAACCAAGCUAUCACUGCAUACGGUCAUUCUGCAAAUCCAGGAGCAUUUCUUGUUCCUAGUGUGGCUCCUCUGCACCCUUGUUCUGCCGUUGAACAGGCAAGUGGGGGGUGGGGGUGGGGAUAAGGAAUAGAGCUGCUGACGCAUUAGUCCUUCAUUGUCAUAAUCUCUCCACUUACUUAUACAAUGAGGUGGCAGCUCGUGGUUGAGCCCUUGUAAAUUGAUGCUACUUUCUUUUUAUUACAGCCUCAUUUCAGCAGCUGCAUGAAGACGCAUUAGGGUUAUAAUAAUGAAAUCUCAAGUAAUAACCCACUUGCUGGUACUUUGCUCUGGAGAUGCCAUUAUUAGAUCUUCCAUGGAUUCCCCCAGAUGCCCAUUAUCCGUUUACUCACCCAGAAUGGCAUCUGCACUGAACUGAUGCUAUGCAUAAAUGCAGCAAACAUGUCCAAUUAUUAUCUGAUUAGAAUAAUCAUUUCCUAUUCAGCUGUCUGAGCUGUCAAGUGCCUGCGGGCCUGAGAAAGGGGGCUCCUAGAAUGAGCUUGCUCUUCCCUGGAAGUGCAGUGCUGUGGCCUUUAUUUUGUUGGGGCAUGCAUUUAACUUGCACACCUAGUACGUCGUGCUUGCCUCUGAUCUCACACAGCUGGCACAAUGGGUAGUAUGCAAAGUGUUAACCCCAAGGAUUCUCAUUGCCCUUAAUGCUAAUCUCUCAGACAGAAGUUAUGUAACCAACUUCCUUGGCAUCUGCAUGCAGUUAGCUUGUUACUGGACACCCGAAAGCAGUUUUGGCAGAGGCUGCCGACUCACCUUCUGUCCAUCAUAUACAAGGAAAGACUGUUGGAGAGUCUCUGACUCCUGGGUGACCACAACACCGGUAUUCUGUUUGUAAGCUGAUUACAAGAGCUCACUUGCUGAGCAUCAUGAUUUGGGGGCCUUGCCUGCUCAGAAGGGAAUUUAUUGCACUGUUAAGCCAAUCAUUUGUCUCUGUGUCUGCUUUGGAAGUCCCUUGAUGCUGGCUCUUCCUUGCUAUAGUUCACGCUUCCACUUUCAGAAAUUGCAGUUUGCUGGGCAGUGUGGCUUUUAUUGAAUAUAUUUAGAUCCACAAAUGAAACACCCUUGUACUAGCCAUGUCCUAAUUGAUAUCAGUAUGUUUGAGUAGCAUGUUUCAUCUAAAGAUUCUACGGUUGCUGUGAGCUAUUGUGUUCCGUAAAUAAUUUCAAAUUUCAUGUUUCUUCCUCCUUUUUUCCACCUCUGAAAAGCAUAUUACCUAUGGAGAUGUUUACCACUAUAGAAAUGUUUUACUGCCAUUAUUAACACACCACACUUAAGAAGCAGCAGUCUCUUUUGCACAGUGUUUUAAGUGGAAUUGAAGGAGUGUGGUAAUCAUCCUCAUGGUCACUGUUACAUACAGAUAAAUGAGGUAGCUAAUUCAUGGAGGUUUUCAGUAGGAUUUAGCACUGUAGCUGGUGAGUCCUCCAGAGACCGUAGGUAUUUCCAGAGACAUCUAGAGUCCUGGAAGUACUAUCGGCCUUUGCAGUGUCUCCCAAAACAUCAAGCAAAUAAGAAGCUCUAAUAGGAUUUAACACUAUCCUCUAUUUCUUCUCCGGUGAGCUUCAUUUUUAUUGGAAUUUUAUUUACAACAUACCACAAACCCCUCACCCCCAAUACACAAAUCCACCCUCAUUAAAAAUGAACAUAACAUACAGUGAGCAUAACAUACAACAAUACAAACAAACAAACAAAUAAAAGACUUCCUUUAUCCUGUAUCUGGCCUUCUUAUUUACUUCUUAUAAAUUGUUUCCUUUAUGAAUAAUUAUUAAGAUUUUUCUAAUUAUGACUUAAAUAUCCACAAAGUCUCCUGCAGACAUUAAUUGAAACAAGUCCAGGUAUGUAUUUUAGGGCACUGUUUUGUGAAGUACUCUCUGCAUUUUCCUCAUGGUUUUUGAAACUCUUGUCUAGUGUGAUCUCUAAUUGCCUGUUAAUCUGGCCAGUUCAACAGUUUAUCUUGCCAUUCCUUUUUUGUUGGCACAGUUUCUUUUUUCCAGUUUUUAGCAGUUAGGAUCCUUGCUGCUCCUGUGGCAUAGAGGAAUAUUUUCUGAUCUUCUCUUGCUAUACCUGUGUCCGUUAUCCCUAGUAGAAAAGCUUCUGUAUUUUUCGUAAAGUUAUACUUAGACAUUUUUUUAAGCUCAUCAUACACAAUCCUGUAUUUCUUCUGCAUCAGCAAUAGCAAUUAAUCUAUCAUAUUCGAAAGGGGAAUAUCACAAUUUGUUUUCUGUUUGUGGUAGUUUACGGUUAGUAUGUUAUGGGAACAAACUAUUUCUCCAACAGUCCUCCGGCCUUGAUCUCCAUUUGUUAUGGGAGUCAUUCCUUCAUGUUAUGGAACCUUGUCCAUUAUCUCCCUGUUUCCAGACAGCUGGUUGCUGCAUCAGCUAUGUGCUGAUCCUUGAGAAAACUGAGUAUUUUUCUCCUUAAAGUAACUCCUUCCAUAAAAAGGGCUGAAGCCCAGUUCAUACUCCUGCAAGCAGAGUAAUGAUGUGCAACAUCUAAAAAGCUGACCUUUAUAGCUCUCUCAUUGGGUCCCAGACUCAUGCUUGUUAGUAUUAAUUCCUGCUAGAAAUAGGUAAUUAUUUAAAGCAGCAGUGCUCAGAAAUGCAAGAACCACUGCUUGAAUGAGAACAAUCCGAAUUAAAGGCAAGCACAGUGCCCCUUCAGGCUUACCCAGAGUCAGAUUGGGACUUGCACUUCACUUGUGCAGUCACUACAGAUGGAGAUCAUGGGGUUGGCCAGCUACACAGUCUCUGGCUGCAAUUGAUAGCUAGCUGUGCAGUCCAGGAGGCUGUCAAAGAUGAAGCUGGAGAUCAUGGGGCUGGCCAGUCUCCCGAUUCUGGCUACACAGAGCUGUCAAAUGUAGCCGUGGAUUGCCCCAACUUGUCAGCACCAUGGUUGCCUGCUGCCCUGAUCUCCUUUCCUCCACUGCCUGUUUCUUCCCCACCACACUUCCCUAAAAUAAAGAUACAGUUCCCAGAGUUCCCUGUGAAGAGGGAUUGCUUGCUUAUGCACACUGAGAACUGUAGCUCUGUGAGGGGAAUAGGGGUCCCCUAACAAUUCCCAGCACCUCUAACAAACUACAGUUCCCAGAAUUGUUUGUGGGAAGCCAUGAGUGUUUAAAGUGGCAUCAUAGUGCUUUAUAUGUAUGGUGUGAAUGUGGCCCAAGUCUGAUUUUUGCCAAAUGGAAAAAGGGGAACAUAACCAAGUUUUUAGUUACUUUGACAUACCUUGUUCUGACUGUGUUAAAUAUUGGCUGCUUUGGAGAAAGGAUAUGAAGUGCUUCAGUUCCUAACCAGUAAUUCUGCCAUGAAUAUAUUCCAUUGAACCUGUCCACCUUUCCAGCACAGCAAGCCAAACAGUCUCCCAUAACCAAUCUUAGACAAAGGCAAGGAAGCUGCGGCCUUUGAUUUAAUUGGGUUCCUUGACACAGCCACUCCCUUUGUCCCGCACAGCUGGAAUCCAAGCCUGGGAAAGGCUUGACAGAGCGAGCGCUCUCUGACUGGAAGACAGCUCUGAAGAGGGAGAGGGAGGAGCACCAGCACCUCCUGGCUGAGUCGUACAGCGCCGUCAUGGACCUGACCAAGCAGCUGCAGAUCAGCGAGAAGAACUGGGACCAGGAGAAGCUGGAGCUCCUGGACCGAUUCAAGGAUGAACGGCAGCAGGCAGAGCAGCAAGUGAAGGAGCUGCAGAACAAAAUAAAUCAGGUGAGAAUGGAAUGCAUUUUGUGGGUGCAACUUGCCCUCCAAAGUCUCAGCAAGUAUUUCAGCAAGUGUGAAUAUAAUGUGCAUUCCCUUAACAGAAUCAAUAUAGGCUGGCAGCAAUGGAUGUCCCUGCAUGAGCAUAAGUGUGGGUAUAGAUGCAGAGUGUUGUGGUCGAGUCAAGUCCUGGAUUUAAAUCCCUGCCCAGCCAUGGAACUCCCUGGGUGACUUCCAAGCCAAUCACCAUCCCUAGCCUAUUUCUCAAGGUGUUUAGGAGAAGGACAGCUCUGUAUGCUUUCUGAGCAUCAUGGAGGAAGGGCAGGAUAAAAGCAUAAUAAUAAUAUGAAUCAGGAUAAUGAUGCUGGCCAACAAAUGCCUAUCCCCUAGGCUUCCUUGUUCCCAUGAAUACAUGCAUGUGCUUGCAUGCAGCACACACGCUAGCGGGGUACACAUAACCCCCUCUUGUGCAGAGCUGCCAACAUGAUUUUCUGGUUCCAGGUUCCAACAAAAUUCUACUGGGUGAUGCUGAGUAGGACUAAAAUUCGAUACAAACUUAUAUAAGAAGAUAAAUUUGCAUAUAAUCUGACUGUACUUGGCAUUAUAUGCAAUUUUAUCUCCUCUUUUGCAGAUGGGGUACAGGGCCCAAAGAUAAAUCAGGAUCCACACACAAUUAAUAAGCUGACUGGCAGCCAGAGUGUCAACAUAUUAAGCUUUCCCCAUAAUUUCCAGACUAGAAGAGGCUUGACCUAUUGCAUUUCUGCCUGCCUCACAGCUGUUAAAGACACAAAAGCCCCACCUUCCCUCCACCACCACACAUCCCACCCCAAACCAUGCAGAGAAAUCAGGGUUCAUGAAUUGUGAACCAGCUAUGUUACUGUAGAUGCUUGUGUGUUUUGGACUUCAGUUGGCUACAAAUGAGGCACCUAAAUAAAACUCGAGACCCUCUAUCAUCUCCCCUGUAGAUUUUGCGUGAUCUGCAAUGGUGGAAUAGAUCUGUCUGUCCCCCAGUGGCACACUGAACACAUUCCUUUGCCAGCAGUUAAUGUUUCAUUGACUCAUCCCCAGCCUGACCCUCUGUCAAAAUGGAUCCUAAGCAACACAUCUGCCCCCAAGCUCCAGUUUCUCUAUUAGUGAUUGAUUUUUUGAAACAGUGUCUCUGCCAGAAAUAUGUGGGUGCUGCAAGGAACACCCAAUAUCCCCUGAGUACUGUGAUGCCAGUGGGAUGUCCCUGCAGGGGCUGAACUUUGCAGUGCACUCAUUAGAAACUGAACAAAAAAAAAAAGGUUAUUGUCCACUGCAAUGCCACAUAGAGGACAAAUUGGCUCAUGUGCAGGCCCAGCACUAGAAUUGCUUUGUCUUUCAGCUGCAGAAGGGAGCUGACCUCUGGGCUUUGAAAAACUCUGAAAUGGAGAAGCAUGGCAGUAGCUGGAAAGAGGUAAGCUGGACAGGAACGGCUUUGUCCUAACCUGUAAAAUUCAGGCAGAGAUGACAUGUGUUGGGUGUGAACUAAAACCUUGCCCCAGAAAGGUGAAUUGAAGCUGUAGAAUUAUGCUGGGGACAAAUUAUAAGGGAAUGAUCACAUUUGAUACUUGUGAGCAUUCCAGAUGCCUAUGGUUGGCUGUGUGGUGUAGUGGUUAAGAGCGGUAGUCUCUUAAUCUGGGGAACCGGGUUCGCGUCUCCGCUCUUCCACAUGCAGCUGCUGGGUGACCUUGGGCUAGUCACACUUCUUUGAAGUCUCUCAGCUUCACUCACCUCACAGAGUGUUUGUUGUGGGGGAGGAACGGAAAGGAGAAUGUUAGCCGCUUUGAGACUCCUUCAGGUAGUGAUAAAGCAGGAUAUCAAAUCCAAACUCCUCUUCUUCUUUUUCGGACACAGGGUUAGCUAUAUCUCCUCCUGGUUCAGCAAGGCAUUCACUAAAUAGGUUACAUGUAUCUUAUUACUUAUGGUGAGGAUAUUAGGAAUGUCUUUCCUGAGAGGGGCUGUGUGACAGACACAAAUUCAACAGGGUCAGCUAUUUCCAUCUCUGCACCUUUGUGCUGAGGAAUGCUGCAUCUGUUGAAUUUACCUGCAUGCAUUAAAAUAUCCUAGCCUUGGUCAUGAUUGCUAUUUUUGAUCUCUUAAUAGGACUUCAGAUUUCAGCUAACUUUGAAGUGCAUUUCUAUGAAAAUUGUAACACCUAGAGCAGGGGUCAGCAAACUUUUUCAGCAGGGGGCCAGUCCACUGUCCCUCAGACCUUGUGGGGGGCCAGAAUAUAUUUUGAAAAAUAAAUAAAAAUGAAUUCCUAUGCCCCACAAAUAACCCAAAGAUGCAUUUUAAAUAAAAGGACACAUUCUACUCAUGUAAAAACACGCUGAUUCCCGGACCGUCCACAGGCCAGAUUUAGAAGGCGGUUGGGCUGGAUCCGGCCCCUGGGCCUUAGUUUGUCUACCCAUGACCUAGAGCAAUGAGCAUUUUGACUGAGCUCUUGACAUCUCACUGAAUUCUGAAAUUUAGGGGAAAUCCCCACAGAACCCUUUUUUGCUGCUUAAGUGCAAAGUGAAGCCUUACAUUCCUCUGGGAAGCUGACCCCUCUGCCCUCUUUAGCUAAGCUUCUCUAGGCCUGCCAUGAUGUUGCAAGGCACUACUGAUGAUAAAAGGCCUCUCUAAUGUUCCUUUCAGACUCUCAAUGAGAAAAUCACCGACAAAGAAACUGUUUCCGAAACAGACAUGAAAGGAAGCAACUUAAAAAGGUGAGAUGUGUGCAGCUUCUAAGUUUUGCUUCUUCCUUCAACUCUUCACCAUCUGGAAAACAGUCAGCCGGCUCAUCUAGCCAUACUCAAGCUUAACGAUUGGUGAGGAAAGCACAUUGAGGCCAUGGGGUGCGGUAACAUGUGUUUUCCUUCUCUGUGCAAAAUUGGUAGCUGGCAAUACCUGAUGCCACAUUGGGGCAGAAAAUAUAGACUGCUUGGUUGUUUGCAUGUGAGCCUAUCUGUAUAAUUUACCAGCUUCCAUACCUCUGCCUUCAGCAAGUGUAAAUAUACAUAAUGCACAUUACCAUGGAACUAUUUGACCCUCAUUGCAUCUUUCAGGGACAGAACUAAAUGGUGUGCAUGCUCAUAUUUCUUAUCAUGCUUUUAUUCUACUCCCUUGUUGAAAACACAAAACGUGUUACCUUGAUAAUGGUAUUGCCUUUUAAUAACUGUAUGCUAUUAUUUCCCCCCACCUGUCUUCUUUGUGUUCCCUGUAGGUGAUUAUUUAGGACAGGGGUAGGGAUUCUGUGGCCACCCAGAUGUUGUUAGGCUCCCAAUGCCCAUCAGCCCCAGUCAGCAAGGUUACUGGUCAGGGACAGUGUUAGAAACAGAGAUAUGAAAGCUAGGAGCUAAAUGGCACCUUAAACAUAGGUUAUAGGCACCACAAUGGAGUGUCUAGGUGUGUUUUUUUAUAACAAGAAUACAAAGCUGAAAAUGAAUGAACUGCAACUAAAACCUUAUGUUCAUUUUUCACAUGGUCUAGGCCUCAUUUGAAGACUGCAAAAAACAACAACACCAAAGCCAUACUUCCCCUGCCCGCCCCCCUGAUAUUCUUAUGAGAGUCCCUUCUCUAGUCUUCAGAGAGUGGCUGGAAGUGGGGAGGCAGAAAAAGGUCCUCCUUUCCUACCACUCUGCAGUUUUCAUUUGAAAUCUCAAGUGCAGUAUUGCACCCAGAGCUCAGAAACGACUCACACUAUAUGAAAUUCCCUAUCACAAACUGUUCCUAGAACAAUGGGAGUUUUGAACGCUGGUCAGGGAUGAAGGGCACUGUAGGCCAGGGAUAUUUGGAGAGCCACAGGUUCCACAUUCCUGAUUUAGAAAAAAAAUCUGUAAAAUGCAGGCAAAAAUUCCUAGUGAGCCUGAGCAAAAGAGUACCCCAUAGAUUCUUUUAGGAGAUUCUUAGUGCAAAAUGAGUUGUUUCCCUUUUCACACUGUAUUGGACAAUACUGGAGUGGGAAGUGGGACCUUCUGUUGAGCUUCACAGCAAUUCUACUGCAAGAGAAGUGCUCUCUCUGUGUGGAGUCACGACACUCAGAGGCAAUAAGAGCCUAGGACUAAAACUCUGCGCACAGAAUCACACUCCAUGUAAGUGUGUGUGUGUGUGUGUGUGUGUGAGAGAGAGAGAGAGAAACUGGAUUAGGUAGCAUUAAUGUGAAUGCAAUGAACUCACCACAGUUACUCUCACUUCUGUUUUAGCCUUUUCUGCACAUGCAUUAAUUAUGGAUCUGGGGGUCAUUUCCCAACAUUAUUUACCCUACUCAUAACUUAGGGGAUAAUGGAGAUAGUGGGGAAUGACAGAAGACAUUAGCCUUUGUAAUGUCAGAAUGUCCAAAUGGAAGUUUGGAAUGCAAAAUUUGAAAGGCAGGUCUGCAGGCAUCCAUCUGUCUUCUGUCCAUUCUGACAUUAUUGAAGGCAUGCCUUCCAUCCUAUUUUUCUUGUUCUUGGUCAUCUUAAGAGAUGACUUGGAAAAUAAUAGGAGAAUUGGCCACCAUCUGUAGGAACCAUGAAGCAGGAAAGUAGAUAUAGCCCAACCAGGAAAAAGCUUCUACUUAGGAAGGACAGCGCCUGGAGGUAGAAAUAAGACACCUUCCCUAAUAAAUGUGCUUGCUCCCUUCUCUUUUCUAUCCAGGACCAAGUCAGUCUCCUCAAUGUCUGAAUUUGAAAGUUUGCUUGAUUGUUCUCCUUAUAUUCCUGGCAAAACCAGUCCCGUCAUCACAGACAACGUCCGCAGCAAAAAGGGCUCUCCAGCUACACAGGUGUUGCCUGACACUUUGAAGGACCCUGCAGGGUUUGCCCCCAAUAACUGUGCCUAUCUGAAUAGCGAGCAACCCACGCCAGAGAACCUGACCACAGAGAAGCUGGAUGUCUCGUCAUGCAACUUCACCCAGACAAGCAGCUUCUCUGUGCAGGAUCAGGCCCAGAAACAUGUGCAGAGAAGCUACACUGCUCCCGACAAGACUGGGAUCCGCAUAUAUUAUAGCCCACCGGUGGUACGUAGGUUGGAAUCGCCCCUAGUACACAAGAGAGACGGGAAGAUAAUGGUUGAGCCUGGCUUCCUGUUCACCAUGGCCAAGCCCAAGGAAGAAUCGGACAGCUCCGAAAACAUGUACAGCCGGUGGCUGUGCAACUUCUCCAAGCAGCACCGAGAGCUGCUUGACAGCAGUACUGUUAGCGAGAAAGCUGUGGCCCCUGUACCCAGAUUUCCGCCUUCCCUGCAUGACCUUGAGAUCUCCGGCAACAUGAGCGAUGACAUGAAGGAGAUCACCAACUGUGUCCGGCAAGCUAUCCGCUCCAGCUCCCUGGAGAGAAAGGUUAAGAGCACUUCCAGCCAGACAGUGGGAUUGGCCAGUGUUGGUACCCAGACUACCCAGUCUGUCAGCAUUGGUCUGCAGACUGACAUGCCCAGGGGCAGCAUACACAGCAGCAAGAGCUGGUCCCCACGAAGCUCCUCCCUUAUAUCCGUUCGCAGCAAGCAGAUCUCGACCUCUCUGGACAAAGUCCACUCCAGGAUCGAACGGCCCUGUUGCUCCCCCAAGUACGGCUCUCCGAAACUCCAAAGAAGAUCAUCUUCUAAGCUGGACAACUCCAAGGACCGAAGCCUGUGGAACCUCCAUCAGACUAAACAGAAUGGCUCAGCCUGGGCUCGUUCCACCACCACUAGAGACAGCCCAGUUCUCAGCAACAUUAACGAUGGCCUGUCCAGCUUGUUCAAUGUUGUGGAGCAUUCUGGGAGCACAGAGUCCAUCUGGAAGCCAGGAUGCCAGGAAAGCAAAGCCAAGCCAGAAACUCCUAAGUACGGGAUAGUGCAGGAGUUUUUCCGGAACGUGUGUGGCAGAACUCAGAGCCCCACUUUGGCUCCAGAGAAAAAAGACCUGGUAGGAGGAGACAACAGCAGCAGCAGCAGCAGCAGCAAGAAGCCGGAGCAUUCCUCCUCAGUUGUGCUCCAGCAGUCUGAAAACGCCCCCAAGGUCCUUGACAAAAAGCCCUUGAAGCAGAGCUGCAGCGAGGAACCAAAGCUGUCCAUCCCAGGCCAAGGUGGCAAGGACAGAGCCUUAAAGGAGCCAGACAUCAUCUCUGCUAUUAUUGCCAAUGAGGUAGUGCUUGCUUGCUUUAAGACAGGGGUGGGAGACUUCAGGCCUGGGGACCAAAUCUCUCUACCUGGCUCUCAGAACCAGAAUAUACCCCUUGCUGACCCUUCUUCACACCCCAAGUGUUUCUGCCUGGUUAAAAAGUAUCUGAACUCUGAUUACCCCUUUUGGCUGCCUGGAUAGAGGAUGGUGUGUAUGUGUAUAGAAACUAGCCUGCUGUACAAAGGUAUAAUUUACAUCAGUUGUUCCAACCAAAAGGUUCUCCACCACUAACCUGCCCCUACCUUCAGCCCUUCUGUGAGCUGAAAUGUAGCAUAGCAUUAUCUCCUAUCCACGGCAAACUGCAAGGGCCAGAAGCAAAGAUGUCAACAACCGCCAUCGUAUAUUGCUUUGGCCACCACUAAGCGCUUAAAGAGACAAGGUUUGGCAAGCGGACCCAUUGGGGACACACCCUGUUCUGAGUGUGAGACCAAGGGUGUUGUUAACUAUCCGCACCUUUUUGACUCUACAGCUUCCUAUUUGCAGAUCAUGAGUAGCUUAUAGGAUGGAAUUCAACAUCAUGCUAUGUUGAAUGACCUACCUCCGCAAGCAUUGCAGCUUGCCAGACAGAACAAUCCCUCCUCUCUUCUCUUGUGUGCUGUUCUGGGGGUUCUGACCUGCCCCCAAAUUCUGGGGGCAUCAUGGGAGGAGAGAGGGAAGCCCAAUUGCACAAGCAGAAUCCCUUGCUCAGGACUUUAAGCUGACAGGACUCUGUAGGUGAAUCUCACCCUAUAAUUGCUUGCCCUGGUUUCUUGCAGUUUGUUUUUGCAUUAAUAUGUAGGCAGAUGAUACAAAUCUCCUCGACUGAAUUGUAAUCUAAAAGGUCACAGACAUAAUGAAAUGAAGCAGACUUGGAAAUCAAGUUGCGGCUAAGCCAGGAACCUUUCCUGCAAUGCAUUCAUAUGGCUAAACAGUUCUGCUACAGCAACAAGUUUUAGCUGUGCAAUGGAACUUCCCUGCUCUCUCCUCUUCCUGUGUGUGCCAUGUUCCAGAGGGUUAGGCUGUGUCAGCCCAGCUUACACAAGGCACAGGUAAUCAGAAAUGUCUUGCUCCAGAAAAAUCCACCAGGCAAACCUCCCUGUUCCAUAACUAGGGUGCCACUACCAAAAAGACCCUCUCCCUGGUAAUUACCUGCCUCACGUAAUUAUGAGGGGGAACUCUAAGCAGGUACGUGUGGGAGAAGGCAAUAACCUGGUCCUAAACUAUUUAGUUAAAAACAGCACUUCACCUGUUGCUAGGCUUUUAAUGAUGCAUUUCAGCUAUUCGUCGUGCUUCAAAUACAUUAUCUUCAUAUCAUCCCUGUGAAGUCCUACUGCAUUAUCAACUCCAUAUUGCAGAUUUGUUGCAGGGGGUGGGUCAGAGCAUAUAAUGGUAUACCUUAACAAGGCCAUGUAGGGAGUUUCUUGCUGGGGAGAGAUUUGAACAAGGUUCAUGUCCUUUAACCGCCACGCUGUGACAGAUCUCAAGUUGACCAUCCUUUUUCACAUGCUACCCUUUUCUUCUGUCUCUCUUUGCAGGACGUGGCCUGUGAUUGCAGCUCCCAGUCGCUGACUUCCUGUUUUGCUCGGCCGUCGCGCUCAGCUGUCCGCCACUCCCCUUCCAGGUGCAAGCUGCACCCUUCUGACGGCAGCCGGGUAGAAGAGAAAGCAGGGCCUCUGAGUGAGUGAGAGGGCUGCGCUUGCUGCCGUGCUGAUGGAAGAGCAACCUAUGCGCUGGAACUGCCAGUCCCUCCGGCACCUCUGGGACUGGCUACUUCUGAGCCAGCUGCAGAUGAGGGGCUCUGCUCUUAGAUACCCAGGGUGACACCAUGCAUCUCCUGUCUCACCUUAGCUCAACAGGGAUACCGGCAGCACAGAGGCUGUGCUACGUGGGCAGGGGACAGAGUGGGAGAGUCUUGCUAGAGGUGUGGUUUCUCGGUCACUGGAAACCUUUCUGUCCCUCCCCCCCCCUCAGUGGGAACAUGACCUACAAGAGCUGGACGUUGCCAGAGCCUCGUGAAGCAGUCUGUGCUGUUUCCAUGGCAUUGGGUGUGUGUGUGAGAGAGAGAGUGUGUGUGUCGCCAGUUUGAGGAGAUGCAUCUCUCUUCUUUGUGAAAAAGGCAUCACAGUGAGGGAUUACGGAGUGCAGUAUCAACAAAGCUGCUUGGCCCUCCCUUCCUUGGUCUAGGGGUGGGGAAGGAAAACAGCAGUCCUUCAGGAAACACUAGACAGCUGGUUUCAAAGCCUUAAGAACUCCUCUCAGAACAGCUGUACUAUAGGAUUUCCCCAGAACGAGGCAUUCAAUAUGGUGUACAGAGAAAGAGGGCGGGGGGAGGGUGCUAGCAAAAUUGCCACCAGGAAAUGCCACCAUAGCAUAAGUGCUCCAGGCCGUUGUGUACAAGUAGAUUGGAAAAGCCUUGGAUUUGCUCUGCAACCAUAUUUGCAUGGAUAGUUUUCCCCAGGUGUGCCCAGCAUACAAUACCAGCACUGGGCCAUGCACCCAGCCUGCACUGUGCUGCACAGUAUGGUCUAUUCAGAGUGCUGACACUCUUGAUAAAACAAGAGUACGGUUUUGCACUACUGGUUCUCCUGCACCUGACCUGUGGGAAACAGCCGUGCAAGCAUGGUCUGUGUUGCCUUCCUGUCCACGUGCAUCAAACUUCCCACGAUUACUGAAAUGCAUCAGUAGACCUGGACUUUUUCUUCUUCAGGCCUCUGAUGCCAUCUCCAUGGCUCAGAACAAUUGUUGCUUUGGAUCAGCCUCUGUGCUUGGCUGCUGCGGUGCAGUUGAGCACCAGGAGUUCACAGAAGGAGUAUGCUGAGUCCUCCAUGUCUACAAUUCCAGUCUGUUUCCAUUUCUCCGUACCCCACACAAUGGGUAGCUGUAGCUAUUCCUAAGGAGAGUUGCUUCUGUCAUUUGUUGUUGCUUGUUUUUCAACUGGAAAUCUCAAAACCCUUUGUGAUCAACUUGCCUCUGUAAGAAUAGUUUAACAGAGAGGAAAUUGCUUGAGUGCAGAGGUGAACAAGCACAGAUCCCAUAGAAUGAAAAUACAGAUGAGACAGUGAAUGGGUAGAAGAGGUACCAUCUUUUCCGUGCUGCAGAACAUUCCAAGUUCCACGGGAGGCAGGGGGUUGUGUGCCUGCUGCAUAUCUCAGGGCAGAGCUUCUCCUAUGUCACACUCUCCAAUGGUUGCUGCCAGUGCUCUACUAAAUAUUUUGAUGGUUGCUAGUUCCUGUGAGUCAACCCUGUUCUAGAGAAAAGGUAUUAAUGGGGAUCCUUCAGCAUCCGGUGUAGUGCAUUAUCUGCUCAGACAAACAACUUUCAGGGCUCCAGCAAAGGAUCUCUUUUUUCAUUGACUCUUCUGCUUUGCUGAGGGAUUUCGGGAGCAGGCAGGUUUUGCUUCUCCCCACCUCCAGAUUCAGUAGCACAGAUUUGUGUGUAUUGCAACACUUCUGCAGGGAUGUGAUCUGAAAGGUAGGACAAUAUGCGAGAGCAAGCCCUGGCUUCCUUGGAAGUACCCUUCCAAAGAGAGCUGGCUCUUCAGGAACUGUACCACUUGAGACUGCAGCUGGGGGAUCAGAAGUUAGAGUGGUUGUCCAUGUAAAAGAGAAAAAGCAACUCAAAUCCCCCAGCGGAUAGAAAACUUGAAUGUCAGGCAGAAUAAUCAGCUAGAACACACUCUACCUCUGACAUGUCCGCUUUCCACAGGCAGGACACAUGAUGUGAGCAAUUGUUUAAACUAGCCACGUCACCCACUCGUGAAGUGGUAUAAUCACAUGGAAGGGCUGUGUACUAUGUGGCUUUUAGUUUUUGUUUAAAAAUAUACAUCAGCCUUCAGAGAUGAUUCGGGAGGAAUAUUCUUUAGAGGUGCAGUAGAACCUGACUGAUCCAUAUCAGAAGCUCAGUGGGUCAGUUUUUUUGUUGUUAUUAUUAUAAAACAGCAGGUCAUCCUUAUAGUCUGCAGAAAAGAUUAUCACAGCCGCCUCUAUCAGAGAGAUUAAAAAAGAGGCUUGGAAAGCUGAAAUGAACAUGAAGCUUCUUAAACCCACAAAUCUUUGCAAGCAGGCAACAUUUUUUAAAAUAAAUAAAUAAAUAAAUCUUCUGAAACCUGCAUGCAUUUUGGCUGACUUUCAAUUGAUACCUUGCAAGUCAUAAUUUUUAAUUUGUAUUUUUAAUCUGAGUUUUAGGUUUUUGUCAUAUGUGUGAUAAAAUUCAGAAGUUCAAUUCAUUAUGUAGCUAAUUAGUAAUGCAGCAAUGUAAAUGUCAGUGACAUCAUAUUAUUUAAAAUAACUUGCAAAACAGGAAAAAUAUUGUUUAUUUUAUUUUUUGUAAACUUUUGACAUGUUUACAACUGAAGAGACCAUAGACAUGGCUUGGUGUACUUUGUGCUAAUUUUUCCCCCUUCUAAAUUCUGCACCAAGCUAAGCUGAAUUUUGCAGUGAAUAAAUUCUGCUGACUAUAUUUGCUUAUUUUUGCCUACUAUUAUUCUGCUUCUCCAAGGCAUGGAGAGGGGCAAAGGUCUGGGCAGAACAGGGUGACUUCACCCUGGCACCUGGAGAUCCGGCUCAGCCCCUUAUCCUCUGCUCCUCAGAAUUAACUAAGACCACUCAUCCCAUUUCUCAUAUACUUUCAUGCACAUCCUUGCUUUAAGGACUAGAGUGGCCCUCAUAUGAGCUAGAACUGAGAGGUUUUGCAGCUCACUUAUCACUAACACAUUGUAGUCAAUCUGCCUUGGUCCUUCCACUGAAUCUUCUUCAAUUGUAAGCUCUAUUGUUUCUUUACAAAAACAUUAGCUGAAAGAGACCAAGAAGCCAUUCAUAAAAUGGUAUUUGAGGAAUGAAUGAUUCCUCUGGGCAUCAUGUCUUGAGUGCCUCUUACUCUACAGAAAACUACUGCUUGCUUUCUCGUCAAGUGAUGGGCACCUGAUCCUCCUACAGCCUUCCUUGUCCUGAAGUGCAUGUCUAUUAUGCUUGUUAUUAAAGGUCCAUGGGUCAGAUUCAGCUAGCCCAUUCCGCCACCGGAAGCCAGUGCAAGGACUCCCACUAGCACAUUGGGGCUUCUCCCUGCUCUUCUCCCCCCCCCCCAUGCCUUCCUCCAGAUCUGCUCUGCAAGGUCAGUGCAGUUUACAGUGGGAGGAAAGCUGAGAUCAUUCUGUCGGGCAAUAAAUGCUUGUGCUGAUGGAGUGACCUCCAUUGUGCUGUAUUGAAUUCUACCCCAUGUUCCUAUUUUUAGCAACAGAGAUGCUUCAGGGGGACCUGCAACUUCAUCUACCUGAGUUCUUUGUGCUUGCUUUCAAAGACGCGCACAUAGGAUUGCAGCCGAAGGGAGACAUAACAGUUUCACUCCCCAGAGCGUUGCUCUCCAAGAUGUCUCUGUUUGGUUUGCAUUAAAAGCAGGAAAAGCAAAACAACAUCAGGGCUACAUAACAGAAGCUUUGGUAUUCCCUGCAGCCAAUUGAUCAGUUUAGUAUACUUUUUUCCUGUGCUUUGGGCACCUUCAGAAUGUAUAGCUGGUGAGGUUAAACUAAAUCCCAGCGAAGGCUCAUUGAAAGCAUCUCUCUGCUUCCUGUUUUGAUGCAGCAACAGGCUAUGUUGAGCACUGGCCAAGGGACAGAGAAACCAGCGUAUCUUUAAAUCCUUGAUCUCCGAAGGAGUUUCUUUAAAUACUGCUAUUCUCUAAAUUUGGGAGCAGGGAGCUAGGUGAGGCAGGCAGAAGAUGAGCUAAAAUAAAAAUACCUAUUGGAUUAUGAGAUUGCAGGUGCAAAGCCGGGGGCACUGUCCUUGUAUGACAGUCUGUGGAUCUGCUGAUUGUGUUUCACGGGGAUACUUAGCUCAUUCUCGGGGGAGAAAAUCAGCCCUGACAUCUAAUAUGGAGCUGGUGAAAAAUUAUUUCAGGGGCCUGGAGGAGGCUGGAAGCAACUCUGCGGAAUGCGGCCAAACAUUCCCAGCCUAAGAACCUGUAUGCUGGUAAUUGCCUGGAUAUACUUGCUUGGCUUAACAGACAGGCUGCUAACACUGCCUUGGCAGAGCAAAGGGAAAAAAGGGCCAGCACCACAUUGCCAGGUAUAGGAUUCUCUUGAAGCCAGUUCCUGCAUUACUUGAACGGCAUUCACUUGCAAAAGUGCAAGGGCCCUCCACAUUCCCUUUCAGGCAAAAUUGCAGGGAAUCUGAAUCCCAAGGCAUUAUUGCUUUUGUAGGCAAGCACAUUUAAAGUGACAUAAGGACUGACUCUUGGUAAGCACUGCAAGUCAAAAUCAAAAUAGCGUGCAGCUAAUGAAAGACAAUGGGGCAAAAUACACAAGGAAUGGAGUCGGGCAGGAGCUGCAAUAAGCACAUUAUAGCCCCCCACCCCCGAUAAUGUGGGACUCACGUUAUUCACUCUCAGGGCUGUGGGCUCAGAAGGUUACUUAUUCAGCACAGCUGAUUUAGCAUUGAUUCCUGUGAGCUGCUGCAGCCUGUUCCUAGGUGGCUGAGCUGCUUCGUUUUGGCAGGCCAGCAAGAUCCAUGCAAAUAUCACAUCUGUGGCCUUGUUCUCUGUCUCCAUCCAACUGUGUGAGUGUUUCAGUUACCACUAGCAAACGCAGAGCUUGUAGCAACUAGGCUGUGCCGUCGCCACCAAGCGCCUUACUGUGCCAGGGGAACGGAGAUGGUCUGCCUUGCUCUUGCUAUCUUCCACAUGCAGAGCUGGGCAGAAGCUGGGUCUGUUCUCAUCAAUAGAGCAGAAGUGCAAAGCAGACACUGGCAGCUGUCCGGCUCAGGGCUGGGCAGGAUUUUCUGGGGCAGCCCCUUUCUAUUCCUUGCAUGAGUUUGUAAAAUGGGGUGGGCAGGGAGUGGGGGUUAAAACAUGCUUGCUAACUCCUGGUGUAAAUACUUCCUUUUGAGAUGGUUUUUAGCAUUUUCAUUGGGAACUCCUUUUUUAAAAAGAAUCUUCUACUUUUUGGAUUGUGAUUCCCAUCCCCCAUUUUGACAAAAAUGCCUUUUAAUUAUUUGUAUAUUCUUAAAAGUUUGUCUUACUCUGUAAAUAACUGUGCUGGAUAUUUCUUGAGUAUUGGAGUUUAUGGAUCCUGAGAUACUUUGUCAUUAGCAAGUAGCAGCUCUUGCUCCCAGGCAAAAGAAAACUUGCAGCAUCCCUUUUGCCAGUAAUGCUCCAAUCAGCAACAUGUCUCCAUUCCCACAGCAGUUGGGCUUUACCUUGGCAAGGUUGGUGUGGAAGGCUUGUGACUGAGCACAUCCUGAGAUGUGGACAGAGGGUGCAAUCUGAUCCACAGCUUUGAAGGAAUCUCAGCAGAAACUGGGCCACCCUGAUCAGCAUCCCUAGGGGGACUGGCUGUUGUAAAAAUGGCUCCAUCCAAAUUUUACAGGAGCUAAUUCAACUACUAAGUCUCCUGUGCUCACAACUGGUUAAGUUGGUCCUGUCCUGUUUUCUAGUUCCCCCCGUCUCAAAGAAAAUCUGUGCAUAGCUGAGGGUCUUGGUCAUCCUCCAUUCCCAUGCAUCCCAUGUGUGCUCUCAGCCCAUGUAAAACCCUGCAGCACUUAAUGUACAGCUGGAUUAUUAGUUAUUGCCAGUUCAAUUCAUGCUGAAAUCUCUGUCCAUCAUCCCUUGCUCUCAUGCUUCCUGCAGGGAUCCUAGCUCUCUGUGUGUGCAAUUACUUUGAACUGAGUUGUGUGCAACACAGCACUUGUGUAUGGUCUGAAGGCAGUUGAGGCCACAAUCUUGCUGAAACUAAGCAGGUCUGGAUGUGGUCAGUGCAUGGAUGGGUGACCAUCUCCAAACCCCCAUGUAUGUAUGCCACCUUGGGAGCGGUGUCUCAUGAUGGUGAAAGGUGGCAUAUAAAUAUAAGGAAAAAAUAAUUCUUAUAGAAAGGAUUCUCGGGAGGCUGCAAUUCUGAGUGUCAAAUAAAUAGGAAAAAUAUUUAACCCUUUCCAUUUCAGCUGUCUUCCUGCUCAGAACUGCCUCCUUGCUUUUCCUCAUGAGCAGUUCCAGAUAUAUAUAUACAAGGAUAAAUGAGUAUCUGGAGCACCAUAAGGAUGAAGCAACUUGGGGCAUUUUGAGCAGAGCAGCAAUCUGCAGUGAAAGGUUUGAGUUCCUUCUCCCGCAACUCUGCAAAAAAUUGCAACUGCCUGAAGAUUUUUUGGGGGGCACUUUACAUAUAAUUUUUCAUUUGCCCAUGACACUGGCUUUUGUCAGUAGGGGAGGAGGGGUCAGGGGUCUGUCUGAAAAAGCUCUGCUUGCCAUUUUCUCCUGCUUCUGCUAGAAAGCUGGUUUGCAACCAUUUCUUCCCAAACUGGGGCAGUCUUCCCACAGAUAACUCUGCCAACUCUUUUUAUCUGUUCUGUCACCUCUUUGCUCUCUCUGCAACCCCCCCAGCCCAACUCGCAGGUGAAAACAAAACUUCUCCACCCUACACACAAUUAAUAUAUGGAAUUCUCUGUUCCAGUGUGUGCUGAUGGCCACUGCUUAGGUUCAAAAGGUAAUUAAAUGAAUUUGUGAAUGGGGAUCUUUAUAUCAGUGACAGUUAGCCAUAAUGGAACGUCCAUGUGUAGAUGCACUAUGUCACUGAAUACCAGUUGCUGAAAGGAAAUGGGAGGGGGGAGCUGUUGCCUUCACCCCCUGCUUAUGGGCAUCCCAUAAUUAUCUGGCUAGCCACUGUGGGAAACAGCACCGAUUUAGAUGGAUGUUUGUCUGAUCCAGCUGGUCUCUUGCGAGUAAAGGGAAAAAUAAAUGGCGCCUUAGAAAGAGCAGAAAGCUAGCUAGUGUUGAAGGGUUCUUAAGUCAUCAUCACUACAACUCUUUACACAUAAGCAGCUUCCCAUAUGAGACUGAGGCAAUAAAUUAAUUGUGCGAGGACUUUGCCGCUUCAACAGUCUGGGGCCGAGUACACACAAUAAAUUUCCCAAGGGCCAUAGAUGCCUGUAUUACGCACACACUUAUCUGCCCCCUUUCCCGUCCUGCUAUAGUAAAAUGGGUUUGCCGGAUUUUUGAAGCACAACAAAACCAAUUCAAACAGAGAUCACAGGAAGUGGCUACUACUAAACCAUAGUUCAGCACUGUACCCAUGAACAGCAGCGAGUCUCAGGCUCAUGGGCUCCUCCUUCCCCUCUCUUGUGUUCAGCCACAAGGAGACAGAAAACUUUCGCUUUCAUUUUCAGCUAACCAACAUUACUCAUUAUGUCUGAACUGAGAACUGUAGUUUGUGUUAACUGUGAUGUAGGGAAACAAGCUAGGAUAGGUAACUGUGGUUUGAAGAUGACUUAUUUCCCUAAAUCAUAAUGUGAGGCAAUGUUUGUCCAGGUUCGGAGAUAACUACAAUUUGUUGACAAUGAAAGGAAAGCUUUCAAUCUCCUUAGGCAACUGCAGCAGAGGAGGAGCUCACUGCUACUCAUGUACGUAGCACUGAACGGUGUGCUAAUAAGGCCAGUGUGUGUACUGAAGGGCACAAUAAUCACAUACAAAACUAGAAGAAGAGGAACUUUUCCAUAUUAUAAUACUAUUAAUCAGUCAGGUGGGUGUGCAUCUAAGUCAGGGGUCUGCAACCCGCGGCUCCGGAGCCGCAUGUGGCUCUUUUACACCUUUGCCGCGGCUCCGGGACGGAUACUAGCGAGGGGAGGAGGCGCAUUGUGCGCCCCGACACUCCCCACUGUGGCGGGCGCUGUACUGGCUGUGACGUCGCAUGGGGCGGUGCGUGCGUUAGUCACGCACCGUCCCGACGUCACCUUCCCGCCCGCCCGCUACAUUGUAAGGGGCAUGUACGCUGGUCACUGUUUUGAAGGGGAGUGAAGAACACACACACACACAAAAAGGUAACUUUAACGUUUAUUUCUAUGAGGAGGAGUAAUUCUGAGGGGUCAAACAAAGAAAUAAUAAAAAAGUGACAAAAAAGUUAUUUUUAUAAUGACAAGUUUUGCGGCUCCCAGUUUUUUUUCCUUCAGAAACGGGUCCAAGUGGCUCUUUUUGACUUAAAGGUUGCAGACCCCUGAUCUAGGUGACCUACUGACAUUGGGUGGGUUUUUUCUCCUCUGGAAUUUCAUCAUGGCACUACUGUUGAACGCUGGUCUUAAAUAUAGCUAACCACAAGCAGACCAUACCCUAAGCUUUAUGCCUCCUGCUGUUAGAACAUGGAGCACUUGCAGCUGUCUGGCUUUUAUAGAGAAAUCCUCCCCUCUCGCCUAAUAAAAGGGAGUCAAGUGACAACAGGUGCUCACACUUUAUCAUGUUGCCACCUUAGAGCUUAGAAGUGGUCAGGCUAUGGCCAAACUCCUGUUACAACCAUCCCCAUUCCCAUUCCCUAAAAAGAAUAAAAGCAAGGGGGUCUGUCAUGUAAGGGAGGAAUUCCUAGAGCCUCAAGUGGAAACAAGAGUCUAUCCUAGCUUUCAGACUAGACUUUUAAGGAGAGGCAUUUCUCCUCUUACCCUGUUAACUUUCCUAUUCAUACCCAGUUUAAACACGUUUCUGGCAUCUUUUCAAGACAAACUGAUACACACAAUGCUGCAUACUGCUGGUGCCAUGAUAUGACUGCUUUUCCUGCCCCUUUCAGGUGUAGGCCAGGGAUCCAUGGCCCGGGUUUAUGAUAAAUGCCUAAGUGACUGGUGCCCCUGUUUAAACAGUGAUGUCUGUCUAGUGGAAUGCCAUGUGGGUAAACUCUUGUGUCGUCGUUUUUAAUGUGCUGUUAUCAUGUUUCAACCAGGUCCCAUUCCCUUGGAUUUUGCAAUAUCCCUUCACAGAUUUUCAAACACUUUCUCCCCCUUUUGUCUUCGUUGCAUCACCAAGCACUGAGUCUUGGCCUCAUUUGUUCUGCUGGCCUUUUCUUGCAAUGUUUUACUUUAAUUGUGCCCUCCCUGCUUCGGCAGGUCCUCUUCGUUUUCACCUCCUUGUUUGCAGUGGAGCUUUCCUUCCAUUCUUGAUGUUGCUUCUCUUCUUUUGUUUGAUCAUUUAAUCUUUAUUUGCCUUCCUCUUACUCAGCCUUUGCCAACCUGGUGCCCUCUAGAUGUUUUCAACUCCCAUCUUCCCCCUAGCCAGCAUGGCUGGGGCUGGAGGAAGUUGUAGUCCAAAACAUCUGGAAGGCACCAGGUUAGCAAAGGUUGCUGUAGCCCUCUUCCACUUCCCUAAUGCUUUAUGUUCCUUGGCAUGACGUCCCAUUGGCAUUCCUCAUCUCCACCAUAAGCACCACUGUGCUGUCUCAGGGCUGAUUCAAAUCAUUAAAUUUCACCACAUGAUCCUGUACAUGUAAACUGACUCUCCGAUUGUGGCUGCAUUUCUAGUACACAACUGCAGGGGCAAAUUCAGCAGUGUGAACAGAGCUCUGUAGUCCCCAGCAAUGUAUAUGUCUAAUUUUUAUUUCACAUGCACAUUUCAAUGUUCCAAUUUUAUUAUUUUAAUCCUCGUAUGUUAUGUAUCGCAUUCUUCCCUCUGUAUCUUCCUGAAUUGGUCCUGCAUCCACCCCCUCUUCUUUUCCUUCCUGCUAAUCACCACUUGCUCCUUUGUCUUACCAUUCAUCUUUCUUUUUCUGUCGCUGCUUCUCUUUUCUUCAGCCCUUUGUUCCUCUUUGCAACUUUUUAUUUAGCAUUUUCUUCCACCUCAUGCCUUCCAUCCAUUAUUGCUUGACCACCAAUCGUGGUCCUUGGCUUUAAAAUCAUUGUUCCCUAGAAGGCUGAAUCAUUCCUAAUUGGUUUGUGUUUCUUUCACGUAUACACCUAUAAAUCUGCUCCAUCCAGUUUCCAGAUGAAAUAUGGUGGAUCCCCAACCCUUCCAAAAAUCUGCACCAAUUAUAGUCCAAGGGCUGAUUUUUGCUCACUUUUCUCCUCCUUUUUAAAAAGGUCAUAGCCACCCGGAGCAACUCAGACCAUACACAUUGAAAACUGAGCUACAAGUGUCCCUGGGAGCAGGGAGAUGGUAUGAGGGAAAACAUGGCUGCUACCAUGGGGGUAGCCAUUUUUUGGUUUGCACAACGGGUCCAUGAGUGCUGUCGUGCUUUUUCCUCCUUAACAGUCUCCCUGGAAAGGAUGGCACAUCAUCACAUCCCCGUUCUCCCAGGGACAUUUGCUGCUCCAUUUUCAACAUGUACAGCCAGAGCCAUGUUUUCUAGCUACUCCAAGUGCCCAUUACCAGUUAAAAAUAUGUGCAAAGCCAGGCAGAGGAGCAACUUGUGGAAUUUGGUAAAGGUGUAGAGUCCAAAGCAGACCAGAGUCUAAUCUGCAUAUUGGUGCAGAUAAGCUGAGUUGUCUUUAGAUUUCAGAACCACCAAAUUCUUCAAGCAUCACUACUCCCAGUUGUAUUCCAGAGUCUGACAACUACUUAAUCUUCUCUCUCCUUGUUUUCAGAUCCUACUAAGCCACCAUAAUUGCUCAUUGGGAAAUGUAUUUUGGCUUGUUGACAUUUUCACCUUUGACGCUUGCUUGCUUGCUUGCUUGCUUACUCCACAUUUUCAGAGAGCACGUUGUGCUUCCUCAUCUCCUUCAACAAUUCCAUUACUCCCUCCUUGCACUUGAUCAUUUCUUCUCAUUGUUUUGACUUCAACUUCUGCAUUGCAUACAGUUCAUGGCUUUUAUGCCUCUUUCUUUCACAGUGUUCACCAGUCAUUCACUUUGCGCUUUCCUGUCUCCUUGUUCCCAUCCUAGUUUCCCUCUGCCCAUCACAUGCUUUCAUGCUCCUCAAUUUAAUUUCAAUCCAGAGGCCCUGGCAGUCCUGAAUUGUCUCUCCCCCUUGCCCUUGUCUUCCAUCUGCUCCCUCCCUGAGUACAUUCCCAACCCUUCCUCAAAUGCCUUUCUUUUUUGUCUUUCUUGUUGUUCAUUUCAUUUAUCAGUCACUUUCCACAAAGCAUCUCAACUCCCCUUGAGUCUUUUAUCUUUCUCACAUUCUUGUGGUUCCUCCCAUCUUUCCUCUCUUUAUCCUUCAAAAUACCCCAUCUCCCAGGCCCUUUACUGUUUUCAACACUUCUAUCCUGCUUUUUUCUCUGACCAUCUUCCAUGCACACAACUUCUGUACUUCUUCAGUCAUGUAUCUCCGUUUCCCUUCUGUGCUUUUCUACUGUCCUGCUUUAACCCUGGCUUCCCCAGUCCCACAUUGCUCCCUGAUUUUUUUUUACUUAUACUAGUCCCCUUGUUCAUAUUCAAAUGCUCUUGUAUCUCUUCUUUCUGUAUUUCUUGUUUGGUCCACCAUCUCUUUACUGCUCUGUGAUGCUGGUGAUUGUGCUCCUUCAGUUUCAUUGGUAGUGAACACACACACACAAACACACACUUAUGAUUCCCUUUUGUCCAUGUGUGCACCCCUCCAUUUUCCUCUUCUUAUUCCAGAUCUUACACAUUUCUGUUAUUCCAGGGAUACAGUUUCUCUCUGAAAUUAGCCUGUAGUGGUACUAUUCCAUAUUUCCCAUCACUCCUUUGACAGCUUUGAAUAGCAGGCAAUUCCCUCCCCUCCAAGUUCUUAAUUUCUCUUCUUUUCCUGAUUUCCUGGCUUCAGUUCAAAAGAAGCCCUGAUCAAAAUAACACGCCACAUUCAUUACACUGCAGGGUAGAUUUAACAGUCAUCCAUAUCAGGCACUCCUUGUGCUGUGCAAUAGGGGAGGCAUUUAUUGCACACUCCCACUCCAUAAAGGGUUGUCUUGUUAUGCAUUGCACCACUCUGUAAAUUAUCCUUUGUCCAUAUUCCAGUGUAGGAGGCAGCCAUUUCUUCCUGGAAAGCCACACUCCCAAAAUAUGUCAUCAGUGCUAGCACAAAAUAGCUGAUAUUUUACAUUUUGUACUAGGGGCACAUGUCCAAGGAGAAAAAACAUGCCCAUCAAGUGUGAAGGGCGUACACAAAGUUUGGUAUGUGUCUCUUAACAAAAAUCACACGUGUCUUCAGUCCUUUCCAGCUCCUGCUACAGAGUUGUUUUCUUUAAAAAGAGGACAUCUAAUUUAACAUUCUGGAAACAAUUGGGUUGUUUGUGCUGUUAAGGGUAGGAUGCAGCUCAUGCUUAUGGUUUCUUUAUGAUUCCCAGCUAAAAUCUGCUGGAUCAGACCAAAGGCCUAACAUUCUGCCUGUGGGAAGUCUGCAAGCAGGACAUGGACACAACAACUCUCCCCUACUCGUGUUCCCAGGCACUGGUAUUCUGAAGCAUCCUUCCUACAAUACUGGUAGCUGUUAAUAUUCUUAGAUCUGUUUGAUCCCCUUUUAAAGCUGUACCAGAGCUCCCUCUACAUGGUUGAGAGUACCAUGAGCACAAAUACUCACAAAUUCACAAUAAGAAGGGCCCCCAAAUUAGUGGCCAUCAUUACACUUUGUGGUAGUGAGUUCCAUUGUUUGCACGGUGUCUGGAUGCCACCUCCAAAAUUCUAGCUCUUCAGUUUGGAAGAGAAACCAUUUUCACUGUUGCUGUGAUCCAUGCUGCUAUAGUCCAGAGAUUCAAAUUGGCCCUCCUGGUAGUUGCACCUUCUUGUUAUAUUCUGACCUAGUUUUGUGUGAACAUGGCAACCAUGUGCCCAGUCAACUAAUGCCUUCGCUUGCCAAGAGGAUUGUAAAUAUUCACUUUGGAUUGGGGCAUGUCUUGACCAUUGUUUUUGGCAAAGGGUUUCUGUGGGAGGCUGUUUCUCCAGUCUUUAGGUUGAAAAGGUUCUGUCUGGUCAAUUUCUUCAAUGUCCACAAGCUGGAUUUUUUUUAAAACAAAACAAAACAACUCCAAGUUCUCAAACACUUGUAAAUGGUCUUGGGGCGUUUUACACUGAAUUGUUGUAGAAAAUGAGAGUCUAAAAUCUGUUGAAAGAGCCAUUAAAAAAAACUCUAUUAAAAAAAAACCUGUCUCCAUUUUGUCAUUUUACUUCAGUAGUCAUUAUGUUGUUGCUUUCAACCUCAGGUCUGACAUCUGGUGUCAUUGUGGUACCUUUAGGAUUCUAUCACUCGUACAUGAAAGAAAGAGGUAGAAUACCCAGGAAAUAUCACUGCUGUAGUAACUGUUAUAUAGAGUCCCACAUAUUAUUUUUUAGAGACAUCCUCUGUGAUUCAGAAGGACUCACUUAGGUCUCUUCACCAGUGUUGUUCUACGGCAAACAAAGCUAUAGAGAAAAUGUCAACAUAUAGGUAGGCACAGUACAGAGCCAAAUUCACUAAACCAACAAACAGGCAAAUUUACCUGCAGCGAAGCUGUUUUUAAAUUAAUGUUUUAUUAGCACUUUAAGCAUUUGGAACAGCAACCUAUGCUUUUCUAAAAAAAGGAGUAUGUGCUAAGAAAUGUUGCAACAAAUCUCACCAUUUCUGGUUUACAAAAUGUGUGCAUGGAGUAGUAGGAGAAAAGUAUUUAUUGCUUUAGCACUGCUCUCAGUCUACUAGCGAAGUACGAAAUAAUGAGCUACUGCUGUGGCUGGGAGCAACUACAUAUAACAAUCUUGCAUCCUACCUCCCAGUUCUUUAAAAAUGGUUGGAGUCUGAUCCUCUCCUUCCUCCAAGGCAGCACACAUGGGGCUCAUACGUAGUUUGUAUUCUUUCCAGAUAACAAAGGAGAAAAAUAAAAGGUAAGCACACCUGCUGCAUAUAGUCACUUUGCUCCUGGCUCUCUGCAUCUGUUGCAAGAUGGGUGCAAAGAAUGGACUCAGCUGCUCUUUGUUUGCCAGCAAAAAGAACAGGGUGGUGGCCAGACUGCUCUUGCUGGGCAAGGAGCUCCACAGUGUGGAUGCAAACAUGAAAAAGGCUCUGCUUCCAACAUUCAGCGGUGCAACCUCGAAAGCUGGAAUUCAAAGUGGAGUCUCCUCAGUGGACCUCAGUGAAUGGUAAGGAAUAUGUGAAAGAUGGCUCUUUAAGGCGAAAUAUGGAGAAACAUGGUAUCCUAGGGCAACCGCUUGCCUAUCAAAAAGAUGGCACUGAUUUGAAUAAGUUCAUUCAUAAGUUAGAUGUAAAUUCGGAAAUAAUUACUAUAAUUUAAGUAGAGAUACAAUGCCUCUCCGUGGGUAGCACUCAAGUCUGCCAUCCUGCUGCUAAAUGCUGAUGGGCAACUUUAAGACUCCUCCCCCUUUCCCUUCCUCAGAUAGAGGACUGUCCUCUGUAAAGUUGAGUAAGUGGCCACUCUGUUCCUUGCAGCCUGUUCAGUUUAAAAGGUGAGCCAAAGAAAUUGGCACCAGCUGCAGCUUAUGGGCCAAGGGCUGCCCCACACAGAGGGCCUUUCAAUAAUCCAUGCAGGAUUGUUUUGCCAUUGGACUACUUAUUAUAUCCCAGCUCUCUGGGCAAAAUUUGUAUAGGUCCUUAAUCUCAGCAUUGUGCUGGGAGGCAGAGUGGCCAAACACUAGAUAGUUUAUUUUAAUUGGAACAAUUUAGAAACUGGAUCCGGGGAAGGAAUUUCCACAAGUACCCUGGGCUGCUGCUUCCAAUAUAGAUGAUUAGUACAAGUAAAGUAUAUUCACCCCCAACCCAGAGGAAGAUGCACAUACUUGUAUCUAAUCUAAAUCACUAAUGCAGCAGUUGCAAAAUGUAAGUUUGACUAUAGAUGAGGAUUACUCCACAGGAAGAACUAUGAAUGGGUAGAAUUGUUUAUUUUUAAUGAACAAAAGCUCUUCAGAGUAGCAAGACAAUGGCUAAAAUGCUGAACAUGCUGAGAAGUGUUCAAACAAACCUACGAAGGGAACAUCCCAGUAAGAAAGUUCCUGUUUAAUGGGAGUUUUUCACAUGACAAUAAAAAAUGAUGCAAGUUCUACAGAACUUACAUGAAUAUUCCUUUUUAAAAAGCAGCAGCAAGCCCUGGUAUGCAUGAUACAUAUAAAGCGCAUGCCUUUCUCCAAAAAAUUGGGGCAACUGUAGUUUACGCCUCACAGCUACAGUUCCCAGGAGUCUUUGGGGGAAAGUAAGGGGAUUUAAAUCUGCUUUAAAUGUAUGGUGUGUGUAACCUUAAAUCCCCAUACAGCACUGAAGAUCCAGAAAAGCAAAUUCAGUCCACCCAAAAGGGUUGUCACUUGCCUCCCAGCCUGGUAUGGCCAGUGAAUGAAGCUCUGUGGUGAGAGCAUCCCUUUGAGAGGAAUACCUAGAUAAACAAUAGAAGGGAGUAGCUCCUGCUCUCUGACCUGCAGUAAGGGUUUGUGGUGGGUAAUUUGGCGGUGGGAGUGGGACAGUAUUUCCACCAGGGGAAAUACAGGGGAAGCCCCGUAUCGGCAAGAGCCACACAUGAAGCCGCUGGGAGGGAGGCUGUAGGGGCUUCGGCAUCCCCACACAACUGGGCCAGGCACCGCAGAUUAUUGUUAGAUUAUUGUUAGGGAAGCAGCAACACCUCCCUAUCCAUUCAGGCGGCUGCAUUAGCAGUGGGUGGGCACAAUUCUAAAAGCCACAACUCUACAGGGAUUUUCAGCUCACCCGCCCCCCCCCAUCCCCUUCCAUUUCUCCUUUGCUCCUGUUUCCAUAGAAGCCACCAAAUCUGUUUCCAUAGAAACAGAGGUGAUUGUUUUGGAUUCAGCUGCAAUGAAAACAAAUGUGGGGAACCUGACAGAGCUGAAAAGGCGAUGGCGAGCAGGCAGCGGAGGAGAAAACAAUCCAAAAGAGAGGCGCAGGGUAGGCCAGCCUGAAAAAAUGGAGCUGGAACUGGACUGGACAGCGGGAAGAAGAGCGAAGGGGUGCAGAAUAAUGAGGGGGCCUCUAUACCUAACAGCUGCCUUGUUUGACCUGCUAUAUUUUGACAGGGGUUAGGUUAGGGUGGCCAGAAUAAUUGUGAGGUUUUAGCACAGCAUGAUAAUAAUAAUAAUAAGACAAAUUUUAGCGAUAUCCCGCCUCCCAGCAGCUGGGCUCAGGCGGCUAACAACAAACAAAUAAUCAAACAACCAAAUAAUCCAACAUUCUAAAAACAUUUGAUUAUAAAAUUAAUUAAAAUCAGUUCACGGCAAACCACAAAGUUCUGUGCAGGUUGCCGGGAGGUGGGAGUACAGGCCUCGGACAUGCAGCUGGUGGAGGCCCAUCACUGCCCCACUAACCUCAGCCUCCCCUCCGCCACCUCCCACCGGCCUGCUGCCCUAUUUGCAACCAGUUCAGGGGCUGCCAGCUUCCUCCUCUCCAGACUCAGUGUUGCCCCUGUGUAACUCAGCAGGAAGUAUGAGAGGGACAAAACUAAAAUUAGUUUACAGUGGUACAUAUGCUUCAGGUUACAUACGCUUCAGGUUACAGACUCCGCUAACCCAGAAAUAGUACCUCGGGUUAAGAACUUUGCUUCAGGAUGAGAACAGAACUCGUGCUCCGGUGGCGCAGCGGCAGCGGGAGGCCCCAUUAGCUAAAGUGGUGCUUCAGGUUAAGAACAGUUUCAGGUUAAGAAUGGACCUCCGGAGCGAAUUAAGUUCUUAACCAGAGGUACCACUGUCAUUGGCUCUGGCACCACCUCCUCGCCUUCUACCCUUCCAGUCUCCACCAGCACUAGUCACCACUGUGUACAAUUCUUCCUUCCUUCCUUCCUUCCUUCCUUCCUUCCUUCCUUCCUUUGUCUUUUUCUUUCUUUCUUUCUCUUUCUUUCUUUCUUUCUUUCUUUCUCCCCACCCCAACUCUUUUUCUUUUUCUUUCCCUGCAAUCUGACAGCUGUUCCUGACUCAGUUUAUGGCAAAUGGGACUCUUCCGGCUUGAUCAGCAAGAGAUAAUAAAAUAAUAAUAAUAAUAAUAAUAAUGUAUGUUGUUUUGUGCACCAGCCCAAGCCAUCUUAGUGGGGGCUAAGAAAUGGCAUGCAGAUUUUUAGUUCUCUUUGUGAAUGGGUCAGGAGACACAUUUGCCAUAAACGGGGAGUGCAAAGUUUGUGUCAGCAGAUCUGUUUCUUGGCCCAAGCCAGUAAUCACAGAUAGUCCAUUCCAUGACUUAUACUAGACUAGAGAGGACAGAGGAAUAUUCUAGAAUGAAGAUAUGGAAGUCUGGUUGUCGCUCUGUGUAUAUAUGUGUGUGUGUGUGUGUGUGUGUGUGUGUGUUAUUUAAAGCAUUUUUUAAUGCUUUUCAGGAGAAAAGGCUCACAAGAGUGGCUUAUGUAAGAGCAAGGAAAAUGAAAUCCAUGCCUGAAAGCUAACCAUCUAAAAGCCACAACACAAAAGGAAAAGGGGGUUAAGAGGGAGAGGAAAAUUCGGGUCAUGUCCUACAGCCAUCUGUGCCAGAGUGCACAGGAACCAAGAGUUAUUCUUCCUAUUAGAUUGCUAACUGGGACCAGACAAAUGGAACACAUCUCAGAAGCCUUGGAAUAGCUUCACUCACUUCCAGUCUGUUGCCUGGCCAAGUUAUUGAUUAGAACCUUCAAAGUCCUAACAGUUUUUAUAUCAAGGACCAUCAUUUCCUACGCAAACCUGCCAAGAUCCACAUUACAGGACCCUGAGUGGAUCCUUGUAGCUGCAGGGAAUUAUCCGGGACAGGGCCUUUUCUAUUGCAAUUCCCCACCUUUGGAACUCUUUCCUCAGGAGAGCUCACUCAUCUUUGCCUCUGUUACUUUUUCAGUGCCAAGUUAAUAUUUAUUUUAUUCAUGAAGGCUUUUUAGGAUGGGAGUUUGUUUCAAAGCCCUUCAGAAUCUUUGCAGUGGUAUAAUAAUCUCAACAAAGAUUCAUUUAGUAUCAAAAACAUUCACAUAAACAAAUUAUUCUAUGUGAUAUUACAAAGAAUAUUUGAUGUUUAUGUGCGGCAGUUGCUUGGUGUGGCAAAAGACUAAGUCUUACCCUGUUUGUAUAUCUAAACCAAAUAUAGAUGUCCAGAUAAACUUUGGGUUUAAAUCUCAGAACAGCUACUGGUUUCUGCUGAACUGUGACCUUAUGGGAGUUUUUUUCCCUAGGAAGCGCUGAUACAGAAUAAAGCUUGAAAUGUGACCUUGACAUAACCUAAAGGCCAAAAUAUAAUAUAAAAUUACAUACUUGAAAGGGUGAGCAUUUCUGCACAGAUGACAUAUGAAGCAACUGGCAGAAGACGUGGCUGUUUUUUGAUGUUGUUGCUUGUGGCAAACAGAUCAUUUGAAUUGUUUGCCACAAGCGAAAGCUGCAAUUUUGCAUCUGACCCAAAACCUGUGUGUAUAUUUAGGGACAGCAAGAUUCUGCUUACGGCUAAUACAUCUGUUCAAUGUGAACUGCACAACUAACAUAUAAACAGUUGCCACACAGGGAUGGCCUACCAUCCGUUCAAGUUUGGGGAACCUUUCCCAGCCCAAGAAGAGGCGCAUUCGCUUCUCGGUCACAUGCCCAAGAAGGGCCAGAUGCAAAAAUGGGAGGAGCAACAAAUGUAAAUUUUUGUCCUUGUUCUGUAGGCUAUGUUCUACACACACACCUCCCUGUCCUCCAUCCAAGGGGGAUGAUCAGAGUUUAAAUACACAUCCCAGCAAGGCACAAACACCCUUUGGAGGUGUGAAGAACCAUUCCUGGGGGAAGUGGGUGAGGCUGGGGAGGGCGUGGGAGCACACUAGGCCCCUGAGCCUGAGGUACCCCACUCCUGCACUAGACCGAGGGAGGUGGCUACCUCAGGUGGCAAAUGCCAGCAGUGCAUGUUUGAUCCCUGCAAAGGACAGCUGCAUAUUCCUGCAUUGCAGGCUGCUGGACAAGAUGAUCCUCACAGCUCCUUCCAACUCUAUAAUUCUAUGAGAACUACACUAGCUCCCAGGACGUUUCCAAGCACAAUUCAAGGUGUUGGUGCUGACCUUUAAAGCCCUAAACGGCCUCGGUCCAGUAUACCUGAAGGAGCAUCUCCACCCCCAUCGUUCUGCCCGGACACUGAGGUCCAGCGCCGAGGGCCUUCUGGCAGUUCCCUCACUGCGAGAAGCCAAGUUACAGGGAACCAGGCAGAGGGCCUUCUCAGUAGUGGCACCCGCCCUGUGGAAUGCCCUCCCACCAGAUGUCAAAGAGAAGAACAACUACCAGACUUUUAGAAGACAUCUGAAGGCAGCCCUGUUUAGGGAAGCUUUCAAUGUUUAAUAGACUAUUGUAUUUUAAUAUUCUGUUGGAAGCUGCCCAGAGUGGCUGGGGAAACCCAGCCAGAUGGGCGGGGUAUAAAUAAUAAAUUAUGAUGAUGAUGAUGAUGAUAUAUACCCCUGCCCUUUCAGAGCUCCGUAAGCUAGCUUUCUUUCCUCAGGUAUAUGAGGAAUAUGAGGUAUAUGCAGCCCGGUCAGAUUCUGCAUGUGGAAUGAGGGGGCUGCUGCCCCACACAACCUUGAAUAUCAGUAAGCAGCAGCACUAUGCCAAUGAACAGCACUCUAUGGUUGUACUUUACUAA